CGGAAGAAACAAGGAAACUGAAAGAGACACGGAGAGAGACACACUCACUUGGUAACCAGGGUUCUCACUUUUCUUUCAUUGGAUGCUAUGGAGGACUGAGAGGAACCUUGAGGAAGAAGAACUUUUAGAACCCAUCACCUAGAAAGUUGGUUGGAGAAGACCUCUACCCGCCUGCGGUAAAGCCAGGCUGCCACCUGAGGCUGAGACCAGGCAGGAGGAAGAGGAAGGCAGAACAUAGAAGGUGUCAAAAAGAGGUAAACAGGUUCCUAACUACUGGAGUGACGGUGCUCCACAAAGUUUAAUAAAAAUUGUCUGUUUUCAGAAAGCACUGUGUAAGUAACAUGUUACAGUGGGGCUUCCUUGAAAUGCAUGUUACUCUGGUUUAGAGGAAGUGGAUUUCACUAUGUGGAGGCUGCCAGACUGAUGCUGCUUUGUUAUUGGGCUUUGAAUCUGUUUUGUGGUGCUGCUUCACAUUCUGUUAAUGAGUAAUCCUUGUUGUACCAGCUGGUAUGGGCUAUGUUUAUCAUGAGCGUGGCUGGAUGUGGGUCCUGGGGACCAUUCUGAUCAGUUUUAUAGAAAAAGUUAGCCAUCACUUUUAUUUUGGAAGGCGUAAGCAUCCCUUAAUGCUUUUCGAGGAUUUUAAACACUUAUAUGGCUUAUUCCAUCAAAUUGCCAGUUCAUCAAAAUAGUUUGUGACUACCUGUAUUUUUAUAGUCUUUUUUUUACCUCUUCAUUUAUCAACUCCAUUUUGCUGGAGUAUCAUCGAUCUGUCUUGCUGUCUGUCUGUCUCGUAUCACAAUGACAUCUUUUUCACAAUUCAUGUAGUUUAUCUUCUAUACUAUAUAAUCAAAUAAGUAUGUAACUAAAAAACUGAUGAUCCAUUCAUCCAUCCGUCUGUUCGUUCGUCCAUCCAUCUGUUUCAACCUUUACGUGUUGUAGUAGUUAUGGUGCUUGGCGUGUUCCUUUAACCCCUUAAGGACCAAACUUCUGGAAUAAAAGGGAAUCAUGACAUGUCACACAUGUCAUGUGUCCUUAAGGGGUUAAAAAGUCAUAAAACUUUAAUAUAUUUUUUUAAAUGUACAUUAUGUUAGUCUUUACGUUGCCAAUCAUCAGUAUUAAAAGCAUGGACAUUAGCACAUUACAGAUAUGUGGGUUAUUUUAUUCCCCUUCCUGAAAGUUUCAGUGAUAAUGUGCCAUCUUUUUAUCUAUAAACACAUAUUUGCACUUUCACAAGCAGUCCAUUAUACAAGGCUAAAUCGUCCCACCACAUUGAGUGUGUCUUUUUCUUUUCUAAAGUUUUUAUUGCAAGUUGUGAUUAUUAACCAAUAACUAUAUAAACAUUAUUAAUGUGUAUUGAGUUCAAUUUUAUUACAGCCAUCUAAUGUAAUGCUUGGAAUUCACAAAAUGUAGCUGAAGCUUUUUGGAAAGUGAACUACCAUGUAUUGCAUGUGUUUUUGGUAUUUCCAAUGAUGUCAUUUCUGUCGUUUCUCUUUUAGGUGAAUAGUUUUAAUUGUUACUUUUCUCUGAUUCAGAGUUUAAAAGGAUAGCAUUAAUUUACUAAAGAGAGAAUUCAAAGUGAAUCUCAAAUUUAAACACAGAAUAGCCAAAGUGAAAGCCCAGGUGUCUUAGAGAAUUUAGCAGUUUGGUUGUUUAGACCUUCAAUUUGGAAUUCACUUUCAAGUCACUUUCAGUUCUCAGUUUAGAGUGGCAGUUUCCAAAAAUAGAGCUAUCGUCAACAAAUAAAGGGAUUUGUGACCAGAUUUAUUUGGGGGGGAAAUAUUGUAUAUGUAGAGAGGAUACUUAAUGGUAAAACAUUUUUGAAAGUAUUGAAAAAUAAUGCCAUUGAGAAGUUCUAGAGACAUCAUAAUAAAUCACGAGACAUAUUAUAUGCAGGAACCCAGGAUGGCAAUAGUUUCCACAAAUACAUACUUCUACUUUUAUCUAUCAAGUUUUUAAAAUUCCCAUUACCCACAGGGACAAGUAAAAGUGCUGCUACUAGGUGCAUAAAUUGGUGAUGUGCACCUCCGGCUGGUGCAAAUUGCGGUAAUUGCAUACUGCGCAAAUAGACCACCAGGGAGUUUUAAGCUCUGCUUGACCACCAGGGAUCAUAAUUUCCUUUCUGCAGAAAGGUACGCUGCAGCGGGCAGUACAUUACACAGAAGCCGCACAUAACAAAAACUGCACAUAAUCAGCACACACUACACACAGACCGCUCACACCACACAUUUGCUACAUACAGCCAGCACACACAUCACACUAUGGGUGGACAAAAGAAGAUACUAGAGGGUCACAGAGUGAUACACUAUGCCAGGGGCCCUAGGCUAGAGCCCCAAUCUUUGUAAUUUAAAUUAUUUUGUGAAUUGGACAAGUAGAUAGUCAUAGAGGACGGUUACUUGGACAAGUAAAAAAACACUCCAUACCUCUGAUGAUUACGUAUAUAUUACAUGUUUUUUGGAGAAGAAAAAAACACAGGUAAGAGCUAGCUUUAAUUUUAGGGUAUCCUCAGAACACUAGAGAGAGCUGCCACAGAUACUAUUUGUGCUUGCUUUCCUUAAUUUAAUCCCUUUGAUGCCCACAAAGGAGCUGGGAAGACAGAAUGGCUCUGUCUCCUCAACUUCCCUCCAACAUUGUGACUGUUUAUAAAUGCAGCUCAGGAAUGCAACUCCCACUGCUCUAGUGGCUGCCUUAAGGGUAGGGGCCUUGCACUACAAAUUGUCAGUCACAUUGUUAUCCUAGUUUUUACUGCUUGGUACCAUGUUGACAUUCGACUUGAAAUUCGGCAAGGAGGAGGCUAGUUUUAUUAUGUGAAUAAAAAGUCUGCUGCUUUAACACCUUAAGGACUGGACUGUUUUUGCGAUGUUGUACAUUUGUGACCAGGCCUCUUUUUACACUUUUGUGGUGUUUGUGUUUAGCUGUACUUUUCCGCUCUCUCAUUUACUGUUCCUAUACAAAUUAUAUAUUGGUUUUUUUCCAGGACAAAAAAUGCUUUCUUUACAUACCAUUAUUUAUAUAAUCUCAUGUAAUUUAAUUAAAACAAAAUAAAAAAAUAUGAUGAAAAAUUGAAAAUACAUGUUAUUUUACUUUUACUUGAAAAAUCUUUUGCUCAUCUACAAAAGCGAAUGAAAAAAAACUGCUAAAUAGAUUCAAAUACUCAGUGUUUACAUGCUUUUUUGCUUUUUUUUGCAAGUUAUAGGGCUUUAGGUACAAGUAAGAUAUUGCGGUUUCAAAACAUACAUUUUUUCAAAUUUAUCAAUAGUGACAUUGUAACACUAUUAUCUGUCAUAAAUCUCUGAAUAACACCCCACAUGUACAUAUUUUUUUAAAAGUAGACAAUCCAGGGUAUUCAAUAUGGGGUAUGUCCAGUCCUUUUUUAGUAGCCACCUAGUCGCAAACACUGGCCAGAGUUAGCGUUCAUAUUUGUUUGUGUGUGAAAAAAGUAAAAAACUAAAUUGAACGCUAAUUUUGGCCAGUGUUUGUGACUAAGUGGCUACUAAAAAAGACUGGACAUACCCCAUUUGCAAUACCUUGGGUUGUCUUCUUUUGCAAAUGGUAUGCCAUCAUGGGGGUAAUUCUCAUUCCUGGGCUACCAUAAACUCUCAAAGGCAACGUAACCAACCUGGCCAUUUUCAAUGUAAAAAUAUUUGACCCUGUAACUUUCAAAAACGCUAUAAAAUCUGUACAUGGGGGUACUGUUAUACUCGGGAGACUUUGCUGAACACAAAUAUUAGUGUUUCAAAACAGGAAAACGUAUCACAACAAUUAUAUCAUCAGUAAAAGUGCUGUUUGUGUGUGAAAAAUGCGAAAAAAAUGUAACUUUCACUGACAAUAUCAUCGCUGUGAUAUGUUUUACUGUUUUAAAUCACUAAUAUUUGUGUUCAGCGAAGUCUCCCGUGUAAAACUGAACCCCCCAUGUACUGGUUUUAGGGUGUCAUAGAAAGUUACAGGGUAAAAUACAGUGCUAGCAAAUUAAAUUCUCUGGACUUUCGGCCUGGGUUGGCAGGCAGGUCCCUCAAAUUGCAAUUAAUAAAAUUACUUAAUUAUGUAAAAAUAUUACAUAAAUACGCAAGUAGAAUUUAAAUAUAUAUGCAUAUUUAUAUAUUUGAAGUCUACGUGUAUAUUUAUAUAAUUAUUUAUGUAAUUUUGUAUAUGGACAUAUGUAUAUUUCAUAUUAUUUUUAUUUAUAUAUACAUAGAUAUAUAUACAAUUUCAUUCUAAGUGUAUUUUGAUAUAAAUAUAUAUAUUUUAAUAUAAAAAUACAGUUAGAAUAAAAUUUCAUAUAGAUAUAUAAUUUUUUUUUAAAUUUGUAUUAUUAUUUUAAAUUUGUUUAAUUUAAUUUAAUUUCUUUAUUAUUUGUAUUUUAGAAUAAUAUAUAUAUACAAUAUAUAUAGUUCUUAUAUAUAUUAUAUAUACGUGUGUAAUUUAAUUAUAAGUGUAUUUUUAUAUUAAUAUACGUACAUAUUAAUAUAAAAAUACACUUAGUAUGACAUUAUAUAUGGCAGUCCCCCUGCAGGCAGACACUAGGACACCUAUUGUGACCAUGUGAUCGCUGUGUUGAGUGAUCACUUGGCCACAGGGGUCCUAAUCCGCCAUGGGGAGACCAUCUGGGCUGCAGGCAGUCUCCCCACAACGAUCGCCACCGGAGGAACGACGGCGAUCGGGUAAGUACAUCUGACCGUUAGGACAGUUCAGGACCGUCACUGGUCGGCAACGCAAAAAUGCAGAUGACGGUCCUGAACUGUCCUAAGUUAUUAAGGGGUUAAUAUAAAUAUGCAAAAAGCAUUGGAACCCAAUCUCACCUUACCUUCUGUGCAGGAGUAACCCAGUGAUAAAUACAAUUCACUUAAAGGGAUGCUAUAGUCACCAGAACAACUACAGCUUAAUCUAGUGGUUCUGGUGAGUAUAGUCAGUCCCUGCAGGCAUUUCAGUGUAAACACUGCCUUUUCAGAGAUAUAAUUUACACGGUUAUUUACUAAAGUGAGAAUGUAAAGUGAAUUAAAAACAAAUCUCAAAUUUAAGGGUAGAUUACCAUAUUGUUUCCAUUUUGGCUAUUUAUACUUUAAAUUUCACUUUGAAAUCACUGUGAAUUCCACUUUUGUCUAUACAUUUAUACUUGUAUAUUUUUGGUAUGGUGUUUGCUUAUGUUGCCUUACAUUCCUCUACUUUGUAAGCUUCUCUCUGGUAUGGUGUAAGCUCUAUCUUUCACUUGUUGCUAUUUAUCAGACAGUUUGUGGUACACAGUGGCUGUCUAUGGCCAAAACGUGUCAGGCUAUUCUCUUUCACUCACUUUGAACUAUGUUUCAAAGCGGAAGUUGGUAGAUGUGCCGAUUUCGGCUCUUGGCACUCAUACACUUAUCAAUAAACUGCAGUGAUUGGCCAGACAUAAAUAUCUGUGAUUUGUUUGCAAGGCUUUACAAGCCACUAAUUAAUUGGACAAUGCCCUGAAAAUUCUAUAUACUAAAACAGCAAACUUGUUACUUAUUUAAUAGCCUCAGAGUGCUCUCCGUCUGGUCAUAUUAUAUGUGGGCCAGAGUUUGCAUUGCAGCAAUUUUAUUAUUUUAUCCAUUAUUGACUCUUUCUCUUGUUUAUAUUCAUCAUGGCUUAAUAUUUGAUUACCUCAUAAUAAAAAUCCCAAAAACGGUGUAUAAUAAAGUACAGAGGACUGUGUAUCUAACAGGUCAGUAGCACAGAAAUUCCCCUGAAAUUCUGAAAUAUUACAUGAUGAAUCAGUGUUAUCAUUCAUUGCACUUCCUUAUAUUUCAAGCCCACUCCACGUUGCGUGAUCUGUAAAGUGUUGUACAUACCCUGACAUGCGUUCAUGUCUGCCUUCAGUUUGUCUGUGACCUCAUCUUUCAACAUAUUGCUUAUAAUACAUAAUAUACUCUGUAAAGCAUAUUUUACGCAUUCUAAAGGGCACCUCCUGUGAAUAUUUGACAUAACUGUUUCUACUUCAAGCUGGCUUCUUAUUUCUUUAUACUGUAUUAGUAUAACGUAUAUAUCCGUUGCAGUAAAUGUACAUGUUUUGGCUGGGCUCUGUAACCUCACAUGGUAUUCCAUAAUGAGUAGAACAAAAUGCUGUUCUCAGUAUUCUGGCAACACGUGGAUGCAGAUUCAGCUUAAAUCAGAAAGCAGAAUUUAGGUAUUUAUUACAUUUAAUCUAAAUAUAUAUUAGCAGUAAAUUUUGUUAACACAAUGUAUAGUUUACAUUUUAUAAUUUAACUUAAGCAGAACUUGUCAUUCAUCCAAUUUGUCAUUUUUUUCCCCUGAAUUUAUUAUAUCCAUAAAAUUCCCAGAUCUUUCACUCUGUUAGUAUCCUUUUUUUUUAAAUGAAUAAGAUUUUCUAUCAGGGCCAAACUGAAGCUAUGUAAUUGAUUUGCUUAGUAGAUAAAAUCAAGUUUAUAAAAAAGGAAACCUACCUUGCCUAAUACAAUAUAUAAUAAAAGUACACCGUGCUCUGUCUAGUGGGAAAUAGGAAACCACAUACAAGUUACUGUCCUUUUAGUACAAAACUCCACAAUCAUUAAAUACCUAUGAGCCCGCUAUGGAGAUGCAGGCCGGGGAUAGGCACACUUUUCUACAUUUGGUUCGACUGUCCCUUGAUCUGACCUCACUGGAUCAUGAUCAUGCUAAGGUUCACUGAUGACUCAUCCCCUCUGGAUCCAGUAGUAUUCCCCUUGCACCAGACUAAACUUUUCUCCGUGGUCUAUAAAAAAUCCCUCACCAUCAGUAUUCUUUGUCAGAAUGCCUUAUCUUGAUAGUAGGAGUCACUGUGUGGAAAUGGAUUAUCAGGGCCUGGUGCAGGGUCACCGCACGCCUCUGGUGUUGAGCACCAGCGUUUGUGCGGCCACAUACCAGGGCCCUGAUGCGUAUCCCAGGUGCCAGAUGACAAUAAGCAGACCUCCCAGGAUCUGAAUAGGGAGGCUCUGUAGCAGAUAUGUAUCCAGUACAGAAACAAGGUAAGACUAGAAUAGACACCAAACAAGAAAACAAGACAAAACUAGGAGAACCCAGAACCGGAGCAGGACAGAAAGCAGAACCCAGAACAUGUACACAAGACAUGAGGGAAACAUGAACAGGGCAGGACAAGACUGUACAUGAACUGGGAAUACAAGACAAAAUAAGACGAGAUAAAGGGCAAAACAAGAGGAGACAUAACUAAGUACUAUAUAUGUAAAACGUUGGAAAUUUAGACAUACAUAAAUGGCCAAGAUGUAUGCAGCCCACCAUUGCGCCAAAGUACUCCAAUUUAGGUGGGUCCUAGACUGCCUAGAUAUGCAUGACUAAAUAAACAAUAAUACAACACACACAUCACUUACCUGCAAGAAAGGGGCAGAGAACUUGGAGCAGCUGCCUGCAGGAACCAACUGAAACAAAAGGAUAAAUGGAAAAGGAAAGGGUGUGGCAACAUAAAACAAACAUAUAAAGGAAUUCAGGAGACUGGGAAUUCCAGGAACGGAAUAAAGGAAUGAACCCAGAAAACCCAACUUAAAGAAAACCAGACAUAGAAUAGAAAACCAGAAAAAACAAGAAAAACUAAACAAGAAUUGUAAAAAGAAUACUGGAUACCAGAAGCCAUAGCCAGAAAUGAUACGCAGCAGCAACGUGACAUUCUCAAUGUGGUCAAAAGCCUCGUCCUUCUUUUCAGGAAAAAGGAGAUGGUUCUAACGUAUGGAAGAACUCCGUUCCUUAGCGGAACUCGCUCUCCAAGCAGAGGGAAGAUCUCAAAUGUAUAUGACGAUAUUGACUCACUGGAUCUUAUCGACAGACUCUUAUCGGUAGACUUUAGAGACCUUUUACAGUGAACAGCUGGGGCAGAGAGACACAGUGAGGUCAGCAAGGAACUGACCACUAGAGCUGUGUAGUCUACAUGCUUGUCAUGUGAUGCCCUACUAGGUGAGAUACCCAAGCUCGACUCCUACUCGUAGACAGGAGGGCCCAUUACCUGAACCUUCUCUGAUAAGCUCUGAUUCUGGCUACCUUACCAGCAAUGGACAACAAAGGGAAGGGUCCCUUCUAUUCUUCCCCCUGUAUUACUGCUCUUGCCUCAUUUCUGCUCCCAUCUACCUCUCCCCUAUACAUUGUACAUUGCUGGACUGAUUGCAUAAACAUGCAAUAUUUACAGGAUAUGCUAAUAUAUACAUUUGGUAGCUAUUUGGCUAGUACCAUGUAAAGGUUAAAUUAUCUUUGUCAUGCUAUGAUUUCUGACACAUGCUCUUUUUCUUUAAUUUUCCUUAUUGUUAAUUUAUAUUUAUUUUUAGAUGUGUCAUCAAGUGUGGUAAGGAGAUAAACAAAGAUAAAUAGUGAGAGCAUUGCAAUAAUCACAUAUAUGUACAGGAUAUAAACACAAGGCUUAAGGCAGACAGAACAGAAAUGGGGAGAAAACCCCCACAAAGCAGUAGGAUCUCUCCAACCCUGCCACAGAAAUAGCUCUGUUGGUUAAUGCUCCAGCUAAAGUGUUUGUAUGUAUGUAUGUAUGUGUAUAUACACACAUAGACACACAUACAUACAAAGCCAAAGGCAGUUAUAUAUAUAUAUAUAAACCUGCCUUUGGCUUUGUAUGUGUGUGUGUGUAUGUAUAUAUAUAUACAUACACACACUUUAGCUUGAGCAUUAACAAACUGAGCUAUUUCUGUGGCAAGGUUGGAGAGAUCCUUCUGCAUUGUGGGGGUUUUCUCCCCGAUUCUCUUUGAAUGCAGCUUGCUGGGAGCAUGUUUGCAUAACAGCAGGAAGGUGUAGUUUAUAAUUAGCUUGUAUGAGGAACUGAUUGUACAUUUUGAGAAAGUGAAGUUUUUCCUUAGAUAGUCUCCUCUUCAUAUUCUUGCCUAAUCCAGUACUUUUCAUAGAGAAUCAAUUGGGACACAAAGUGCAUGUUUGGAGAUCACCAUGCUCAUCCAAUCUCAAUGCUUGUCAUAGGGAAGCAUUGGGUUCAAGUGCUUCUUAUAGGGACGCAUUGAAUUCAAUGCUUCCUUGUCUAUGGUCAACAAAAGAGGACAUUUGAAGUCCUCAUGCAGUGCGUGAGGACAUGUAACAUCAUAUAACCAAGUCUAAAUGGCAAACAGGAAGACACACUCAAGGUGUGUUUAGCACUGCAAUGUAAACAUUGCCAUAUCUACAAAAUGACAGGGACACUGCACUCACACCACUUCAUUGAGAUGAAGUGGUCUGGGUACUUCUAUUCCUUUAACUCAGUUGGUGCUGUUACAGAGGCAACUUAAAUCAUUUGCUUAUUUUACUGAUCCUUCCCUAAAUGCAACCCCAAUCUAAUAUGCCAACUAGCUAAUUCUGCAAAAGAGAUAUAGCAACCCCAGAUUAUUAUUUUGGCCUUGGUGGGCCUAAUCAGUGAAGUCUUUUUUUUUUAUUGUUUCAUUGUUCUCUUACUAAUCAUUUUUGUUAUUUUAUACAGCUUUGUUGAGUAAUGAUUUUUUGGGGAUAUUUUCUGUCGAAGGAAAAUGACUGACUGGUAAAUAUCAAUAGCACGUUUGUCCUAUGUAUAAAUAUAUAUAUUACAACAGUACAGGUACAUAACAAAAAAGGGCGACAUUUCAGUCCACACAGGACUACUCUCAAGUCUUGAGAAAAGUUCAGUGUGGACUGAAACAUUAUUUGUUUUUGUUUUGUACAUGUACUGCAAUAAAAGCAGUCAUAUAGCAUUUGUCAAUAAGACCCUCGAGUGUUCCUCUUCAUUUGAUUUGUAUUCUUUGGUCGGAGCUUCCAGCACUUGGGCAUUUAAUUUUAAUGUUACAAGAGUGCAAAGCCCCUGUUUUGUUUUAUAUGUAUAUAUAUAUAUAUAUAUAUAUAUAUAUUUGUGUUGGGUGCUCAUGAUAGAACAGAGUAAAAUACCAUAAUGAACGUAGGAUGGUAUAAAAGAGCAAGUUGGUUGUGGUGUGCCGGAACCGACGAUGAGGUAGGCCUGAGAAAGAAGAGGGCCUACCAAGGAAAAGAAAUGGAAAGGAAAAUAAUUAUUUAUAAUGUGGUAUGGUGGGAGGGUCAUUCAACGCUGACCUCGAACGGUAUGGAGCCAGGUAAGGAGUGUCCCUUAAGUAGACUAGGAGUAAAUAACAAGCACCUCUCACAAUUACAGGCCAAAUGGCCUUAAUACUUGUGUUAGGUGCUCAUGAUAGUACAGAGUAAAAUACCAUAAUGAACGUAGGAUGGUAUAAAAGAGCAAGUUUGUUGUGGUGUGCCGGAACCGACGAUGAGGUAGGCCUGAGAAAGAAGAGGGCAAAAUUAAAUAAUCAAAUUUAUUACAGACAACCAAUACAAAUACACAUAUCAACCAGACAUGUCUUUGAAUGCAUUCCUUAAUGCUUGUACUGGGUUCGGUAUGUACCGUGAGUAAGCGGAUGAUUUCCAGCGCCCCAGUGCUUUUAUAACAUGAACUGGAAUGUUAACACUGGAGACUGUGGAUGCUGUCCCUAUGUGGUAGGAGUGCCCCGAGUAGUUAGCUGGGUUGAGGCCCAGCUGAGUGAGUAAAGACCUGACGUAGGUCAUGAAGGUUGUAGUGGUGAGUACCGAACUUUGUAAAAUGAAUAAUGGUUGUGAUGGUAGUGAGUUAUGAUGCUAUAUGUAUGCAUCAAGAAUCGUGACGGGGCACCACCUGUUGUGCGUAGGAUAGUACGCUAUUUUAACUGGUGCAUGCUGACUGGUCCUGGAGUGAGGCAGAGUCAGGAUGUAAUGAUCCAUGUGUUUUGUUAAGUGGGAAUAGAGGAGAAUAGAAGAAGUUUGUGUGGCGUUGGUCGUAGCGAAUUCUCUAGGUCUUAGGAAUCCAUAGAAAGCUAUGUAGAUUGCUGAUUUGAUGACAAAAUUCGUGUUGGUGUCAAAAGGUUUUAAAUCAAGCAGGUUAGACAAUGCUUUGAAAAUAUGGUUGUCUAUGGGUAGCCUCUGUGAUGUACGUGUGGAUUCAAAUCUCUGAAUGCCCCUGAGGAUAGUCUUAAUCUGGUGAGAGGCCAUGAAACUUGUUUUGUUUGGUUGUAAGGUUAGCAUAUGGUGUUGAAUGCCUGUUAGAUAAAGUUUAAUGGUGUUGUAUGACAUCUUAAGUUUAAGGUGGCAAAAAGAAGCGAACCCCAACAAAGAUGUCAUGACAAAUGGUUGCAUGAUGUUAUGUUCCGAAAGAAUAAUGUAAAGGCCCUGUCGUAUGUUUUGUGCGUAUUGUUUGACAGUGCCAGUUGGGACAGUGCCCUGCUAUGAUGCAUAAUGACGUCUAGUCCAGUACUAGUUGCUGAAAUGUUGGAGUAGUUGUGGCUGUGAGCGCGGCUGACGGGAGUGCUUGAUGGUAUGCCUGGAAUUUAAAACGAAACAAACUGUCAGCAGCUGUGUUACAUACACCUGGAACAUGGAAACAAUACAGGAAGAAAUUAUAACAAGCAGCCAACCAAGUGAGUUUCCUCAGAAAUCUCAUGAUCGUAAGGGAUUUGGAACGACCUUUGUUGAUGAUGUAACAGGUUGCCUGGUUAUCUGAGUAGCAACAUACUGACAAGUUUGCCCAUAGAUGACCCAAUGCUACGACAGCCGCCACGAUGGGAUAGAUCUCAAAGAGAGCUGAGGUAGUGGAAAAACCCUCCAAAUCCUGAACUGCUGUAGGCCAGCUGCCCCAAAGCCAUUCGUUCCCAGAAAUUGAUGCAAAACCUGUGGUAGAUGCCGCAUCUGACCAAAUGGUAGGUGAUGAGUCAGUCAAUUGCGGGAGGAACAUACUUUUACCAUUCCAAUUGGUUAAAAAUUUCUUCCACAUGCGUAAGUCUGCCGUAGCUUGGGUAUCUAAGGACAACCUGCGUGUGUCGUGUAGGAAGAGUGGAAAUAGAUACAAGAGUCGUGAUAUGAAGGAGCGGCCUUGAGGUAAGAUUUGCAUGGAAAAAUUUAGAGAAUCCAGCAGGGACUGUAGCUCUUUGCGGUUGCAAGUACCGAGCUGAAGGUAGUGGUUGAUGUAGGUAAGAAUGUUUGUCGUAUGGCAGGCUUGCUUGCAUCGUGGCUGAGUCUAAUUGAAUACCCAGGAAUGUGAUGAUCGUGUCUGGCCCCUCGGUUUUCUUUGGGGAGAUUGGGACACCUAGCUGCUCGAAUAGAUUGAUGGUAGCUUUGAGGCUACUGGGAGGGGAAGUGUUCUCCUCGACCAGUAAGAAAUCAUCCAGGUAAUGUAAUACAGUAGGGCAUCUGGCUAUGUUCAAUAGUAACCAGCACAAUGCUUCGGAAAAUGUUCCGAAAAGGGCUACUUUUGGACCCAAAAGUUAAGCAGGAGAAAAAAUAGUAGUUCCCGGACCACUUGAUGCCAUGCAGGUGCCAGAGUGUAGGGUGAAUUGGCAGCAAUAUAAAGGCGUGAGUAAUAUCAGUCUUACUAAGCCAUGCUCCGACCCCUGCCUGUAUGACAGCUGUAAUGGCGUGAUCUAUGGUAGUGUAUUGCAAGGAGAAUUCUUCGGAGGGUAUGAGGGAAUUGAGACUGGGGUUAGCCGAUGAGUGUGUUGCAGACAGGUCAAUAAUGAGUCUCUGUUUAAGGGAAGAUUUCCCUGUGACAAUACCAAUGGGGCUAGUGCGCCAUUCAUUGAACGGAGGAGACUGGAAAGGCGCCAAUAAGAAACCCUCAGCAACUUCCUGGGCUAUGAGAGUGUCAACAGCUGUGGGGUUGUGCUGUGCAGAAUCCCGGACGGUAUGUGUAGAAUACCCAUGUGGAAGCCUUCUGUUAAACCAGAGAUAAGAAAAUCUACCAAGUGUCUAGACGGAUGAUGUGACAGACAUGCUGUAAAUACCUAAAUGUUGAUGGACGUUAGGUAUGGCUUAGGGUACAUUUUAUUUGGACACAUGGUUUUGGCAUGUUCCCUAAAACAUUUUAAACAGAUAUGCAAUAAUCUACAUCCACUAUAAUUACAAGACCCGACAUUGAAAUGAUUACAUAUCUGGGACUUGCCCAGAAACUUGAUCGGGCGUCCCAGUUUGUCUCUGGUCAAUUUCUCUGAAACACCCGAGGAACUAGCUCCUUGCGUGGAAGCAUGUUCGUCCGCCGUGUUGGGACAGAAACUUGUCGUAUGUGCCGUAGAGGAGCAGUAUGCACAAGCCGGUGUUCUUAGACCUUAAAAGUGUCUGCAAAAAAUGACGGUAUCAAUCCUACCCCAGUUGGAUCUUGUUCCAUACUGGGAGAAGGCCCCAGACACUUUUGCAGAAAAAGACCUAUGGUAGUCAUAAAAAGCUGAUCCACCAUAUUUGUUGCCCAGGUCUACCAGCUUGUGCAUAUAAAGAUCAAACUCCUCUUGUCUAUUGGGAUAGACCGCACAGAUGACAUCCCGGUAAAUACCAAAGGCCAGUACAAACUCGGGGAUAGUCAGUUUCCUGUUUAGGCGGGCGUCCCUAGAUCUGACCACAACAGACACAUCAUCAUAUGCAUAAGUCUUAUUUUCAAGAAAAAGUAUCAGUGCAGCGCUUAUAUGAAUAGGAUAGGUGUGGAAUGUCUGAAUCUAUACCUUUAAUUUCAAUAUUUUCUUUUGUAUUAUAGACCUUUCUGUGUGUACCUUUAAACAAAAUAUAAAAAAAUACAUAACAUAGUGUAAUCUGUAUAAUACAAAAUAAAGGAUUUUGAACAAAUGCCAAAUGGCAACUUACACUUUCCUGAGCUAACAAAUUUAGCUCAGAUUCUUGCGCUUUGGGGUCCGUUAAGGCGACCCUUUCCCUUCUUUGUUAUCUAGUGGUCCAAUCCUAGAUAGGUAUAGAAGGGUGCAUAUAGUGUAAUAUAGUCUAAAUUACAAACAAUAAUUAGGUAUAGUGAAAUUUUACUCACAAACCCAGAGCCUGAACUUAGGCUCAUUUCACUUCGUAUAUAUGGUUAAGGACCACACUCCUUCUUUCAUUAAGCAGGAAAAAUGCCAUAAGUGUAUAUAAAAUGUAUAUUAUUAACUCUAUAAAAAAUUAUUAUGUAACAAAAAUCUAUAAAAUAUAUCACUUAUCCGGCUAGAGUCCAAAAUGGAAAGUCUCUGUGUUCACUUCUUUCCUCCAGUACGCGUUUCGCCAAAGGGCUUCAUCAGGUAGCAAAGAAUUUUCAAGUUGUUCCUAUGGACCUUCUUCCUGCUUUAAAUAUCCUUAUAAUUAGGGGAAUCAGCUGUUUAGGCUUGCAAAAUCGCGGGUAUUUUCCAUGGUAAUGGAGGUACCCUGCGUUCCAAGCCUCUUUUUGAUUGCUUCAUUUCCGCCUAGUGUAGCGAUUCGUCACUUCCGGUUUCGGCUGUGCGUUCCACAGUGCGUUCAGCUGUGGAUUCCGGCUCUCAUAUAGUCCAUAAUUAUAUUGCACAAUCGUUUUUCGUUGUAUGGAAUAGGAGAACAUGAUAAUAGUCUAUUAGUCAUCUCAUUGAGACUUAAAAUUGAUUUCAUCAAAGUAUUACAAUCAUAUUUAACACAUUUAUAGGAAUAAAAAAAGUUUAUAACAUAAUGUCUUUGUGAUUGGUUCCUAUGAUUUAAUAGAUGCUUACACACUAUAUUAAAAAUUCGAAAAUUGAAUUUUAUACAUCUAAAACCUGAAUUAGUGACAUAUAUUGGAAUCAUUAAAAAUAUACAGAAUUAUAAAACCGGUAUUAAUACAUAAUUAGUAUGGGAGAAUAAUAUCUUUUAAAUUAAUUAAAAUCAAAUAUGUCUAGGUUAUUUCAAUAAGAAUCUAUACACAUAAAACCUUGCUGUGGGACCUAUACUAAAAUAAUUUCAUUAAGAAUAUACUGAAUAUUAAAAAGUUACUUAUUAAAAAAUAUUUAACAUUAAAAAAAAUAAGUCUUAUUUUCCACGAUAUCCUGGGAGGUAAUCAGCAGAGAAGCCAGGUUGACAUCUUUACCUUCCAGGAUAUCUCUUUUAAGGUGCUCAGGGAUCAUAUAAGCCGGGCUAACUUCCUCGUCCUCCUGGAUGAUGGCUGGAGCAACUAAUAGCAAGUCGGCUGGUGCUGGGGAAGCAGCAGCAGUUGGCCUGGCUAGGGUAAGGGCUGUGGUGACCGACUCAAGUUUCUCCAGCCUGGAGUUGACCUUGCUCAUGGACGCCAGGGAGUGACAGGUGAGGCCCUCUCUAUGCGACAUGCGAGGCGACUAGCUCAUGUGUGGCCCGAUGGUUGUUUGCCUCCGAACGUUGAGGCGGGGUGUUGGCCUCGCGGGACCACUAACCGAUGGCAAAUGCCAAGAAGGGGUAAAUACCUAUUGGGGAGCCUGUGACCCUAUUGCCAGUACUCUAACCUAGGGGGGCAUGAAAUGUAUGUAAGAUUACCACGUGAGCAGGCGUACGUACCUGGUAGUAUGAGUAUAUCACUGCGAAUUCGUAUGGUGAAAUAUAUAAACCUGGACAGCCUGAAACGGGUAAAAAAAAUGUAAUAUAGUGAGUGUGGUCUGUGUGGGAAUGGUGUAGUUUGUGUAGCCCAUACCAGAGGUGUUGUAAGGGCUUGAUUAUGGAGAUUAACUGGUAAAUGGCACAAAAGUGUAGUGAAUGCCAUGACAACAUAAAUGUACUAAAAGCCAAGUGAUGCAAUGUCUUCUAAUGCCAGGAUUCUGGCUAGAAACCGAGGGGAUGUAUGAUGGGUGGCCAUGCCGACAUAUAAUUAACAACAAAGGGGAAGGGGUGAAAACAAUUCUCCAAAGUGAUGAUGUAAAGUUGUAUAUGACAUUACUGUAAUGUAAAGACGUAUGAUUGAUUGGAUCAGUGCGUGUGAUUCAACCCGAGAAUUCCCUGCUUGGAAAAAGGAAACCGUAUCCUCAUGUAUAUGUCGUGGUUGUAGUUUAAAACAGAAAUGAGGCCUGUAACUGUAGGCUGAAAAACGUGACUGAAAUGGAUGAGUAUGGAAUAACCCCUGAAAGCGGUAUUUUCGGCAAUAUCGGUAUCGGCCAAUUCAGAUACCGAUAUUGCCGAUAAUAUAUAACAGGACCGCCGGGCCCAUUACAAGCCCGGCGGUCCUGUGGGGGCCAGCAGCAAGCGCUGACUUACCUUGCAUGCAGCUCCCUAUGUAAAUCUCGCGAGACCCGCGGCCGCAGAGCGUUGCCACGGGUUACCAUGGUAACGCUCCGCGCGGCACUAAGAGCCGCGAGAUUUACACAGGGAGCUGUAGGAGCUGCUUGCAAGGUAAGUCAGCGCUUGUUGUUGCUGAGCCACCACUGUACUUAACAUGCCACUGGACCACCAGGGAAUACUAUAUUCCCCUCCCUGGUAAGAAGCAGGGAGGGGGGACUAAACAAAAAAAAAAAAAAAACAUUUAAAUAUUAAAAAAAAUAUUAAAAUAAAAAAUUACACAAAUUACAUCACUACACACACACACACACACACAAACACACACUGCACACAUACUGCAUUACAUACACACAUACUGCAUUACAUACACACUACACAGACACACACACACUGCAUUACAUACACACUACACAGACACACACACACUGCAUUACAUACACACACUACACAGACACACACACACUGCAUUACAUACACACACACCACAAACACACACUGCACACAUACUGCAUUACAGACACACACACUGCACACACUACACUGCACACACACUGCAUUACAUACACACACUGCAUUACAUACACACUGCAUUACAUACACACACACUGCAUUACAUACACACUACACAGACACACACACUGCAUUACAUACACACUACACAAACACACACUACACAAACACACACUGCAUUACAUACACACUGCAUUACAUACACACACUGCAUUACAUACAUACACAUACACACUACACAAUGUGGGGAUAUUUAUGGGAUAAUAAUAGUAAACAGUUGAGAAUUGCCCACUAAUUCAAUUCUCAGAUCCCAAAUAACGUUUAUCGUAAGUGAAAGUAUUUCAUAUAAUUAAAAUCACAAUGUAUAAAAAUAGAUUUUUAUUUUUAAUAACAAAUUAAUUAAUAAUAAUAUUAUGCAACAUGCAUGACAAUAAUCAAUGAAUAUCCAGUAUAAAAUGAUAUGCAACACAAAGGAAUGGGUAUUACGUUUCAAUGGCUAAAACAGCAUUAUCUGUCAAGACUUUGACGAUUUAUGAGGUAUCCUUACAGACUGAAAGGAAAACUUUUCACAGCGAAAAAGUUUCACUCAGAGAACAGAAUUCUUCAGAGUGCAGCUAAGGUCGUAAAGUUUAGCUGACAGUUAGAAUAACCCUUUCAAUGCUGGCUAGAUCUCCUAGGUAGUUAAGAUCUAUUCUUAUGUAAUUUUAAAUAAAAUAACAUUUAAACCAGUCCAUUAGUCAUUUCCUGGAACCAUCCAAUAAGAGAAUCUACCAUAUUAUAUAAGCAGAGUUUAAUUUGUCUAAAAGAUAUCUUAUCUUAAUUUAGAGCAAAUCAAUACACCUGGAUAAAAACAACGGUAUGCUACCACGUGAUAAUAUCACAUUAAUAUAUAAUUAUUCUUAAUUCCACCUGCAGAAUGGAAUGUUUAUAACUAUAUAUUCUUUAGUUAACUAAGAUUUCUUAAUAUGGAAAUCUGACCGUGCUUUAUCCAGUCAUAUAUAUCAUGCUAUUAAUACAUUUUAAUUAAUUUAAUUAAUUAAAUGAAACCAGUAUAAUUACCAGUUGAGUAGAUAUUUCAUCCGAUUGGUAGUCUCAGGAACUUAUUUGAAUGUCUCUCUGCAUGGAGGUUGGAGUCCCCAAACUUCCAAUUCCUCUCUCCUCUUUUCCUUUCUCCUUUGCAUCUCUUGCAUACCCUGCAUAUCUCUAUCUUCCCUUUGUCUUAACUUUUAAAGGGCCAGACUCUCUGUACGUCAUCAGUUGAUAACCCAAUAGAAGCACUAGAGGUGUGGUUAUCUUCCAGAUCGCAAUUUAGUUAUUUGGUCUAUAGAGGGCAGUCUUGUCCCACUAAACAUACCUAUCCAGGAAAGAGUUAACUUUUCCUGGUGGCUAUUUUGACGUCAUUUUGCGUUAUCCUUAUAGUGCCAUAACUUAAAAUUUCAAAGGGUUCUUUAAGUUUUGUCCAGACUAUGUGUCUGGCAAAUCUGAGUUUUGACCCGUAACUUACAAUGGGACCUUAUAUGUAUAGACAGUUAAAUUUUAUUAUUUAAUCUUCUCUGUCACAAUUGUCUGGGUUUAGAAUUGAUUAUAUUCUUCUUAUCACUUGUUUAUACUAUGCAUUCCUUUUAGCUCUGACAAAGUGGCUAGUCUUACAGAAAGAAAUCUUGUGUCUUUUUUGUUAACUUGAAAAUAACAAAAUGGAGUCUGGUCUGUUCAGAGUGACUCAGAAUAUACACUUUUAGUUUCUAUCAUAGCACAAGAUGUCUGCCGAUAUAAAUACCCUGACAACAAACACACACACUGCAUUACAUACACACACAAAAACACACUGCAUUAUACACACACAAUACAUAAACACACUGCAUUAUAUACACACUACACACACUGCAUUAUAUACACACUACAUUCAUUAUACACACACUACACAAACACACACUCUGCAUCCACUACACACACAGUUCCCCUGUCUAAAAACACUUCAUCCACUACAUGUGGCAUGUAUAUUUUGUGCAUUUACCUUUCGAAUUAGUUUAUUUAUUCAAAAUAGUAAAUGUACAGAAUAUCGGCAAGAUAUCGGCUAUCGGCCUGAAAGUUCUCAGAUUAUCGGUAUCGUAUCGGCUCUAAAAAAUCAAUAUCGGUCGAUCCCUACCUUAAACCCAAUGCAAAGAAAUUGCCGAAUAUUGCACAAAAUGAUUUCACGAACAGAUUGUCCAAUUUGCAACAUAACAGGGAAAAAGAGACCGUAAAGUGAGGACCCGUGCUGUACCGGACGCCGUGGGAACCGAUUCUGGCGGGUAGAUCUAAUUUACGGUUUAGGAGUCCGUGGGACGCGAUCUACAACGAUGACCGGGGUCAAGAGAGGCUGGACGGACAGAAAGGCCUGUAACAGGAUUCCUGGACACAGCUUGCUGCGGAAAAACUCGCGAAUACUGAAAACCAAGAUACUGUCUGAGAGAACCCGGAAGUGGAUCCUCAUUCAAUGCUGACCUCGAACGGUAUGGAGCCAGGUAAGGGGUAUCCCUUAAGUAGGUUAGGAGUGAAUAACAAGCACAUCCCACAAUUACAGGCCAAAUGGCCUUAUUACAUAUAUAAAAGUAUUUAAUCUUUCCAUUAUUUUCACAUAGCCAAGCAAAACCCAGAUAUUUUAAAAAAUUUAGCAAAUUUAGUAAAAAGAAAAAAACUGAAAUUAUUUGGGCCCUUUGCUAUAACACUUGAAAUUUUGCUUAAAUCCAUCCCAUUUCUCUAGAUCAUUAUUGAGAUGUUUCUAUACUUUGCUUGGUUUACUCAUAUGGCAAAUAUAACUGAAUGGAUAUGAUUUGGAAAGACACACACCUGUCUAUGUAAGGUCUCACAGCUGUAAAUGCAAAUCAGAGCAAAGCCCAAGCCAGCAAUUUUGGCUGCAUUGAAAGUUCCCACGAGGACAGUGGCAUCCAUAAUUAUUAAAUGGAAGAAGUUUGGAACAAACUGGCCACCUGGCCCAACUAAGCAGGUCAAAGGGCCUUGAAAAGAGAGAUGACCGAGAACCCAGUGGUCACUCUGGUUGAGCUCCAGAGAUCAUGUGUGAAGAUGGGAGAAACUGGAAUAACAACCAUCACUGUAACAUUUCACUGGUCUGGCCUUUAUAGCAAACUAGCCAGAUGUAAGCUACUUCUCAAGAUACAUGAAAUCCUACUUUGAAUUUGAAAAAAAGGAGAGCACCUAAAAGUUUCUUAGUCUGUGAGUAACAAGAUUAUCUGGUCUGAUGAAAUGAAGAUGGUACUAUUUGGCCUCAAUUCAAAGCGCCAUGUCUGAAGCACAUCAGGCACUGCUAAUCACCUGUGUAACACUAUACCAGCGGUGAAGCAUGGUUGUGGUAAACCUGCUUUGGGGUUGUGACUGGUCAUGUUUGUAUUUUACUUCAUAUAGUUUUAUCUCAGAGAUAUUCUUAAUGAAAACCUUGUUGAGAUCUCUCAGAAUCUCAAAGUGGACCGAAGGUUCACCUUCCAACAGGACAAUAACCGUACAGACACACCCAAGACAAUGCAAUAGUGGCCUCUGUGAAUGUUCUUAAGUGGCCUGACCAACAUCUAUGGAGAGAGCUUCAGAGAUGUCAGAAACUGCCCAAAUCCAGGUAUGCUACAUUUGGUGCAUCACAUCCAAGAAGCAUUGAGGCUGUUAUUGCUGCCAAAGAGGCUUUAACUACUGAGUUGAGGGUAUGAAUAUUUAUGUAUAUCAUAUUUCAGAUUUGUGUGUUAAUAAUAUAUUAGCAAAAAUCAGAUUUUUGCUUUGUCAUUUGCAAUGUUAAUAGUAUUAUUUUUUUAUAGGAUGUUUUUAUUUCAGAUUAUUUGCCCUCCCCUCCCCUGGACCUGCUAUUAUUAGCCUGAAAGGGGUAGGUAGGGACAUAUUGUGAUGGUAUGGCUAGGGGCUUGUGGACUGCUAACUACCUGAGAGCGAGUGAUUGGGCACUUUUUAUGUGCUUCUUGACUAGUGGGUCAUUUAAAAAAAAAAAUCUUGUGAUUUUCAGUGCUAUUGCAGACAGCAGCACAUCUCGCUGCUCUCUGCUGUGACACUGAAAGGAUAACUUUUUCCUGUUGUUGCAAUAGUCAUUUAUUGUUACAUGCACUUUUUCAAUUUUCACAACAUGGUAACUUGUAUCUACUGGUUGUUGUUAAUAAGAAGAGAUUAGAUAUUUAAUAUUGCAUUAGAAAUAAGCCCAUAAUAUUUACUGAGAGGCCAGUAUUUUACAUUAGUCAGUAUAAUCUAGAAAAUAGGAACUGCAUAUGUAUUGCAAGAUUUACAGUAAAGUCAUAUUGUGACUAACUGAGUAUAAAGGUAGAGUGUAAUAAAUUCCAUGUAAGCUAAAUAAUUGUGUGGCGAAAAAAUUACAUCACAUUCCCGAGAUAGGAUAAUCUUGUUUAACCAAUUAUGCAGACUGUUUGCUUCUCUCCCCAAAUAGUUCAUUGCUACACCAGACACCUAAAUUGAAACACAAAUUACCAAUAUGAGAUUCUGAAUAGAAUAACAUAAAUUUAUUCUAGUAAUACAAGUAAGUGAUAAAUCUGUAUCAGAAAUUCAGUAAAGUAAUAUAUAUACACCCCAAUACUGCAAUAAUAUGAUACUAAGGGACGCUACAGGGUUACUCCAGCCAUUAUGACCACUUCUGCUUUCAGAAGUGGUCAUGGUGCAAGCAAUCUCUAUGUGCAGCAUUUCAACUUUAAAUGCUGCCUCUACAGAUAAAUUUGUCAUUUUGUGCAGGGGUGUAAUUACAUUGUCUGCAUCCAUGACUUAGUAAGCCAGGAACUCUGUUCCAGAUUUGCUAAUAUGAAUCCUUUUGUCAGAACGCACAGCGCUCUGGUGAUGGAUAUAUUCAGAUCCUUCCCUUUCAGGCAGUGCUAUGAGAGUGCCAGCAAGUUGAAGUCUUUAGGGAUUUGUGCGCCUCCCUUGGUCUCUCCUUGCCUCCCUAACAAGAUGCUUUGAUUCUCCUCCCCUUGUACCUCCUUACCUCCCUUGCCUCCUAGUUUUCCUUCACCGUGUCCUUGUCCCACCACUCUAUGUACAGCCCUCCCUACUUUCCCUGCUCAGCGCUUAGGAGGAGAGUGGGCCAUGAUGGUGAGAUGAGCUGACACUCAGCUUAUCUCGUCGCUCGUGAAUGAGAACAUGUGUAUGCGAGGGGGUAGCUUUCCAACAAUGUUUGGACCACGAACAGAAAUAAGAUGAUGCCGAGUUAUGACAGAGGAGGUUGGAAAUUGUUGGUGAAGAAUUUGAUCCAGCACUGAAUUCAAGGUACUUUUUUUUUUUUUUACUAAGUGCAAAGUGCCCAGUAGGGAGUUUACAUAUAAAAAAAAGCAAGUGAAAACAAUGGAUGAAGUCAUGGCACACUAAAAUAUAGUUGUUGUUUUUAAAAAGAUUUAUUUGGGCAGUGGAGUUUCCCUUUAACAAUAAAUUUUGCAAUUUUGGCCACAAUUUAAUAUUUUUAGAUCAACUUUAAAAAUGUUUUAAUAAUUUGAAAAGUAUUGUAAUAUUUUAACAUUUUGAUAUAUUGCUAUAUAUUUAUAUACUAUAUAUUUUUUAAAAUUUUGAAAAAUAAUUUAAAAAAUGUAUGCAAAAAUAUUAAAUGAUUUGAAAACCUUAUCCAAAAAUAUAAAAUAUUAUAAUAUAUAAUAUAAAAAAAAUAUAUAAAAAAUUGAGGCCUUAAAGGGUUAUUAACCCCUUUUUUCUGACAUCCUGCUUCUUAGUAUAUAAGGCUGUAUGGGACAUUAUUUACUAAGUACUCCUCCUUAUAAACAAAAAUAAAGAGCUAAACUUACCUGGGAUCCAGCGCUGGGUAAAGCUCCCAGCGCUGCCUUCCACGCCCUGUCUUAUGCAGCAUUGUAGGGAGGGAAAGGCAAGCCUCCCGCUACAGGGGUGCUGCCUACAAGGGAGAAUCUCCUUACAUCUGUCGCCAGCGCUCUUGAACUCUAUUCCAGGCUGUGUAAGUCACACAUGGUGCAGUGCAACUAGGCCCUGGCACAAAAGAGCAAAUAUCUCAGAAACCCUGCACAUACAGACUCCUACCACCAUGACCACUUCUAAAAGCAGAAGUGGUCAUGGUAGUUGGAAUAACCUUUUAAUUGUCAAUUCUGCACAAUUUCCAAUUCAGUGAAUACACUCUCCUUUCUGUUAUUUCUUUCUAAAUUGAGGUAUUUAUACUUGGGGGUUUAUUGACGAAACUGAAUUUAGUGAGCUGAAAAACAGAUUGCAAAAUUUAGGCCAUAAUAUGCAGUUAUUUGAGCCCAAGCUUUUCAGUCCACUGUAGUUCCCUGAUUAGUGAAUUAAAGGUACUGCAAAAUUGUUACACAGCACUUUUGCUAUUGAUCUAUUUAAAUAUUAAAAUGUUUAUAAUAUUAUAUGAAUUAACUUGCUUUAAGGGAUUUCCUCUGUAAAAUCACAGCCUGUGAAUUUCAGUUACAGAUCUGAGAUUGGUAAUGAAAUUAUAAAAUUACUUACAUAUAAGAGUAUAAACAUUCAGUGAAGAAAAAAGUGGGUGGCUUAGAAUAAAUUUUCCUACUUCCUUUUUUAUGUUAGUAAAUAUUUAACGUAUUUGUAUUGGCAAAGCGCUCCAGAUCCUUUCACUUGUUUUUUAAAUGGCCCUUUUGCUUUCAUUACAAACCCUGAAACAGGACGUAUUACAGUACUAAGUCAAGUACAGCAAAAUUGAAACUGCCAACCAUAUUUACUGCCAGUGUAUUUUCUUGUAAAAAAUAUUACUGAUAUUUCCUGAAUGGCAGCUUUAAAUUUUAAAGGAACAUUAUAGUGACAAGAAUAUAAAUAUGUAUUCCUGUCACUAUAGUCGUAAAAACACAGUUUAGGCCCCAGUCCCCCCUGCAUGCAAUGUAAAAGGUGAUUUUACUCGCCUUUUUCCAGUACUGCUACAGUCCUGUUGCGACUGGCUCGUCCCCGUUCCGCCUCCUUGACUGAGAUCAUCAAAAUUGACAAUCUCAGACAAUCCAAUGCUUUCCCAUAAGAUUGCAUUUGAAGGCUAUUGCGCAGGCGCAGCACUGAGUACAGUCACUAGGAUGAUUGCUGUGUACUCCUAUCAUUAAGGUUACUUAUCACUUGCACACCAACUCCUGUUGCAGAAAAUGGUUAUAUAUAUAUUUUUUUUUAAAGUAGCUCUCCAGGUAACCACAGAUAUUGGGUUAACGUGUAGGCUAUAUUAUAGUUAGUUAUAGUGUUUAGUUGUUUAUUUGUUUGUUUUUUUUGUGAUUAUGUUUUGUUUUGUUCCAUACGCUCAUCCUUUCUAAAUCUCAUGCAGUGUUUCCCUUAUUUGCUCUAAAAUUGAUGCUGUAAAAGAUGUCAGGACUACAAUAAAAAUUUCUGACUACAAAACUACAAUUCCCAGAAGCCCUUUCGUGCACAUAAAGCACAAUUGUUUUGGAUAAGCUCAGCAGUUGUACAGAAAAUUAAAAAAACACUCCAUACACAAUAACCAGUACAGCUGGCUGUAGUAUAAAUGAAUAUCUUUAUUGCAAUUGCUGCACCUUCCAUCCCGUUAGCCUUCAAUGUUAAAUCGUCCUGUUUUCCUUUUCAUAUGAAGAAAUCUGCAAGAUUCAGUUAAAAUACAUAUGAUUUCAGAUUGAAGAAGGGAAGGUCCUUGCAGAGGCUGACAUGCAGGUCUGCGAAUAUUCUGAAAUUGAAAGUAAAAGCUUUCUUUUUUUUUAUUAGUUCUGCCUCUACUCUAUGGAGAGAGACAACUGCCAUUUUUAGGAAAUAUGUAAAUAUUCACACACAUAUAUAUAUAUAUAUAUAUAUAUAUAUAUAUAUAUAUACAAAUCUGUAUUCCUAACACUAGUGUCCCUGUUUAAAAACAGAUACCCCCAUUUUGCCAUAUAAAAUAAUAUAAAUAAAUGUUAUACUUACCCUUUUCCAAUGCUGAGGUUCCCUCAGUGCUGCUCAUCUCUCCUCCUCACAUAGGACAUCAUAGAGGAGACAUACUUUAAAUAAAAUAUGACACUUUUGGGGUCUUGCAUAUUUUGCAAAGUCCUCCAAAGUUGACACCUCUGCUUAGGGCCUGUUGGCCAUGGGGUGAAGUGGAAGAUUGGUAUACUUUCCUGAAGAUGUCGCUCGUGGCAGCCACCAUCUUCGUCCGGCACAUGCUCUUAAUGUCUGGCUGCUUUAUCUACCAAUGCCCGCAUCAGUGCCUAAAUGGAGUACACCAUGAGGUCUAUGGAGGAUCCCACUGGAGCGACGAAUGAGAAAAUGCCUGAAUCCCUCAGCCAUAACCUGUGAUAGCUGCUGUUAUUGGAGAAAAAUUUACAGAAGAGCUUAUUCUUUUGCCAACUGUUUUGCUUCGCCAGACAAUGAAGUCCCUCGGUUUGGAUUGGUUUGGAAUGUCAAUGAAAAUCCAGUACAGUCAGUUACAUUCCUACACAGUCAGGAGCAGUAUUUCAUAAAGAUUAUAUCUUCAUGACAUACUCAGAAGUGGCAGAGUCACUUUAACAAAAUAGUUGUCAGUGAUUUUAUGCAAAUUUUCUGUCUUGAAAUGAAAAAUAUAGAUGCAUUUCCUUUUUUUUUUUAUGUCUAUAAAUCCAUGGCCAGGAAGGGCUUGCUUGUGCAUGCAAACUCAUGUUCUGUCAAGAGGCAGAGUGCUGUGUUACAAUAUGUAGCUUAUGUCAAGUCAUCAGUUUUACUGGAUGAGACACUAAAAGAAAUGGCUUCAGAUAUGUGUAAGAAUAGAAUUCUAGGCAUGGAAAAGUGCAAUAGAAAGCAUUAUCGUGGACUGGACAGCUUAUUAGUUGAAAACAGGCAGCUUCACUUUAACAAGACAACAUUAGGAAUGCAAACAUUCCGAGCCCUAUAGUGACCUGCUCACCGUUAGUAGAAAUGUAGUGACAGCCACUAAAGACACAUUAAAGGUACACUGUAGUCACCAGAACAACCACAACUUAAUGUAGUUAUUAUAAUGUCUAUAGUGUUCCUACUGCCUAAGAACACCUCCAGUGGCUGUCACUUAGACAGCCACAAGAGGUGCUUGCUGGGUCAGUACUUCACAGUGUGCAGCACUGACGUUCAGCGUCUCCACACUCUGCAUGGAAACGCUGAACUUCCCCCAGAGAUGCAUUGACUCAGGUGAUGCUGAUUGGCACAGUUUGUCACAAAUGCGUGAUAGCCUUUAAAUGCUUUCCUAUGGGACAGAAUUUGAUUGGCUGAGAUCAUCAAGUUUGACCUGUGUGUGCUGGGGAUAAACUCACCUUUUUAACUGGAGGUAAGGGAGACCAGGGACCUAAACCAUUAUUUUGGAACUAUAGUGUCAGGAAUACAAAUUUGUAUCCCGGACACUAUAGCGUUAAUUUAACUCUGCAAUUUAAUCAGUGUUUUCAGUUGCAGGGUUAUAACCACAGGGACAUGACACCCAGACCACUUCAUUGAGAUUAAGUGGUCUGGAUGUUAUACUUGCUCUUUAAGGGAACACUCUAAGCAUCAUAAGCACUACAACAUUUAAAAAUGGUUUGACAACUUACCUGGGGUCCUGUUGGGUGCCCACUGCUACCUCUUUUGCAUUGAGAAGGUCCAACCUCUGAGUUAAACGUGGCCAUUCAGAACCACAUCCUUUGCCUUUGACUAAAGAGUGAAUGGUGGUGAAUAGAAAUAGUGUCUCUAUUUAGGAGGCACAGCCCCUAUUUUGGUCUCAUCCCUCGGUCCCCCUUUUCUUUCCUAACGUCUCUCUUUUCUAGGAGCUUAAUACUAUUGGUAUACCAGAGCUCCACAGCAACAAUAUUCAUAGUAAUGUGUUUUACACUACAAUAAAUGUGUUUAGAAAUCAGUAUGUGCAAAUAAGAUAGUAUUCUUGUUCUAAAUUUUAUUUUAGUUGCAAAAAUGUAAUUCAUAAGUAAGUCACCUAAAACUUUUUAGAACAGCCCACUUACCACAGGCCACAGCAGACACAUUGUAUUGGUGACUAAUUCCUUUUUAGAUUUGUGUACCGCAUUUUAGACACUUAGAUAAAUCUCCCCCACUUUUUAAGAUUCUUUUAUUUUCUUUUUGUUUUGUUUACACACAAUAUAUUCUUUUGGUGAUAUAGUCAAAUGUGAAAUGUAUAUAUUCUAGUAUGUGUACUAUUUUUGUCUAGUUACAAGUGUAUCAUAAACGUAACAACUUAAUUGAAAUGAAAACUGGCUUGAAAAAAAGGUAUGUUUCUUUUCAAAACAUUUUUAUGAAUCGGUAUUCAGUGAUUGGCUGAGAGCGGUCUGUUGACGAUCUCAGCCAAUCAUUGAAUACCGAUUCAUAAAAAUACCUCAUUGUGCAAGCCUUCCGAUUCAAAGAUUUUUAGAAAACGGAAGGACAGAAAGACAGAGAGAUUCAGCACUGGAACAAAGACUUUGUGGGUUAAACUGUUCAAGAAUGCUUUAACCCCUUAAUAUAAGCCAGUCCCAGGGACCUCCUGGCACCAUCACAACUUUAUUUCAAUGAAGUUGUUCUGGUGCCGAGUGUUACUUUCAUAAAACUUUAAGGGAUAUUUACAACUAUAUACAUAAAUGGCUGUUAGGUCAAGAAGUCUAAAUCAUUAUAGAAUAGCUCCGAGCAAAUCUAUUGAUACAUCUUAAACCAAAAGUGCCUGUUUUUGGUUUCUUAAAAUGUAAGGUGGCAUGUGACUUUACGCCUAAUAUAUUCACCAUCAAUCGGCUUUGUGUCAUCAUUUCAGAACUUUCGAUUUGACAUAUGUUUGACACUUUUGUUUUCUGAAUGCAAUUAAAACCAAGAAAAUGAAAUUACAUCUUAGGAAGUUGUCUCUGAUUCACGUUACAGAUAUUUAUAACUUACUUCACGUGCUUAAAAGUAAAAAAAAAAAAAAAAUUAACACUAUAUUCUUUUAAGAAAUAGCAAACUUAUAUUUUGUAAAUUACAAAAUAUGGAUGGACAAUAUCUGCUUGAUUUACUAGUGUGCCAAAAAAUUGCAUAGGAGAAAAAAAUGACUUCCGCAUAUAACUUGACAGAUUUAAUAUAACUGAUUUCUCAGUGUAAAGCCUGUAAACUGGUGGUAAUUUAAGAUAAUCGAUGUAAAGCAAUGCACCAGGAAGUACAGAGUUGCAAAGAGUAACACUUAGAAAGCGGUUUGCAUCUUUUAAAAAAGAAACUUAAAAAAAUAGAUAUGCUAAGAUUAUACAGACCUGUGGGGUACCUGGAACCCCUGGAAAACAGGAGAGGGACGGUAAAUGGCCUUUGUUCUUUCUCCACCUACCUACUAUAGCUGAUGUGACCAUAUGACCAUUCUCCUGGGCCUUUUAUAUUUAUUAAUGAAUAACAUUGGCACCCACAGUGCCCCAGAAAACCACUUAUUUAUUUACGGCAUUUUAGGAUUGUCAGAAAUUGAUUAAUCCAUUGUAGCUACACACACAUUUAGUUUUCCCACUGGAGUUUAUUCAACACUUAAACACUGGACACAAUCACAGUCCUACACUUGUUUGCGUUUGGUGAAGUUUAGCCACUAUUGUGUAUUUAUUUUAAACAGGAUCGCAUGCUCAAAAUGUCUUAUUCAUAUUCUGCCUGUAAUUCCGCUGCUGUUAAAAAAUCAUUAGCAACCUAAAACUGUGUUUAACUUUUGCCAGUGUUGUACAUCAGACAUAAGCAGGAUCAGGGCAGCCAUCAGGUGGUGACAAACAUGAUGGUUGUCGUGGCCCCGGCGGUAAUGGGGUGCAUUCCCAAUCUGUAGCGGCAGAACUGUCGCUGGUGCAUCUGCACUGGGUCCCACAUGCUGAUGGGGUCCAUUGGGUGGCCAAUGCACUUAGGACCACCCGAUGGUCAAAUGUCUUCAAUGCUGGCUAUGGUAUGACUAAAAUAAACAAAGUCCAGAGAAUAAGUAGUGCCAAAGCAAAGUGUCAAGUUGGGCCUGAUGGGGCACCGACGGCUUUUGUGGAGGAAUAUUCUCUCUAUGGGUCAAAUGAAGAUGGUUUUCAGGAUCCGUAUGUAAAGAGAGAAAGAGAUAAUAGUUCAAAUAUGUCUGAUACAUAGUGUUCAAUUGCAGGAAGAAGAGAUCUAUAGUAAUCCUACUUACGUGUAGUAGAGCUAAACUAGCUCUAGUGUGGAUGGCAUACAGCGGUACAAUCCCCGCUUGUAGAAUAUGUAGGGAGGUAUUGGUCUUUAAAUCCGUACGUGGGAAAAAAAGACAGAUGAUAGGGCAAUACGUCUGGUAAAGGUGGUAUAUACGACAACAGAGUCUACUAUAGUCCUACUCACGUGAAGUAGAGCUCAAACCAGCUCUAGUGUGAAUGGCGUACAGCGGUAUAAUCCCCGCUUAUAGUAUACGUUUAGAGGGUUGAGUCUUGUUUCGAUAUGUAGAUCAUGAAAGAGAAGAGACAACUAAUAGUGCUCGCUGUAUAAAAAUGGCAUAUAAGGAGUAUUGAUAAAAUGUGUACUCACAUAAGAUUGAACAGGCAGACUGCUCAAUGACUCAGGCGUGAGUGGUAUAAUCCCCACCUUGGAUGUCUUUGGAGUAAUACUCAGCGGGAGGAAUAAAAUCAGGUUACCAAGCAAAAAUAAAAAUAAUGAAUAAAAAGAGUAAAAUGGCAAAAUCAAAGUGAGUUAAAAGUAGCCAAAUACCUUUUAUUUGGAAUACAGAAUAAAAUAUUAAAAUAUCCACUUUUAAUAUUUUAUUCUGUAUUCCAAAUAAAGGUAUUUUGGCUACUUUUAGUCAUACCAUAGCCAGCUUUGGCGCAACCUUUUUCUAUUGUGUCUUGUGUAUUACCUUUGUCUAUAGGGUUUAGAGGGAACCCUAUUUUUAGGUUGCCGCCUCAUACAUUACCUAUCUUAGUAUUGGUUUAUUUUUUAUUUUUUAAAUUCUUUAUUUUUGUAGUGCUUAGAAUUACAGAUACGCUUAUUGCGCCACGACAACAGAUAUAAGCCAAUAGAGUAACACAAAAAUAUUCAGUAACAUGGCUAGCAUUAACAGCACAUUUUUUAUAAGGUCAGAUUUGGACGGACUGUCUGUAACAUGAAUGGCAUCCAUACUGGGAACUACAUGAAGGAAAAAUUGACAGUUUGAGCUAUCUUAUAAGCAUUCAGAGUUUAAACGUGGUUGAGGCCUACGGUGCGCCUAGGGCUGAGUAGGUGUGUGAGCAUCAUUUUUAUAAUUAUAAUGUCAGGCGCCUUAAGCCGAAUAUGUGAUAGGCGAGCAUAUCUAGGGAGUUGAGUGGUUAAAUAGCAUGACGCACAGCGAGGGUGAUUGCCGGCUUUCUCAGUGUGAAUGUGUCAGCUAGUCAGCCUGUUGUGUGUGACAUUUUCUUAAGUACGUAUGACAAUCUAUCACUGGACAUUUAUGUGAGGCCUAGACAAUUCAAAUAAAAACAAUAAUUAUAAUAAGAAGAAGAAGGCAGCGCAGUCAUGCAACUCAGAGUCAAUCAACAGUGGGCCAAUGUAAAUUUGAGAAGUGAAAAAAGAAAAAGAUAUGAUAAAAGAAGCCCAGGCUCUGCGCUGCUUGGUGCUUGGUAGAGCCAGGCUCAGUCAACCGAUGCCGCUUAGCGGUCGUUUGCCAGAUUCCAGCUGCUCUGCUAUCCUGCUAUGGUGUUUCCAGACGCCUGUUAGGAAGGGUAUGUUGUUACCAGUUUGAGUCCCAGGUUUGAGGCUGUGCUGUUUUGUGGUCAGGGACCCGACUCUCCAUCGCUUGCAAGGUUUGAUGCAGGGCUGAGGUUUGUCCUUUGGUAGUUCCCACCUCUGUGCUGCUGAUGGCUUCGUUGGGCUCUGUUGCUUGCGUGCUGGUAGAGCUUUCGCCACGGGUGCGUGCUGCUGUGCCCUCUGGAGCUUGCGUGGGGUAGUGUAGAGGUUGGCGGUCGGCCAGGAGCUUACCAGAGGUGCCUUCCCGCUCCGGGCCUGUAGCAGGGCCGGCAUCUUGUAGCCACGGACUCGGGGACUAUUGAAGGCCGAGUCCUUCCCUUUCGGGGUAGGUCUGGAGAUCCUGGGGUUGGUGGUAUGCCGCCGUCGGCGGGUGGAUCUCUGCCUAUGUGGUCGAUGCACCGGGUUAAUCCCGUGUUGGCCCUCGGCCCAGAUGGGCUGGUGUGGAGAUUCUUGGAUUGAGUUUUCAUGGCUUUGCCCAAAGGCAGUCUGGUCCCACUCCAAACGGUGUCGCCUUGUUGGCCCUCCGUACCUCCGAUCUCUAGCAGAUUGGAUCGCUCUUCCUUAUGUCGGGCCGCGAUCUUUGCCCAGAAGGCUUCAAACAGCCCGUCUAGGCAGGUGGUGAGGGAGUCGUUUGUGUUGGGGCUUAGUGGUGGAGGCCCAGGUUGUCCACAAGGCUGCGUGUCUGCCAUUUUGAUAUGGUGGGCUGCUUGCAAGUUCGGUGCGUGGAUGGGGUCGGUGACCGCUUUUAGGGUCCACUGGGGCUUGCCCGUCGAGGUGAUUGGGACCGGGAUAACCCCCACCGGUCCUAAGGGGGGGGGUAGCCAUUUGCUGCGGGUGCUGCAUGCGGUUAUGGGCUGGGAGAGCGUCCGCCUCUCCAUUGCCCUGCUUAGUAUAGGCCCCAGGCCUCAGCUUGGUCAUUCCGGUGUUAUUUCUGGGCAUGUGAGGUAUCCCCCUGUUCACCAAUGUCUGCAGAUCAAGUUGUGGUGAAUUGGGGAUCAAGAUUAUUUAGUUUGCCCCUGAUUUUAGCCAGUAAUUGGCCUUAGGCCCAGGAGCUCUUGGUUUGUGCGUCUGCACUGCUGCACAGUCAGGCCACGCCCCCCAGUAUUGGUUUAUUUUGGCGCUGUUUCCUUCUUCUGUUUAUUCCUAUAUCUCUUCAAUGGCCUGAUCAGUGCUGCAAAAAGUAAAAAAACAGGAGGUUUGCUGAAAAAUUACCUGCAUCUGUAUGUCAGAAUGUAUAUCUGUGUGUCAGUAUAUAUGUCUGUAUGUGUCUGUGUCAGUAUGUCUAUGUAUGUGUGUGUGUCAAUAUGUCCGUGUGUUUAUAUAUCUGUGUGUCUCUGUGUCAGUAUAUGUGUUUAUGUGUGUGUGUCUGUGUCAGUAUGUGUGUCUGUGUCAGUGUGAUGGACCGCCUGGCACCCCAAUCGGGUGUCUGCAUCAGUUGAUACUCCUAGUGCUUACCGAGGGCUCCAAGCACUCCACCAGACACCAUCAGCACUGUAGUCCCCACGUCCAGCGUUACAGCUUGGCUGGGAACUCGCUGUCCUCCACCCACCCUGGACCCAAGACCAGGAUCCAGCUUCCAGUGGGUGAACCUCUUCUACUCCAGAGAGCGUAGCAGGAACAACUCUUAAAAGAGCUAGUGAUUAUAAUCCCAGGGGAGUAUAGUGAUAUAGCAAUCCGCAGGGUAGAUACAGCCGUUUCCCCCACACAUAAGAUGAGACUCUAUGUUGAGGGUAAGAAACUCCCAUACACAAACAAUAGAAUGCCUCCUCUGUGCUUGGGAGAUAAUUGAAUCAGGAACGGUACUAAUCUAACCAAAUUAUCUCCAAGCACAGAAAAACAUACAAUUUUAUGAAACCCCAAAACAUACCUAAAAAACACCUCAAAUCCCAUAAAUUCCAUGAUAGCCCCGAUCUAGGUGAACAACAUAUCUAAAAAUCACCCAGAUCGGUUCAGGGGGUUCAGAAAUGUCCCGGAAGUCAUAGUUUUGACUGACCGUGCACAUGGUGCUAUGCCUAAAACAGUUCCAGGGAAAUCAGUGCUAACAGCUGGUCAAGUUCAGUAGUAUUUUAGAGGUUUCCCUGCAGGGCCCAUAGACUGUGGGCAGGAGGCUGGCAAGCAGGCCCCUCCUAGUACAAGUGGCGAGGUUACUUUUGCCACAGUCAGUAUGUCUCUGUGUGUGUAUAUCUGUGUGUCUCUGUGUCAUUAUGUAUGUGUGUGUCAGUAUGUCUGUGUGUGUAUCUGCGUGUCUGUGUAUUUGCAUGUGUAUUUUUGUGUGUAUCAGUGAAUGUAGAAAUGUAUACACUACACACAAAUGCACGCCUGCAUUCAAAUACUGACAUUCACACACAUGCUCUAAACAAAAAUAUACUUACAUUUAAACACACAUUAUGUAUGUGUGUGUAUAUGUAUAUAUAUAUAUAUAUAUAUAUUUACAUUUAUAUAUAUAUAUAUAGAUACACAUAUAAAUGCACACACAAUAUACACACCACAGCUACUACACACACAAUAUACACUCUGCAUCCACUACACAUGCAUAUUGCAUCCACUACACAUACACUAACACACACUGUGUCUACUUUACACACUUAAUGUAUCCACUUUACUCACACUGCACCCAAUACACAAACACACACACUGCAUCUACAACACACACACCCUAUAUCCACUCUACAUACACUGCACCCUUGUUGGCGGACUUGGAGGUGGGCCCUGUGGAUGGACUUGGAGGCGGGCCUUGAGCAUGGUUGUUCACUAAAGUGAGAGUUCACAUUAAGUUCAAAGUGAAAUUCAGAUUUAAGUUCAAAAUAGCCGAACUGAAACAAUUCAGCCAUGUUUUCAGUUUUGCUACUCUAGCUUUGAAUUUGAAAUUCACGACUGAACGGCCACAUGAGUGGUGAGCUCCUCAUAAAAACUGCAUUAAACUCACUGCCAAAUAUUUGAUAUCAACUGUGUUCUCUGAGCUCCGGGUGGCUCCAGAUACCUGCCGGUGCACCUGUAUGCUAAGCAGUGACGGAGAUGAUAUACUUACCUAUAUCAUAAUACUGACAGUGCACAUCUCAUGCCUAAUUACUCUUCCACUAGUCCUGAACUGUGACUGUCUUGUAGAAUCUCAUGUCUAUUUGCCUCUUAUCUCUACCUACUAAUCCCAUUUCAGUUUAAUUCGAAAACAUUCUAGUUAUUUUGUAUCUCAAUAUUUUGAUAGAAUUCUGCUGUUUAUUCCAAUUACAUACCUUUGUUAUCAUUUGAUAUAACUAUGCGUGUUUUGGCUGUUGUGGCAUUGCAGGCGUGUUUGUACUUUUCUGCACAAAAAAAAUAAAGAAUGGAAUGAAUAAAUAAAUGUGAAAUUCACCUAGAAUUCUCACUUUAGUAAAUAAAUGAUAAUUGUAUGGUUUUUUUUAUAUGUGAGAUUGUGUGGUUAAUGACAAACAAAAUGCUGAUUACAGCACUGGAUGGAUAUUACCUGCAACUAGUCUGUUAACCUGGCAUCUUUGGAGCUGUAGAUUGCAUUAGAAAAUCCAUCACCUACAUGAAGCCAUUUUAGAUGAAGGUCUUGUUUUAUUUUUUUUAAAAGUUACAAAAUAUGUAAAAACAAAAUGUACUUACUAACAAAUUAGCAGCUGCAGACAGAUCCUUUUGUCAGCAUGAAGAGACUCUUACCCAUAAGCCCUGGCCCAAUAGUCACUAAGAGCAGUUUCACUGAGAAUGAGUGGAACUGCUAAGUAAACUAAUGGCAGCCAUAUUGUGACUGCUGUCAGUUUAUAUGUAGCUUUGUUCACUAAAUAGGAUAUGUGCAAAUAUAAGUAGAAGAAGGAGAGAGCUCAGUCUAAGUUGUAGCUUGCAAGUUUGUUUCAUUUUAUUUUGAAACCGUCCCUAUGUACAUUAAAAUGUAUUCAUAAAGUAUUCAGGCAACUUUACUUUACUUUAGCAUAAUUAUGUUUUUACUGUCUCCAGCCAUGCUUUUAACAUCAUAAUCUGCAAAGAUAUUCUUCAUCACUCUGGUGGGUUUUUUUUCACACCGUGCAGGAAAUAAAUUGUAGCCAGCUUUACUGCAUGGAGGAAGUAGGCAUCGCUGCCUCCUGGUUUGUGACAGGAGCAUAUUGAUCAUGUACAAAAAAAAACAAAAACCCAUAGUAGUACAUGCAGAAAAAGCUUUUGCUCAGAGAUCUCAUAUUUGUUGUUGGACUGCAUUUGCUUGGGCUCUCCGUAAGUUAAAAGGGUAAUAAUUCAGACUGUGUGCUGUAUCUUUUGUGCAGAGAGAACUUGCUGGCAUUUUGAUUCUGGACUGCUCUUAUGGGAAGGAUCAGUCUGAUAUGCAAAUUAAAUAUAUAUUCUCUUUGUAAUGGCUCAAGUGAGCAAAAACAUUAAGACCUAAGCAGGGACUAAAGAAAGGACAAGCUACAGAGUUUUUCAGAGUUUUUGCCCAUUCUCAUAAUCUUUGUUUUUGUUGCAAAAUUUUAUUUUUUUAAACAAAACAGAAGAAUAUGAUGAGUGUCAGGGUUGCAUUGAACACCAUAACAACAACUGCAGUCCGGAAAUAAAAUAUAUCAAAUAACAGGGGAGACCUGGACCACCUGUGCCCCCACAUGUGGGCAUUGGUUGGGGGGUUUCAAUUAAAUAAGAGUAUGUGCAGGGGGAUGAUUACAUUAACAAAAAAUACAAAACAGGAGGACAUCCUAAUGCAUACAGGGUAGCAUAGAGGGUAAAUCCAGCCCUUAAUGUGCCCAGUUCACAUUAAUAUCUUGUUCUCUGGGAGAGAAUCAUAUAAGUGUCACUAAUUGGAAAGUGCAGCAGUUUUAAGAAAGCACAACUGAAACCUAAUGGCAGGGGUAGGUCAUGUUUGCACGUUAACUGAUGUCCCUUUAUAAACUUGCCUCUUUUUUGCAGAUUCAUACAUUUAUGAAACUCCCUCAAGCAAACAUUGAGCCAAAGAAUUAUAGGGAGGGACAGCGGUUAUGCCAUGGCGGGACUAUUCAGGGAAUUUAUAGGCAACUUCAUAAUAUCUUGCAACAUAUGUAAUUAUGUAAGCCAUUCUUUCAAAAAUGUCAACAUAUUACAAAAAACUAUGACAUAUGUAUUCUCCAAAAAGUAUUAAAUAAAUGUCCUGCAUUUUAAUUAUUUAUGUAGUAAGUGGUUGAAGUAUUUUAUAAUUCCUGUUUUACACUAAUUCUUUUAAUUCUUAUAAUCUGCCCAUUUGUUUUGUAGGUGGCAGAUGGCAAAAAAUAUGUUUGAACUUGAAGAUCCGGUGAGUACAACAGUCACUAUUUUUUUUUUUUUUUGCUGCCUUUAAAGAGAAAUUGUUAUGUCUAACAUGAUUUUAAGAAGUAUAGGAUUUUAGCUAUAUAUUGCCAUAUGGUCAUAUAUUACAUAUUCAGGUAUAGCCAGGUAGCUAUAUUUACUCUUAUGUAAAUCAUAUAUUUUAUGGUCUUUUUAGUAUCCUAGAAAGAUUUUCACGUAUAGAAUUUCUUAUAAAAAGGUACAAUAUGUUGGGCAACAAUAUUUAUAUAUCUACAGUAAAUAAAACCUAUCUCCAAACCUUGUUAAACCUGGUAUAAAUAAAAAAAUAUAUAUAUUCUUAGUAUUUCAUAUUUUGACUUCCUUGUUUGUUACCCCAAUGGCGUCACAACGUCAUGUACAUGGAACCACUGUAUUUUGUAUUUUUUUAAAGCAUUUUUUCUGAAGCCUUAUCAUCUUGGAAUAUGGUCAACUCUAAAGAUAAAUAUUUGCACAACAGGGUUUACCAGGACCUGCAAAAUGGCCUCAUAUUCCUUGGCCCUUUUACACCCAAGUACAAUCAACAAAUCUAAUAACGUUCAGAAAAUGGCUUCUUGUAGUAUUAUAGGUCACCGAGAAUGUUUAUCAGGCAGCAGUAGACAUUGUGGAUGAUGAUUUCUUGGCUCUCUCUAAAUUAAAAAAUAAGAUUAAAGAUUACACAUCAAACCUAACUAUUUUUUCACUUUUUGCACAUGGGUAACUGUCAGCAGGCUGUGCAUGAUGGGAUCAGAUUUUCAGUAUUUCUGCAUAGAAUGCAGUAUACCUUAUGAAGAGAUUUAACUUAACAGUCCAUAAUACAGAUAGUAUGUAAAAUAAAAUGUGCGCUGAAACUCUACUUUUACUGUUGCAGAUGAUGGAUCCAUAUUAUAGAAUGUUUCCAGACCAAAUGUUACUGGCCGAGUCACCAAUGCAAAGCAGUAAGCAAUUUUUCCAACACCCUUGCUAUGGGAUACUUCGGGCAUCAUAAAAAGAUUCAUAUCAUUUUAAAUAGGGCAUUAAAUAGGUUAUGGUCCCAGCACAGUUACUUAUGUCUGUAGCAUAUAUACUAAGCUCUCUGUAGAUGCUGUGAAGUCUGUGAGUAUUCUGUAAAUGCAGGAACUUCAAAGCUGAGUAUCUAUUAUUUAUUUAUUUUUACAUUUUAAUGCAUUAUUUAUAUUGCUGCAUUGAUAGUGUGGAGCCAUCUAAGCCUGAAAUUAGAAGCUCAGUCUAAGUUGUAGCUUGCAAGUUUGUUUUACUUUAUUUUGAAAACAGUCCCUAUGUACAUUAAAAUGUAUUCAUAAUGUAUUCAGGCAACUUUAAUUUACUUUACUUUAGCAUAAUUAUGUUUUUACUGUCUCCAGUCAUGCUUUUAACAUCAUAAUCUGCAAAGAUAUUCUUCAUCAAUCUGGUAGGGUUUUUUUUCACACCGAGCAGGAAAUAAAUUGUAGCCAGCUUUACUGCAUGGAGGAAGUAGGCAUCGCUACCUCCUGGUUUGUGACAUGUACAAAAAAAAACAAAACAUACUAGUGUCCUUUAGUGAUCAUUGAGCAUUUGCUAUCAAAUAGUGAGUAAUGUAAAUUAUGCUUAUUUGACAGUCAUUUCUUUACCUGUAUUUUACAACACUGCCUCCCACAGCUUCAUGUUAUUUGUGUUUCGACAUCUAAUUUUUCUAUCAAAACAUGAAUUCUACUUAAAUAUUUUGCAGUUGUUUGACCCUGGCAAUAAAGUGCUGUCUGUAUUUAACAUGCUGUAUAUUUAUUUAAACAAUCUUAAAAAGUAUGAAACUCUUUUCUUUUCGAAAAUUUUAGUUGCCAUGUCACAAAUUAAAAGUAAAUUAGAAUGUCUGGGAGAUGUGUUUUCUGAUGCACAGGUCUGAUAAAGUUGUGCACCACCCCCACAUUCUUUAUGUAAAUGUCACCUAGAUAAUAAUUAUGGCAGCAAGUUAAGAUUAAUUGAAAAGUCACAUAUAUUAUAGAUCAAUACUAGCUAGCACCUAGCUCACAUGUUGCUGUGCAUCUGCAACUUCUGUGAACUCACCCAAAAGCUUCUGCUUUCACUUUCAAUUUUAUUGCAGAACAUCCAGGGCCGGUGCAAGGAUUUUUGACUACACAGGCAAAGAUGCAUUUUGCCGCCCCCAUCCAAAAAAAUGCAUCUUCACUUCUGUGUCUCGUAGCCCUCCUUUUGAAUUUCUUACACCCAUUAGUGUUUCAUCCCCUUUCUUGAAUGUCUUACCCCUUUCGCCCCUUUGUGCCUUACACCCCCCUUUAGUGUGUCUCUUACAACUAGAGAUGUCGCGAACCGUCCGCGAACUUCUCGCGAACGGUUCGCCGCGGUUCGCGGCGAACUCCGGUCAGCUGACACAUCCCGGCCAAUCUCCAGCAGACCCUCCCUCCCAGACCCUCCUACUUCCUGGACAGCAUCCAUGUUGAAGGCAGCUUCAACAUGGAUGCUGUCCAGGAGGUGGGAGGGCCUGGGAGGGAGGGUCUGCCGGAGAUUGGCAGGGAUGUGUCAGCUGACCGGAGUUCGCCGCGAACCGUUCGCGAGAAGUUCGCGGACGGUUCGCAACAUCUCUACUUACAACCCAUCUUAUGUAUUUCUUACUUCACCGCCAGCCCCUUUGUGUCUUUCUUCACCCCAGCCCUAUCUAUCUCUAUUUCUCCCCCCAGCCCCUAUCUACCUUUCUCCCAUAUAGACAUAUAUACAGGCAAAAAUACAUAUAUGCACAAAUAUACAAACAUGCAGACACACAACCAUAAAAGCACACAGACAUAGUUAUUCAGGCACACAGUCACAAAGAUAUACAGACACACAGUCAUAAAAGGCACACAAUCAAACAAACACAGUCAUACAAUCUACACAUACAGGUACACUGUCAUACAAACUAGAGAUCAGCAGAUAUUGAUUUUUUUAGAGCCGGUACUGAUACCGAUAAUCUGUGAACUUUCAAGCCAAUAGCCGAUAAUUUACCAAUACCAAUAUUCUGUACAUUUACCAUUUUGAAAAAAUAAACUAUUUGUACACAAAUCUACUGUUAACUGAACAUGUUUAAUAUUUAUUAAUUUUUUUGCUACUCGUAAAGUAAUCCCAUCAGAGAUGCUUCAGGCCUCCAUAAUGCCAAUUCCUAAAUUAGAAAAAGAUCCAGCAUAUACUGUGAACUAUAGGCCAAUUUCCCUUAUCAAUUUAGAUAUUAAGUUGUAUUCUAGAAUUUUGGCAGACAGACUAAAAGGAAUUAUACCAGACAUUGUGCAUAUAGAUCAGAGCGGUUUCGUGGAGAGUAGGGGCACGCCUGAUAAUAUUAGGAAAAUAAUGAAUGUCUUAUAUCAUGCAAGUCAAAGCCCGUCCCCUUUUGCUUUGGUCACACUCGAUGCCGAGAAGGCCUUUGAUCGUGUUAACUGGAAGAGGUUCUGAGGGCCUUUGGCAUAGAUGGUGCUUUUAAGGAAUGUACUAUGGCAUUAUAUAAAGAUUCCCAGGCUAGGGUCUCCGGAUCUAUGUUCCAAUCAAAUUGGUUCCCAAUCAGAAAUGGGAAGCGACAGGGUUGCCCUUUGGCACCCCUGCUAUACAUUCUUUCUAUAAAGCCCUUGGCUGCCACUAUAAGACAGAUUGAGGAUAUUAGUGGAUUUAUGGUGAACACUAUGGAGAAUAAAAUCACACUUUAUGCAGAUGAAGUUCUCCUGUCUCUCACAGAUCCUAUCAGAUCUAUCCCAGCUGUAUUUUGCCUUAUUAAGGAUUAUAGUAAGCUUUCAGGCUACAGAGUAAACAUAAAUAAAAAAAAAAAUUUGAUCAAGGGCUUAAAUGGGCAUGGGGAAAAAAUGCUUAAAGAGGAUUAUAAGUGUGAUUGGGGAGCUAGGAUCAUAAAAUAUCUAGGGGAAACCCUAUCAUUGGAAUACAGUGAAAUCGUAGCACUAAAUUACUCAGAAAUGGCUACCCAGUUUAGGAGUACCCUUAAAGCUUGGAGGGGACUGGAACUGUCAUGGAUGGGAAGAAUUGAGGCAGUUAACUCCUACCUACUUCCCAAACUGACAUUUCUAUUUAGGAACCUCCCGCUGAUGGUGGACUCCCAGACGAUGCGUGGUUUUCAAAGACAGAUUUCAGAAUAUAUUUGGCAGGAUAGACGACCCAGAGUAUCACUGGAAACUUUACAGAGAGAAUGGAGGGAGGGAGGUGUUUCCUUUCCGGAUGUACCAAAAAUAUAUAUGAUUAACAUGACUGCACAUCUAAUUAUCUAAUUAUGUGCGAUAACUUUACAACCUUAAGACCAACUUGGAUAGAUAUUGAAAAAACUGACCUUGGCAAUCUUGAACCUCUUUUCCUUAUAUGGUGUGAUAGUGAAUUUAUAAAAAGUAUAAAAACAAACAAUCCGAUGAAUAAUACAAUGAUUUAUAUAGUAAAAUAUCUAAAGAAAAAAUAUGGCACCAAACAUAUAUAAAAAAAAUGCCCCACUAGCAUGUUUAAAAUUAUAUGUAAAAGAUAUAAACAUCCAAGAAUGGGAAAGAUGUGGAAUUGUAAAAUUUGAGGAUUUAUUAGAGGGCAAGCAAAUUUUAGCAUUUUCAAUGUUACAGCUUAACUAUAACUAUUUAAGAGUUAAAUCAUUUAUUUCAAGUAAAGAAUUCUCAGAAAAUUCCCCAAUCGACCAAUUUAUAGCAUUCCACUAUAGGAAAAAAAUUGCUUCUAGAUUUAACUGCUUCAUAAAAGAUCAAAAACAAUUAGAUAAAGCAUUAGCAUGCAUAAAAUGGGAGCAAGAAUUACAAGUUUCCUUUACGCUUGAAGAAUGGUUAUCAGGGCUACAUUCAGUAAAAAGAUACAUACAUGGGGUAAAUAUACGGGAAGUCUAUUUUAAACUUGUUUAUAGAUGGUACUUGGUGCCUACUCGCCUACAUAAAUUUCAAUCUACAACUAUACCAGAUUGUUGGAGAUGUGGCAAGGCAUUAGGGUCAUUUCCCCAUAUAUGGUGGGGCUGUGAGGAAUUGACCCCUAUGAAAUCAAUUUUAUCUGGGCUUGUAAAGUUUAUCACUAGGUACUAACUGAGAUAACUGCCCAAAUGUUCUUGUUUCAUUUAGACAUGCCAAAGCUUAACUUAAAAACGAAAAUUCUUAUGAUUCAUACUUUUAUGGCUAGUUUUGGCCAGAAAUUGGAGAAUUAUGGGUCCCUUGAAUUGGUCUGAUAUAAGUACACAGUUGGAUUUCCAACAUAGGAUGGAAGCAGGCAUAGCAUUGGAUAGAGUAUCCAAAGAGAAAUAUGAUGAAAUAUGGGCCCUUUGGGUUAGAUAUUUGAGUACAAAAGCUUAACCUCUCAACCUGUUUUCCCCCCAAAAUUUAUCCUCUCGUUGAAUGGAAAUUUAGUGUGUGUAUGAAAGUGUUGUGUUUAUUCUUUUUCUUUCUUUCUUGUGACUGGAAUAUUUUGUGUUUUAAUUAACAAAACCAUAGCGAUGGAUUUGUUAUGCAUGUAUGUAAAAAAAAAAAAAUAUAUAUUAUCUCAUUGUAACAUAGUAAUAUGAUUUUUCCAUGUAUGUUACUUGGAUGAAAACAAUGUUAAAAUAAACAUAUAUUGAAAAAAAAUAUUUAUGAAUUUUUUUGCAAAUUUUUUUUUAGUAAGGUAAACACACAAAAUAUACAUGCCAGUCAGAAUUGUUCAUGUUUUCAAGAAUAUAUGUGUGUGUAGUGGAUGCAGUGAGAGUAUUUGAUAAGUGAAUGCAGUGUGUUUGUGUAGUGGAUGCAGUGUAUGUUUGUGUAGUGGAUGCUGUGUGUGUUUGUGUAGUGUGUGUGUGUGUAUAGUGAAUGCAGUGUGUUUGUGUAGUGUGUGUAUAAUGAAUGCAGAGUGUGUGUUUGUGUAGUGUGUGUAUAUAGUGAAUGCAGUGUGUUUGUGUAGUGUGUAUAUAAUGAAUGCAGAGUGUGUGUUUGUGGAGUGUGUGUAUAGUGACUGCAGUGUGUUUGUGUAGUGUGUGUAUAGUGGAUGCAGUGUGUGUUUGUGUAGUGUGUGUAUAGUGAAUGCAGUGUGUGUUCGUGUAGUGUGUGUAUAAUGAAUGCAGAGUGUUUGUUUGUGUAGUGUGUGUAUAGUGAAUUCAGUGUGUUUGUGUAGUAUGUGCAUAGUGGAUGCAGUGUGUGUGUUUGUGUAAUGUGUAUAUAGUGAAUGCAGUUUGUUUUCGUGUAGUGUGUAUAUAAGGAAUGCAAAGUGUUUGUUUGUGUAGUGCGUGUAUAGUGAAUGCAGUGUGUUUGUGUAGUGUGUGUAUAGUGGAUGCAGUGUUUUUUGUUGUUGUGUGUGUAUAGUGAAUGAAGUGUAUGUUUGUGUAGUGUGUGUAUAAUGAAUGCAGAGUGUGUGUUUGUGUAGUGUGUGUAUAAUGAAUGCAGAGUGUGUGUUUGUGUAGUAUGUAUAUAGUGAAUGCAGUGUGUUUGUGUAGUGUGUGUAUAGUGGAUGCAGUGUGUGUUUGUGUAGUGUGUGUAUAAUGAAUGCAGAGUGUGUGUUUUUUGUAGUGUGUAUAUAAUGAAUGCAGAGUGUGUGUUUGUGGAGUGUGUGUAUAGUGAAUGCAGUGUGUUUGUGGAGUGUGUGUAUAGUGGAUGCAGUGUGUGUUUGUGUAGUGUGUGUAUAGUGAAUGCAGUGUGUGUUUAUGUAGUAUGUGUAUAGUGAAUGCAGUGUGUGUUUAUGUAGUAUGUGUAUAGUGAAUUAUGUGUUGCUGCCUUUAAAGAGAAAUUGUUAUGUCUAACAUGAGUUUAAGAAGUAUACGAUUUUAGCUAUAUAUUGCCAUAUGGUCAUAUAUUAUAUAUUCAGGUAUAGCCAGGUAGCUAUAUUUACUCUUAUGUAAAUCAUAUAUUUUAUGGUCUUUUUAGUAUCCUAGAAAGAUUUUGUGUAGUGUGUGCAUAGUGGAUGAAGUGUUUGUGUAGUGUGUGUAUAAUGAAUGCAGAGUGUGUGUUUGUGUAGUGUGUGUUAGUGAAUUCAGUGUGUUUGUGUAGUGUGUGUGUGUAUAUAAUUAAUGUAGUGUAUGUUUGUGAAGUUAGUGUUUGUGUAGGUAUGUAAUGUGUGUAAAAUGGGGGAGGGGGCUUUUUUUUAUAUAUAUAUAUUAAAUUUUUUCACAUUUUGUUUUAGUCCCCCCUCCCUGCUUCUUACCUGGCCAGGGAGGGAAGGAUAUGGCAUUCCCUGGUGGCCCCGUAGCACACUCUUACUUCCCUUCCCAGCAGCUGCACUAUCGGCAAUAUCGGUAUCUUUAUUAGCCGAUACCGAUAUUGCUGAAAAUACAGAAUAUCAGCCGAUAAUAUCUGCCAGACCGAUAAUCGGUUGAUCCCUAAUACAAACACAGACAUGCAUUCAUACAGACACAGACAUAAAGAGACAUGCAGAUAGGCAUGUAAAGACAUACAUACACAGUGAUACAGACAGACAGUCAUACGCAGACAGUCAUACAGAGACAUACACAGACAGUCAUACAGAGCCAUACAGACUGUAUGUCUCUGUAUGACUGUCUGUGUAUGUACACAGGAUGGCUAAAAGAUAGAUCCCCAUCUGUCGUGCAACUUCUACCAAUUCCCCAUGCUUGCAGGAUUUUAUUUAGUACUGAGCAGUAUUUGUGUGUUUGAAAGCAUGGUUUUGUAUGGAGUAUGUUUGUGUGAAUGUAGGGGUGUGUUUAUAUGUAGUGUUUGCGUUUGAAAACAAGCAUGCAUUUAUGUGUAGUGUUGUUUUUUGAAUGCAGGGGUGUGUUUAUAUAUAAUAUUGGUGUCUAAUACAGAGGUGUGUUUGUAUGAAGUGUUGACAUUUGAAUGCGGGGGUGUGUAUGUAGUGUUGAAGUUUGCAUGCAGGGGUGUAUUUGUGUGUAGUGUUGGCGUUUGAAUGCUGAGAUGUAUGCACAUAUGCACAUACACUGCUACACACACACUGUGAUACACAUACACGAAGAUACACACACUGACACACAUGCAGAUACAAAUAUACACAAACUGAUACAAAUUUAAAAAGAUAGACAGACACACAUAUACAAAUGCAGACACACAGAUAACACUGACAGACAUACAGAUAAACACACACUGACAUACAGACACACUGACAGAUAUACAGAUAUAUACACACACUGACACACAGACAUUCAGACACACACAUAUUGACAGACAUACAGAUACAUACACACUGACAGACAUACAGAUACACACAGAGACAUACAGACACACACACAGACAGACACACACGCACAUGCUGGUCAAAAUAUACACUUUUCUAUCUUGUGGGUACAAGAUAUAUAACCUGUUUCCUACCUUGUGGGUAUAGGAGGGUGGCUUAUCUGGGAUCCGGAGUGCUACCUGAGGUAGUUGGGAGUUGGAGGAGCUGGCCCUGCCCAGCCUGCCUCCUCAAAGCUUUCUUCUACUCUCUUCUUGGGAGGAAUUCCUCCCAUGCCGGUGAGAAAGAGGCCGGCGCUAGCUCCGCCCCUGCUGGACGCCAGCCGCGCUGUGUUCUACAGGGAUAGCAGAGAUAUGACGUGUUCAUAUCCCCGCCCCCUCCACAUGGUACUGCAAAAUAAAGGCAUGCUAAAAGGGUUGCUGGCCACGCUACGAGAAGUGACCGACAGGAGAGGGGCGGACAUUUGCGCCCCUUGGCCGGUGCGCCCUGAGGCGGCCGUCUGUGCGCCUUAUGGACGCGCCGGCCCUGAGAGCGUCAUGGGACAUGUUGUUCCAGUCCAGGCACCUGCUGAAUUAUGCAGACAUUCAGUCUAUUAAAUAAUUGGUUUAUCUAAAUAAACUAUUUAAUCUGAGCCGUUUCUGUGCAGAAGUAGAUUUUAUGUUUUAUUAUCCUGUUUAAGCUACUACAAAUAAUUUUUGAUAAUAUUGCUUUCUAUAUUGCUUCAUUUUGUCUCUUGUCCUUGUUUUCUUUCUUAACAGUAGAUGGGCCGUACUUGGAAAUUGUAGAGCAACCUAAACAGGUAAAUGGAAAAAACAAAGAUGAAUUGCCAAAUUAUAAUUUUGUCUUGUACAUAUAACCAUUCACUAAUGGCAAAAAAAAUUCAUUAGAUAAAAUGGAAGUUUUUGUUUAAAAACUGUCUGAUCUGAAAACCGGUGCAAGCAAUUUCCAUGGUGGCUACACUACCUUUAGUACCCUACACUUUGAACACAUAACACCCAUUGUGUAUUUAGCAUGCCUCCCAACUUUGGCUGAACAAUCCUGAUUUCAAGGUUCUGUCCCUCUGCACCCACUUUGCUCCCUGGUGCACCAACUUUGCUCCCUCUUUUGAUGGAUACUUAUAGUCCAUGUUCGGUUACUUGCUCAUCAGUGUUAGCAAACUAUGAAAGAUGUUCUGGCCCUUUAAAACUGGACAACAGAUACUGGAGAGUCAGACCUGUAUAUAGGUAGGGGUCUACAUAUCGAUAUUUCAUUAUCAUCAACCAUUUGAUGAUACGUGCCUGUUUAGGAUGUUUAUUGGGAAUAUAUUACUGUGGGGAUUAGCCAGAGAGUGGGACAUAACUAAUUACAGUUAUGUAAAUUAAUGGCCUAAUAACAUCACCUAAUUAUAUCAUAUAACUUGUUUAGUACUAUAACUUAAUGAUUAUACAAACUAACUUAAAAUCACAUGCAUUUCUGCUAGAGUAUGCAUUAAAGUAAAUUUGAUUUACAUCUUAUUAUUUUCAACUUUUAGAACAUCACGGUAGAAAAGAUGGUCGGACGGAGCAUAUGUGCAUACAGUAGUUAUGGUUCCAUCAUCAAACACAAUUCCAAGAAAAAAAACAAUAAUAUCAGCUAAAGAGGAAAUUAUUAAUGCAAAAUGCAGUGUUACAGCACAGCAUGUUCACCAGGAGUCAUUUGCAGGCUCUAUCCCUGCCUAAACAUCCAAAUGAACACAGAUCAAAAGUGUAAAAACGCUGAUCUCCACCCGUAAAGAAUAUGCAAAAAUAUAUAUAGUACCUUUACUGAACAAUUGCAACAUCAGAAUUGGACACAGCAGAACAGCAUUAGCGUGUUCUGUCUGUACUGUCCAUGCAGUAGUGUCCAAGUCUUCUAUCGCAAUUUUUAUCAUUAUCCAAUAAAGGUACAAUAUAUUUUUCCAUGAUCUUUACUAAUGGAAGUCAGCAUUUGUUCAUUGGAUGUUUGGUUGGUGAGUUCGCUGGAUGGUUCCCUCAUAUCACAACUAGCUCAAGGUAGCUAUAGUUAUUACAGAAAGCAAGUAGUUAAAAGGUAUGAUUUAGGAAACGUAUGUAUGCCUGCGACUUCAUUCUCACAGCUUUAGAGACCAGCUUCAGUUUUUAUUUUUUGGUGGGUUCACUUGCCUGUUCAAUGUUAUGCCUAGUGCUACCUAUCUCCCCCUGCUCAGCCUGUCUAUUACUAACUCCAUCUUGAUCUAUCUACCUAGAGGGGGUUCCGGUUUCGAUAUGUUUGUGAAGGACCAUCGCAUGGAGGCCUUCCUGGUGCUUCCAGUGAAAAGAACAAGAAAUCAUAUCCACAGAUUAAGGUUGGCUUCCUGUUAUUAAUAUCAUUGUGAAUACUCACAUGUUUACAUAAAUAUGUCUUCAUUUUUGUUGUUUUAGUGGUGUCUCUCUAUAGAAGAGUGGCAGAGAUGUGGAUUUCUCCGUUCUGAAAUACACAAAAUAAAUUGCUGAUAAUAUGAAAGUGUUUCGAGACUGGGUAGUUUUUGUAGGUAGUUUGCAUAGAUGGACAUCCAAUGUAAAAUGUGUUGAUGUCUAUAGUUAGCACAUGGGACUGAAAAAAAGGAAAUACUAUGUUGUGUAAAGAGUGGUAUUUUAUAAACUCUAGCAUGAAAUAUGUAGACAUGAGUUGCAUAUACCUCCAUGAACCGGACAAUGCAAAAACAUUUUAAUUUGUUUUAUUAUUAUUUUACUUCACUUAACUAGGAAUGGUGGAAAAUGUACAAGCUAAUUAAAAAUGCUGGUCCACAAUAUACAAAUGGAAAAAUAAAUCCAACCCAGUUUUUUUUUCUGCUCAGCUACUUGAGCCAAAUAAAAUCUCAAGAGUACCUCAACUGACGUGAUUUUCAGUUAUAUUUUAAAUAGUAGAAAUAUUUCUUAAAUCCAAAAAAGGCAUUUAUGUUUGUCUCUGGGACAAAAAGCUUUAAUUAAUAAAAAUGCAUGUUGACCUAUUGAUUGAAUGUUGAAAAUCUUUCAUACCCUGAUGUUGCAUCAUAUACUACCCUACUAGUGAUUGUGACUAGUGAUUGGGUGAGUCAUACGCUAGAAACCAAGCAUAACCUGGACCUCACCAAAUGGAACAUCAGAGGAUCAAAAUACCAGAUUUCUUAAAUAACACCCUAGUGAGCCAUAUGAAGAAAAGUAACUGUAAAAUAAGAGAUUGCAGACGUCAAGGUUAUAACACAUACUGUAAUUGUAAUAUCACACAGUGUUCAUCCCUAAAGUGAGAUUUGUGAGUAAUUCAAAGUGAGUUCAAAGUGAAUUUCAUAUUUUGAGGUCACCCAGGCCACUUUAUCUCAAUGAAGUGGUAUUGAUGCACCCAUCCUUACUUUAAAUCCUGCAAUGUCAAACACUGACGUUCUUUACAUAUGGCAAUAUUUACAUUGCAAAGGUAAACACACCUUUGGUUCCUGACUUCCUGACCGCCGAUAGAGGCGCUUCCACAGUAAUGACUAUGUAAAAUGUGGCUAAAGCUUGGAUGCAUGUGGCACUCACCAGGCCUGCACUUCAGGUGCCCAAUUCUACUCUGAGGAGCAUUGGAUUGGACCAACAAUGGAGGAGGUCAUUACAGAACGCAGAAGGCAAAACAGGAAAGUCUCAGAGCUAGAAAAAGUUAAGUAAAUCCUUUAUUUUCCUAAUGUUAAUGCAAACAGCGGUGGGGGGGACCUGCAUUUUACUAGGGACAAGGACACGCUUUAGUGUUAAUUUAAGGCCAUAGUAGCUAGAUUGGACUCUUUUGGCCCAAAUUUUAAAUUAAUUUUGAAUUUUCUUUGAAUUCCCAACAAGUCCAAAUGUUGGGCACUGUAAUCUGUUUGCACGUAUUAUAUUCUGUUUUCCCCAUUAAUAAAUCUCAUGGAAUCAUUAUGAAACAUUUUGUUUCUGCUACAGUACAACUGUGCUCUUUUCCAGAAAAUCCUCAACAUCCGGAAACACUUAGAAUGUUUUGUCUCAGUGUGGGCAAUGGACAGCAGAACUCUGCUACCUAGUGGUCACCACGAAAAUCUCCAGUUGUUAUUUUAUUCCACAGUACAGUCUUUGUAAAAAGUUAUAAAAUAACUUUAUAUUAAGACUGUAAAGAGUAAUAAAAUAACCUUAUGUAAUCUUUAUAUAAAGUUAUUUUUUUACUCAGUAUGGUGGAAUAGGAUUUUUGUGCAAAAUAUAUUAGAUGUACUGUCAGCUACUGUGCUUUAUCUAAAAGUUCCAAAUGAGUGGGCAUGUGGAAAUUUCCAACCCUAUAUGUAACUGUGUGUAAUAUUUAACUUUAGUUUAGUAACAGGAAGCAUCUUAGUAUGAUGUAUAAUCACUGUCAUAUCUGCAUUAACAGUGUUUUCUGUUAAUAGCUAAGGGUACUUUACAUGUGAGGUAAAUUGUAAUCAGAUCUGGCUAGCAUGUCUGUCGAACUCUUAUUCCCCCAAAUGUGUGGAGAUAUAUAUAGUCCUUUGGUACUAGCCAGGCCUUAAAAGUUACUCGCCACUGCAAGCCAAAGCAUACUCGCCAGGAAUUAAUUUCUGCUUGCCACUUCGGCAAGGCUUCAAAGAAAUUAUUCAGCAACCCAGGAGUUUAAAAACAAAGAGGAUGAUCUAAGCAAAUCUUUCAAAGGAAAGGAUAUCCAUACAGAUGCCUCAAAGGAUCGUAUAGACAAGCGUUACUAUCCACUUGAAAUGAUUUAUAGGAAAAUAUUACCAUCAAAACAGAAACUUCUGUGGUAAGAAUGAUAGCAACAUAUGAUGAAUGGAAUCAUAUGUACGAAGUUCUAAAUAGGUUCUGGACUGCUCUUACGCAAGAUUCCCAUCUAAGGAAAGUCUUAUCUACUCAUGCCAACUGUAGUGGCCAGUCAUUAAAAUGGGAGGGAACUUAUACAGAAUUUUUUGUCAAGCGAUGUUUGAGGCAUCUAUCUAUGCGGCCGCAGUGCCACAUGUAGAUAUAUGAUCAAAAACUCUGUUUGGGUAAUUAUGAUGAUUCGGAAACCUUUGAAACUAAAGACUUUUUCAAUUGUAUAUCCACUGGACGUGUAUAUUUAAUACAAUGUUCCUGUGAUUAAAAAAAAUUCAUUGGCGAGACUUUCUGACCACUGUGGUUAUGUGCCAUGGAACAUGUUAACUCUAUUAGAGAAUUAAGUGUAUGUAGACAUAUAUGUAGAUGAGUGUAUGUAGACAUAUAAAAUUGUAUGUAGAUAAGUGUAUGUAGACCUAUAAAAAAUGAACAUUCAGUUAACAGCAAUAACCUUAAAUUUUGUGGAAAUAAUAAUGUGAAACAUAGCCCAAGAAAGGGAAAUUAGUCUUAAAUUAAAAAAAAAAUGUUUAUAAAUGAAAAUCUUAUUCUCUUUAGGUUUAAAAGAAGGGUUCUUCUCUGUCCCUUUAAUCAACUCUUCUUAAAUUUAAAUCUAAAUGAGAUGCCUUAUUCAAAUACAUUUCAAAUGUGUGAUUAUUGAAAAUCAAUGCCAUGUGGCGUUAUAUAUCUGUGCACACAUUAAUUGGAUCCCUAUGUGCACUUGAAUUAAGAAUAGACUCAAUAAAGUAGACUUCAAUGUAUGUAUGAUCCAUCAACACUUAUGUAGUUCGAAAUAUUUUGAUUUGUUACUCAUUCAUGAAUAAUAGUAUAUUUUAAGAUUAUGAAUGAGGAAUUCUUUAAGCAGUACUCUAGUGAUGGUUUAUGUUUUAACUCAUUGACAUUUUAUUGCAGUGACCUUAAAUAACGUAUUAUUAGGUUGAAAUAAUAAAUUUCAGUAAAAUAGAUAUUGGAAGAGAAGAGAUGCAAUGUACUAUAAAUAAGCAUUAAAUGAAGUUUACAUAAACUUUUUGCAUUAGUUCAUAUAUUUUGAUGCAUACGAUAUAUUUUUCUGUGUUCACUUUCAUAGAAGUAUAUGUAUAUUGUCUGUAAUUGUAUGUUUAUUUUUUAAGAGAUUAUCUAAAAUACACAAACAAAAAGUUCAUAUGUAUUAGUUUUGUUAUACUGUAAAUUGACAUCCUCUUCAUAAUAGUGUGUUUGUUUGUACUGACAUCCAAAGAUUUGAUUUAUGUAAAAAAUGGUGAUUUGUGUAGUUUAACUAGCAGUAUAUGGUUCCUUAAUUAUACCUUUGCUGGUUCUAAAUGAGAGUGGGGAUCCUUCAGCCCUCCAGAUGGUUUGGACUACAUCUCCCUUGAUGCUUUGCAAACAUUAUGGCUGUAAGAACAUUAUGGGAAACAUAGUCCAAAACAUCUGGAGGGCCAAAGGUUCCCCACCCCAUCUAGAGGGAUCAUAUGCAAAGUAUACAGUGAUAAGUUAAUUUUGCCUUGGCUUUUUGUCAAAGAGAAUGGAAAUGUUGUUAAAGGAACACUAGUCACCAGAACAACUACAGCUUAAUGUAUUUGUUGUGGUGAGUAAAAUCAUUCCCUUCAGGCUUUUUAUGUAAACACUACAAAACAAAACAUUACAUUACAUCCUAGUGACAACUCCACUGGCCACUCCUUAGAUGGCUGCUAGAGGUGCUUCCUUGGGCAGUGCUGCAGAGUAAGCAGCACUGCCAUUCAGUGUCUCCACCCUCAGACACUGACCUUUCCUCAUAGAGGUGCUGUAUUCAAUUCAUCUCUAUGAGGAGAUGCUGAUUGACCAGGGCUGUGUUUGACUUGUGCUGGCUCUGCCCCUGACCUGCCUCCUUGACAAGCUCAGACAAUCCUAUGCAGACGUAUUAUCAUUGGCUCAGACCACCACUUCUGGUGAUGUCAGUAGACAGAGGCAGUUCACAGGCAAACAGAGGCAGAGCCAGGAGCAUCAGACUUAAACACAAGUAAGAUUUUACUAUAUUUAGGGGGGCAGGGGGUCUAGAUGGUGGUUUUAACACUAUACCAUCAGGUUCCUGACCCUAUCGUGCUCCUUUAACCCCUUAAGGACACAUGACAUGUGUGACAUGUCAUGAUUCCCUUUUAUUCCAGAAGUUUGGUCUUUAAGGGGUUAAACUUCACACGUAACCAUGGAUCCCUUCCUUGUAUUGGAGAUGACAUAAUCCAAAAUGGGUGGUAACUGGGAUACUUGAUACUCCCAUUGAAGUUUGUUAUCCAGUUACAUCGCACCAUGAGGGCGCAACGUCACUGCCCUUUCACUUUAAAUGUACGUGCCCAUUGAGGCCACAACGCCAACUUUAAUAUCUCAUUUAGUCAACUUUCUCCUAGAUUGUAAGCUCAUUUGUGCAGGGUUUUCUUCACCUCUGUCCGCAUUUACCUUGUCGAUUGUAUGUGGUUAUAUGUACCUUUUUGUAUAAUUGUGAAGAACAGCAUGGUUCCAUGUGCUUUCUAAUCACAUUAUAUAAUGUGUCAUGUGUCUGCACCAUUAUAUGAACUAGCCAAGGUCUCGAAAUAAGGAGGCCAACUUAUGACUUCUACACUUCAGAUUCUUUCAACUGAAUUAAUUUCUAUAAAAUUUUUCUCCUGUGUCUUUUCAGCAUUCUCUCCUUUUCUGACUAACUCAUCACAAAACAUUCUUUAAUAACAUGAAAGCAGCAGUGUCACAUGUAGAGCAUUUUUUGCAUAUGCUCUUCCAGGGCAGGGCUUAGCUUAGGAGAGCUAACGGGAGCUCUUAGUAGGAGCUUUUGCCUCUCAAUGUUAGAAGUGACCACUGCUUGGCAGACCCCAGGUAAGAUGUUAAGAUAUUGGCAAACCGUUUGGCUACUUACUUGGAAGAGGGUGCUGAGGCACAUCUGGCACUGUGCUGUAGUGAUGAUGGUGUUUGGGGUGUUCCUUUAAUGUGGUGACUUCAUCAGAGAUUACAUAUGUAACACCAUAAACAAGUGUGCCUUUUAAAACAAAUUCUUAGGUAAUUUGAGCAGACACCGUGGCAGAACAUAAAUCAAAGUAAGUGAACCCUGAUAUUAGGACAACUCAAGACAAUAAUUCAAAUUAGGCAGCUCUGCAAAGUGGACAUAUCCAAUAUCUAAAUGUUAUUGUAGAUGUAAAAGAAGAUUGUUCAAGAAUCUGCCUUCUUCAGUUUUCACAAAAUCUUUAAGCACUGUGUCAGGGCGUAUCCCACAUCAAAUCUUAUUUCCUGAAUGGUCUACUUAAAGAAAAAAUAUAUGGUAUGUGGUUACCUUAUAAGAAAAAAAACACAUUUUGACAUUUAUAUUUUCAAGUGCAGACUAAAAAAUUUAAUUUUGCCUUGUACUUUCCAUCCGCUUUUACUUUAUAUGGAAAACAUUUUCACUACCAAUUUUUUUAUUAAGUGUUCUUGCAUAGCAAGACCACUUAAUGUUAUCUCACAUAUAUAUUAUUCUUAUUAUUAAGUGUUCUUGCAUAGCAAGACCACUUAAUGUUAUCUCACAUAUAUAUUUUUAUUAUUAAGUGUCCUUGCAUAGUAAGACCACUUAAUGUUAUCUCACAUAUAUAUUUUUAUUAUUAAGUGUCCUUGCAUAGCAAGACCACUUAAUGUUAUCUCACAUAUAUAUUUUUAUUAUUAAGUGUUCUUGCAUAGCAAGACCACUUAAUGUUAUCUCACAUAUAUAUUAUUCUUAUUCUUAUUAAGUGUUCUUGCAUAGCAAGACAACUUAAUGUUAUCUCACAUAUAUAUUCUUAUUCUUAUUAUAGCUAAAUUUGCCACCCUAACUCCUCCCACAGUUUUUACACUACAUAGACAAAAAUUUACCAAAACGUGCAGAUUGUUCCCGAUCGGAUUGCUAUUACUUUGUGGAACGUUUCGCCGAAUGGUUCACGGAAUAUCGUCGUUCUUGUGGCGAAAUUUGUCCCAUAGGAAUGAAUGGCAAAGCUAGAGUGGGAGCUGGCAAAAGCUGAAAAAUCAGGACAUGAUUUCUAAACUGCCACCACUCCCUUAUUUUCAGGCCCACCUACACAAAUCUUAUAUCAAAACGUUCAGCUAUCCCUGCUGCCACUAAACAUGUCAAUGGCUAAGCCAUAGUCCUGAUAGUUUUCACGAUAUAAUCAUUUGUUUGCAACUAACGUCGUCCAUUGACAUUCAUUGAAACUUCACUCUACAAAGCUCAAAUUUGAAGUGCAAUUUCUAAACUGCGACUGUGCCUUCAAUGUUAAUACUUCAGAGACAUACAUGCAUCAAAAUGUAGGUCUGGGUCUUGUGAUUCUAACAAUAUAAAGCUCUCCACUGUAGGAUUGAUAGUUUUUAAAAUACGACCGUUUGAAGAUGGCAACCGCCAAAAUACUCUGACCUGUGCCAGGCUGCAGCAGCAAGUGAUGUCAUAGACAGGGCCUUUUGAACACCUACUAAUGUUUUUAUAAAUGUAUGUUUUAAUGUAACUGUGCAACAACGUUGCAAUUAAAUGUGCUAUAUAAAUGAUAACAGUUACUCCGCCCACUCCAGUUGUAGACUACUGGUGGAAGCAAGAACACUUCACACAAUUUCCCCAGAAAUUGUAGCUUUUCUAGUUCUUAUUCUUAUUCUUAUUAUAGCCAAAUUUGCCACCCUAACUCCUCCCACAGUUUUUACACUACAUAGACAAAAAUUUACCAAAACGUGCAGAUUGAUCCCGAUCAGAUUGCUAUUACUUUGUGGAACGUUUCGCCGAAUGGUUCACGGAAUAUCGUCGUUCUUGUGGCACAAUUUGUCCCAUAGGAAUGAAUGGCAAAGCUAGAGUGGGAGCUGGCAAAAGCUGAAAAAUCAGGACAUGAUUUCUAAACUGCCACCACUCCUUCAUUUUCAAGCCCACCUACACAAAUCUUAUAUCAAAACGUUCAGCUAUCCCUGCUGCCACUAAAAAUGCCCACGGCUAAGCCAUAGUCCUGAUAGUUUUCAUAAUAUGAUCAUUUGUUUGCAACUCAUGCCAUCCAUUGACAUUCAUUGAAACUCCACUCUAGACAGCUAAAAUUUGAAGGGCAAUUUUUCACGCUAUCAAGCUUGCCAUGUGCACAUUUUAAAUGUGAUAAUUUUGGGGUUGUCCUCCACCCUAUGCUGUAUUGAUAAUAGAGAAUGAACUCAUUUGUGUCCAGCUUGAACAGAGGUGAAUAGCUGACAGUGUUAGCCCAGCCUUUAGUCUUUUACUACUUCACGUCUGACAAUGACAUUAAUGAUAAACGGCUAAUUCUGCAUUUUCAUUUAUUUGAUAUUCUUUACUUAUAGAAAGGCUUUAAACAACAAAAUUAGAAAAUAAAGAAUAGAAUAAGAACAAAAAAAAUCAAAGCAACUCCAGGCAUUAAGGAAAUCCAUUAUUUUGCCUAAGACUCAAGAGCUGGUUGUAGUAUGAGAAGUAAACAUUUAUAUUAUUAAUCAGACCAGUAUAACAGAACUGCUCAUGUUUCUAAAUCUGCAUUCUCCAGAUGCCAUUAGAAGCCCCAGUUUAUGUUAACCCAUAAUUCAGCCAAUCAGGACAAGAAUCUUCUGUGUAUUAUUGCUUUUGGCAUGGAAGGAUUCAGCAUUCAGUAGGUUACUGGCAGCUGCAUCCGGUAGUCAUAUUCCUUCUGCAACCCUUGUAGGUAUGUCUCAGCAGUUUUAAUGUAUGUUAUUUGUGAGUGUUACAUUUGUCACAUAUCAGUAGCACUAAAGUUUGCUACAGUUCUUUUUUUUGGAAGUAUGAUAAGAGGAAGUAUAACCAGUGUUGCCGUGAAACAGGAAUUUCUAACACUUCUGAAUAGAGCAUCUCUGCUUCCAAAUGUCGUCUUAUGGAAUACCUUUCCCUGCAAUUUUCAUUGCAUGGCCAGACAUACGUGGAUAUGUCUUCUGAUGAGUGGAUUUUUCUGUUAUCUAUUGAUCUCAAUAAACACCAUUAAUGUUUUGUAUAAUGGUUAUCAAGCAAUCAUGCAAUCUCGGUAGACAAACAUUAGCAGAAUGGCUCAUUCUACAGGUCCCAGUAACGUUCAAAGCUUCAUUCUCAUAAGAUGCCACCUCUCCAACUGAUCAGCGUUUUGUGCAGAAAACUCUUGGUGCACCGCCGGUUCAGUUAAGUAAAUGUUAGGCUACAGAAAUGUAGCAAGAGAAAAUCAAGAAAGAGAGUAAGCGCUAAAUAACAAUAAGGCUGCAACCCUUAAAAGGGAUCCCUUAAAAAACCCUUCAAAUACAAUAAGAAGACCAAAUAGUGUAGUACGUCCAAUGUUGUACAAGAAAUAAUAAAAGAAGAUGGUAAUGCACUUACAUGUAUUAGAGCUAUAGCUAGCUCUAGUAUGAAAAGCGUACAGCGGUCUGAUCCCCCUUAUGGGAUAUGGUGCAGGCUUCUUCUUCCAAGGGUAUGUUCCACACUCAAAUAAAAUAAAAGAGAGACGACCAAUAGUGGUCACUGGAUAAAAUAAUAUAAAUAAAAUACAUAAAAAGGUACUCACAAGAGUGGAGCAGGCAAACUGCUCCUUGACGACAGCGUUGGUGGUAUGAUCCCCACCUCAGGAUUGCUUGGAGUCCAGAAAGAUAAAAUGCCAGGUAAAAAUAAUAAAAAAUAUAUAAGGUGUAUUAAAAGAUAAUUGGCACAGUAAAAGGUGACCAAAAAAUCUUUAAUAGAAUAAAAUACACAAUAUAAGUAUCCACACACGCGUUUCGCCAACAAGGUUUCUUCAAUAUGGAGUAGGACAUAAUACCUGGCAGGGUAAGUUUAAAUAAGGAUACAAUUAUUUAAAAUUGGCGCCAAAACUAGGGGCAGCCAAUGAGAAUACAGUAAAUGAUAAAAACAAUAAAAACAUUUUAAAACAUGUUUUAUAUAAUAAAAAUACUAAAUAUACAUUGGUUAUAAUUCAAUGAUAUGUUUGAAAUACAAAAACGAGCAUUAUUCAACCUAAUAUUAAUGUUUUUUUUGCGGUCACUUGACUUUCAUGACAACGCAAAGAGAUAUGGAAGAUGUAGUAAAACGGGACGCAUGCGCGCGUCCCCGAAAUGUGGUGUAUGCAUCGGCACGCAUGAUCCUGCGGCCGGCGUAAGGAAAGGGGAGAAAAGGGGGCGCGCCCAACAGGUCGAUACGGCCAAUGGGCGAGUGGAUAGAUGGGUAGGGGGCGGUAAGCGAGCCGCAAUUAGCGGCAAGAGGAAAGUAAUAUAAAAUGAAUAUAAAAUAGAAUAUAAUUAGAAUUGGCGGCGGCACGAUUUGGGUGCAGUACUCCUGGUGGUGUUUACAAAUGACCACAAAAUGAGCAAUGAGACACUAGGCAGCUGUGAGCACUUUAAAGAGAACCCAUCUAUGUUUUUUUUAAAGAUGUAGAGAAAACGUUUAAAUUAGAAGUUAUAGACUUCUAAUAAUAUGCUCCAAAGCAUUUGGAUAAUGGUUGAAUUGCUAGGAGUCGGAUAACAGAUUAAAAAUAAGUUUUGAACAGAAAAUAUUGGAGGAAGAUUUGGUAUACUGCUACUACAUGAAGAUGGAGAGGGCCCUUUCCAUUUCCUCGGCAAGAAGACUUUGGUUUGGUGUUGGAAUACUGCAGAUACACGUGCAAUAUCUGGUUUGUGGGUUCAUCUCUGGGUAGUAAACUUACUUGGAGCAAAUCACAUUUGGUACUUGGCGUUCAGUAUAGAGUUUGCAUGGAUGGGCUUGACUGGUUGCUGUCUCCUCAUUGAUACAUUUAUAUUAUUUUCUGUAACAUUGUUCUAGUUGUUACAUUAUAUUGAUUUUGUAAGUUGCAGUGGCCAGUAAAGUUUAAUAUAUUGUUUUUACUGUUUAGAUAUUUACUGUUUAGAAAUAUCUGUUUUUCUUUAUAAUUAACCGUUGCAGCAAGACUGGUAUUUUAUGAAUUAUUUAUUAGUUUUAUAUCUAUUUUUAGCACCUCCACGGUAACACAUCCUGUGGAUUUUUUUUUCCUUUCAGUUUGGCUCGGUUUUUGAACAGAUUGGGUAAUAGACAUCCCUCUAGUGCAGGCAUAGGCAACCUUCGGCACUCCAGAUGUUUUGGACUACAGCUUCCAUGAUGCUUUGCCAGCAUUAUGGGUGUAAGAGCAGUAUGGGUGAUGUAGUCCACAACAUCUGGAGUGCCAAAGGUUGCCUAUCCCUGCUCUAGUGCAUGUUUUCUUAAUAGUGGUUUGUCUAGGGGUGAGGCAGUGCUCAUGACGUCCAUUACAUACACCAAUUGACAUCGCUGCAGUGUAGUCAUGGGAAUCUGAGUACGUGUCUCUUAGGAAUGCACAGUUCUAACUGAAUACUCCCUCACAACGUGCAGGUCAUUGUGAUGGAGGAUGUCAGGAUAUAUGAUGUCACACAUCACAACUACAGCCAUUUAUUUGAAUAGGUUUCGACAUGCCGGGACAAGAGCACCUUAUUGGUUUAUUAGCGAUAACUGUAUGUGUUGGUACAAGUAUAAUGGUCACAAUUAAUAAUAUCACAAUGGUUAGGCGAUAGUCUCCCAAGAAGAUCAGAGGCAGUUUUAACAUAAAUGGGAAUGGAACCAGCUCCAAAAUAAUGACCUUGAUUUGAAAAUGCUAAGGAACAGGCGUUGAGGCAUUUGGCGUGUUUUGUAAAUGUUUUCAGAAAAUUAAAGUAAAAGCUGCCUGCUUUAGACUCCAUGUAACAAAACACAGUAUUGCAGUUAACAUUCUCAUAUAGACAUUAAAGUAACUAAAAAUACUUCUAGUGUUUUUCAUUCUUUUAUUGCAUCCUAAUAUAACAUUAUUUCAGAAGUAUAGUUGUGGAAACUCUCCUCCUGUAACUUUAGUUAUGACUUUCAUGUUUUUGAAUGUCCUAAAAAUCAUACUGUAUAUUAGUUAUACUAUUAGAACGUUAUUUAUCGUUUUAUUCUUAAUUUUGACUUGGGCUUACAGUGUUGAGGCCAGAAGUUCUGGGGAUCCUUUGAACCAUUUGUAGAGGUGAUCACGGGACUGAGCUUAACUCCGUAACCCACCAUUUAUCUAUUACCCUCCACCAUACGUAAAAAGGAAAAGAAUGAAACAACUUGUCGAACCCCCAAUGAUUUGAGUGCUGAGCGACCUCAGAUUCAUUUGCAAGGGAAAAGGCCAUUGCAUCAGCCUGUGAGCCCCCAAUCUACAUAUGUAUUAUUGCAUGUGCGAAAUAGAGUUUUGUUACUCAUAACUAAGCCUAACAGUGUCCUGUUGUUUGAUUUUUUAUUUUAUUUUUUUCUUGUUGGUCAUAACCAGCAUUAACCAAAAAAAAUACUUGUUUUUGCUUUCAACAUUCACUAAUCAUUCGGCUAUCAGGGGCUCUAAAUUUCGUUGUAAAAUACAAAAUCACUUGCUAGCUAUAUAGAAUGUAGCCAUAGUUUAGCAGUGCACGCUAAAUAUGUGUUUUAGGGAGAUAAGAAGUGAAGCUCAAACACAAGAAGAACUUUAUAUGAGCAUUUUUACAGUAAAAAAAAUGACUACUAUAUUAGGGAAUUUCCCAUACUUACAGCUGAAGCAGUGCUUUAUUGGGCUUAAAAUAGAUCUUUAUUCAAUUAACUUAAAUUGGAUUUUGUUUACUAGGCACUUCUGUAAGCCAGGUGUUGUGGUGUAUGGCUUUAGACCAAAAUAGCUGGUAUAAAAUAACUGGUAAAAAUGUUAUAUGAACUGAUCAUUUUAAUAUCCUACUUAGAAUUUGUUAUGAUAGAUUACAUGAAAGACUUUCCAGGCAAAUGGUUUAUUGGGAUUAUUUGCAUUUUAAUUUGGGGAAUUCCACAGGAAAGCAGUCCACAAACCGGUUAGUAUACUUUCCUUUAGAAAGAAAUAGUAGACUUGGCUGAUUUCCAGGACCAUGUGUAUAUCAACAAGCAUUUCUUGACAAGGCUUCCAAAUGUGGCAGCUUGCCUGACGUAACCUUGUGAAAUGGUCCAUGUUGUCUCGCUUCUUGCUUCAUAAAAAAAACAUAACAUAAGUAGGCAGACAUUUGUUACAUUUACAGUGAUGAAAAGAGUUUUGUAAAUGUUUUACUUAUCAUAUUUCUGCAUUUCUUUCGCAUUUUUCAGGACUAGAAAUGAGCUGUUAUUACCUGUGUUACAAUUGCUUGCAACGGUAUAAAUUUCUAGAUACAUUCAGUGCUGUACUCGUUCCUAAGAGAAUGGUGUUGAUGCAGCACCUGGCAGAUGUUUCUCCAGGAGCUAAAGAUGCUCACAGAAACAGACAUGGCCGUGUAUUCAAGGGAGAGCUCCUGCCAUCAACUUCCCCAUGCCUAUCACAACAUAAGUGGGCAUGUUAACAUCAGGGAUACUUGCAAAAUGUGCAAAGACCCUCGAAGUUCACAGAGCUGCAUUAAUAUUGCGUAUUAAAAUCGUAUCUGUAAAUUCGAGAAAUUGUUAUGUGUGAAUCCCAGGAACUCAUCUGUAUUUGUGAUGGUUUAACCAUCGCAUUUGGGAUCAGCAAUCACACCACAGUUAAAGUUACUUUAAUACCACAUCCUCCCUGUUCUAAUAUAUGGCCAAAAAUAAAACACCUUUGUCUGCAUACUCUGCAUUGAGGUUGCACAAUGACAUGCCUUGCUUGGCUGUGUCAGAUAAUACAUGAUUCCGGCUGACAGUGUUGUAGCCUUGUUUGGUGGAUUCUGUUUUGUAAUAUUACGGUACUUUUUAAGAUACAUAAUAUAGUUUACGUACUUGUACAGUAUUUUACUAACAAGGAAGGAGUAGUAAAUAUUUUAACACUUGUAUUCUUCUCAAAACUAUAGAUUGCUAAAUAUAGAUGGAUUUUAAAGACCUGGUUGAAUGCAUCACUUGUUAUGAGUUGCCUUUAAACACAAUUUUCAGAUAUGUUUUAAUGUGCAUCUGGAUAUAUAUUGCCUUUAACCCCUUAAGGACACAUGACAUGUGUGACAUGUCAUGAUUCCCUUUUAUUCCAGAAGUUUGGUCCUUAAGGGGUUAAACACCACCAUUGCAACUAAUGUGUAAUGUUUGUUGCAAUGACAGUUAUUAUAUUAUUCACGUGUUGGAUCAGUGGUAAUUUUUUGUCAACUAGUCAACUAAACUUUUUGAGAUUUAGUCGGCUAAAAUACAAAUAAAACUAAAAUUGCUUUUUAGUCAAACGAUCAUGACUAAAACUAAAUUGAAAUUUGCCACCACAAUUAAAAACUGAUGUUUAUAGUAUAUAAUCUGCUAUGAGCUGUGUCUAACAAUGGCAAUGUUGAUACAUGUAUUUGGGUUGAAUUACCCAUGAUGCCCAACAAAUAUGAAGUCCGCAAACACAAACAUUCUAGUGCCAAGUUAUACUUAAAUAUAUUGAAAAUAAAAUGGUAAUGUGUGGCAAUAAUAUACUAUUCACUUAAAAGAAUUUUUUCUUUCACAGAUUAAUAACUAUAUAGGUCAUGCUAAAAUUAUUGUGCAGCUGGUCACCAGUGGCAAAGAUGUCCGUUUACACGCCCACAGUCUGGUAGGAAAACACUGCGAAGAUGGAAUCUGUUCUAUUAGUGUGGGCCCUAAAGAUAUGGUUGUAGGGUAAGUAAUCACUGUAGACUUUGUGACACAUUCAUAUCUAGCGUGUGCAACCCAGGAGUGGAAACAUUAAAAAGCAGAAUACAAACUCAGGAAGUAACUAAUAGCUCUCAGUAUCUAGGUUUUCACUUAUUCCAAACCACCAAAUGAUUAACUAGUAAGACAUUCUUAUUUGUGUUUUUUAUGUGCCCUUUACAGUUAUCUUAAUGGUAUAAACAAGUAAACUGCACGUCUACAGAUCAGGGAAGAUCCAGAACCUACAUUUAGAAGGAUUGUGUGUCAGAAUCUUAGAUCCAUACAUACAGAAUAGCUGCAUGCAUUGUUUAUGGCCCUUUACCCUAGUGCUUCUCCCCAACAUACACCACUAAUCCAUAUAGCUCUUGGAGAUGGUUUUGGUUAUUAAUAGGGUUAUCCACUAAUUAUUGGAUUUUGCCUGAAUGUAAAAAGUUGGUGAAAAUGGAAAAAUGGCAAAUCUCAUAUUUACUAAAACUAAUUUCUGUCGGUAUUCGGCCAACCUGAUUGAAUCUGCAAGAGUCACCCUGAUUCAUUUGGUGUCUGGCUUAAAAUACUGUUGGUAUCCGAACCCUAUACAGAGCAUUAUGCACAUUAGCAAAUUAUCGUUGAAUCGUUUUUUGCAUGCAAUUAAAAUACCCUCAGCGACAUUAAGAUUAAUUGUGUGGCGGCUGAUCAGGCUUGCGAGCCAGCAACCACAUUACAAAAUUGUCAAAUAAAACAGUUGAGCGACCAACAGGUUUUUAACCUCUUUAUGCCUCCACCUUUCAAGUGGAGGGCGAUAGCAUAUCAACUACACAUGAGCAGUCAAUGUAGGCCCGAAUUUCAGACUUCUAGAAGCAUUCAGUCAGACUGAAAUCUGGUCCAAAUUCAGGCUUGUUUUGAGCCUGGUUGCAAAAUCCAGACAGUAUUAAAUAACAAUGUCCUGAUUUUUCCAUUCCGAAUGGGCCACAUGCAGCACAGGAUGGUUUUGCACAAGCACUGUGCCAUUUGGAGUUUAGUGAAUCAGCCUGUAAAUAUUUCCAAGUUAGAUAACUAUAUACAGUAAGUAUAGCAACAGCAUCAUAAAUAACAAGAUAUUUACUAUAUCAUGACAUUCCUGGUCCAUUAUCUGCCAUAAAGUAGUUAGAGACCAGUGUUAAAAAUUGCUUUAUUUGGCUUAUAUUAUAUUAUAUUACGAUAAAAGUGCAACAAAUGUAUAUCUAUAUAUUUUUAAAAGUCUCCACGGUAAGUAUUCCAUGCAGGUGUAAAAACAGUAUGCAAAUGGUAACAAAAGGUUAAUACAUACAAUAAAGAUAAAAAUGUGGGUAAACACCAAACUAAAAUGGCACAAUACAUAAAUUCUGCAAAUGCAUAAUUUUACAAGAAUCCUCUCAUAUUGGAAUCUAGUCCAACUGCCAACUUCUUGGGUACAGAAUCAAGCAUCGAGUGAAACAUCCACAUGCUCUUAUUAAAGUAAGUCCUAAGGAAGUUGGAUAAGGUUAAACACAGGCAGGGUUAUUGUCUAAAGUGAGAAAAAGUGAAUGUAAAGUGAAUUUGACAUUUUAGAACAUAAUAGCUGAACUGGAAGCAAAGUUUAGAGCAAGCAUGUCAAACUCGCGGCCCACAAGGACCAUCUUUGUGGCCCGGCGAGCCGCGUGUACAUGCUGGUGUUAAAGCAGAGUAGGUACCUGCUUUCCCCACAUUGCUGGUGCCUACUCUGCUAAAACUUACCCGGCCGGGGAGGAGGGCCAGCGAGGGAGCUCAGUGUUCCUGCUCCUCACUGCUCCCUCACGCCCUCUGUAGUGAAGCCGGGCGCUGGAAUAUGACGUCAUAUUCCGGCAUUACUAAACUGCGUGAGGGUGCAGUGAGGAGCAGGAAGGCUGAGCUCCAGACAGAAGAUCCACACACCAGCUCCCAAAGGUAGGGGACAUUAAAUUAAAUGGUGUGUGUGCAAGAAUGUGUAAAUGUGUGUGUGUCUGUCAGUGAGUGUGAGUAUGUGUGUGUGUGUGUGUGUGUGUCUGUGUGUGUGUCUGUUAGUGAGUAUCUGUGUGUGUAUGUCUGUCUGUCUGUCAGUGAGUAUGUGUGUGUGUGUCAGUGUGUCUGUCAGCGAGUGUGUGUCUGUCAGUGAGUAUCUGUGUGUCAGUGAGUGUGUGUGUGUCAGUGUAGUGAGUAUGUGUGUGUCCGAUCAGAUUUGGCACUGGGUGGUAGAGGGGGGUGCUGUGGUUUAGUAGAGGGGGGGGGGACUGGGAUUUAGUAAAGAGGGUUGCUGGGUUUUUUUAUACUGUACUUUUUCAAAUAAACCUACGUUUCUAUGAAAAGUUACGUUUUUGUUUUGUUUUUUUGCGGCCCACAUAAAGUUAAACCUUGUUUAUGUGGCCCGUGCCAGACUUUGAGUUUGACAUGCUUGGUUUAGAGGUUCUUUCCAUUUGAGCUACUUUGAAUUCUAUUUUGAAGUCACAUCAAUUCUCACUUAAGUAAAUAGCCCUGAGAAUUGUCAAUAAUUCAAACUUAAUUGAAAGUAAAUUUUAAAUUUAAAGCCAAAGUAGCUGAACUGGAAGCAUAGCAGACUUAGAGAAUUUUUCCAACUCGGCUUGUCCUUGAAAUUAAUUUUGAAUUCCCAAUAAUUUUUUGCUUUAGUCAAUAACAUUGAUAAAAUGUAAAACAAAUAAUUGCUAUUGCUCGUGUUGCUUUGUGAUAAUCUGGCAUUUUAAGUUCCCUCUAGGACACCAGUGAAACUAUUAUUUCCAAAAUAGUGUUCUUUUUUUAUUAUUUCGGGUUUUUUUGGCUUUGUUUUGACCCGCUUAUCCCCUCUUGCUCCUGCAUGCUGACUCCUCUUUGACUUGUUGUCCAAUUAAAUGCUGCUUAUACAGAAGUAUUAGUGUUAAUAUGCGCAUGUGCAGAAAGCUCUCACAAUCAAUUGCAUCUCCUAGAGAAGCAUUGCAUUCAGUGCUUCUCUAUGUCCUCGCACAGAAGCACCAUCUAGUGGAUUUCAGUGUAGCAGCCAGAAGAUGUGUGUUUAACCCUGAAAUGUAAAUUUUGAUGUAUCUCUGAAUAGCAAUAGUUUACAUUGCAGGAGCAAAAUGUCAAGGGUGCUCCUGACAGGGCACUUCAUUGAAAUAAAGUGGUCUGGGUGUCUAUAGUAUCCACUUGAGUCUGAGAUACUUAGACCUCACUACAUGGUGGCGUUGUUUUGGUUUUCAUGAUGUUAUUUUUGAGUAUGUUUUACAAUUAUCCUAAUCUUUAUUCUAUGUAUUAAAAUGUUACCAUCUGCACCACAGUUCUUUACUCCUGUUUUUACAUACACAUGGAAUACUUACAUGUGCUCAGUGGGCUCAAUCCUGAAUCCAGACUUCAUGUGUAUUGUAUAUGGUGUACACAUUUGAACUUCUGCACAUGUAUACAUACACAACCGCAGGGCCGUCUUUAAUAUUGAUUGGACCCUGGGCAAGCAUCUGCUUGGGCCCCCUGGGCAUGCAAUCACUCCCUCCACCCCAACCUAGAGGCGAAACUAAUGUAGAGAGUGCCUUGGUGCAAAAAAUAAUAAUUCAGGCCUGCCCUGUAGCACAAGAGUAAAGAAAAGAUAGAUCCCCAUCUGUCAUACAACUCCUCCGAUGCUAUGCCAGGUGGGGAUCUACCAUCCUUGCAGGGUUGUAUUUUUGAGCAGUGUUUGUGCAAUUGAAUGUCAGCAUGUUAUUGUAUAGAGUGUAUGUGUGCAUGUAGGGGUGUAUUUGUAUGUACUGUUACCAUUGGAAUGCAGUGGUGUACUUGUGUGUAGUGUUUGCGUUUGAAUGCAGUAAUGUGUGAUUGUCUGUAGUGUUGGCUUUUAAAUGCAGGUGUACUUUUGUGUGUAGAGUUGGUGUUUGUAUAUCAUUUUAGCGUUUUAAUACAGGAAUGUGUUUGUAUGUAAUGUUUGUAUUUGCAUGCAGGGGGUUGUUUGGAUGUAGUGCUGUGUACAUUUGUGUGUAGUAUUGGUGUUUCAGCAAACUGGUGUGUUUGUAUGUAAUGUUUGUGUUUGCAGGGCUCUGUUUGCAUGUUGUGUGAUUUCUAUAACACAUAUACACCUACACAUUAACACGCAGAUACACACAUAGGCACACUGACACAUGCUCACACCUUGACACAUACUGGCACAUACACACACACACACAGAUACACACCCUUUGACACACAGAUACAAGCACUUUGAUACACACACACUGGCACAUCCACACACAGAGGUACACACACACACUGACACAGGUAUGUACACACACACACUCAGCUACACACAUACAUAAAGGUAUAAAUGCAGGGGUGUAUAUGUGUACAGUGCUAGAGAUGGAGUGUAUUUGUGUUGGCAUUAAAAUGCUGGGAUGUAUGCAUUACCACACACUCAGAUGCACACUUACACACACUGACACAUACCUACACACACACACAAACACACACACAGGUACACAUACACACUGACACACAAGUACACAUACACAGGUAUGCAUACACACAGAAACACUGACACACAGACAAACACAGCCAGAUACAAACACAUCCAGAUACACACACUGACGCAAACACAGCCAGAUACACACAAGGACAUAAACACAGCCAGAUACACACACACAUAUAUGUGUACAUUUACAUAUUUUGCCUUCUAGCAGCUCUUGGACAGCAACUCCCAGCAACCAUGGCCAUAAUAAUGUCUCAACUCUGUUCUUACAUACCCUGGUCCAGAAUUUGGCAAAAGUGACAUUUGGAAAUGGUGUACAGCCUUUGAUAACACUUGAUGCAAUAUUAUGUUAAAAUAAAUACUUUUAAAAUGUAUAUUUAAUAGGGAACUGUCAGGUUCUCCUAGGAUUUUUAACAUGUACUUAUUCCCUGUGUGUUACAUUACAAACAUCAACACACUUAAAUAAAAGUGAUAUCAGAAAUUAGCAAAACAAAAAACAAAACAUAUUUAGCCACCCUCCUGUCUCCUUACCUUUUGGGUACAGAAAGGUGGCUUCCCUGGUGUCCAGUGGGAGCUUGUUGGCCCAGGCUGAUGGGAGUCUGCCAUCAGCUUUCUCAGUCCCUCUCCCCCACAAUGCUUACAUCCUCCUCCAUGUGGUGUGUGCCUCCACCCCAGCGGCACUGUGGAGGAAGUGAUCAGUUCUUACUGGGAGGAAGCAAUCUGACCUCACUUCCUCCCAGCAUGCCCAGGAAACAAAGAGACUCACAGGGCAGUAUGUGAGGGGGCUAGCUGUGAGUAUGUAGUCAGCCACCCCCUAUAUAACAGGGGCCCUGGCCGGUAUUAAAGGGCUGUGGCCCCUGAUUACCUCAGGUGCUGCAGGGGGCCCAUGGGGCAGCUGCCUUAGGGCCCCCAGGAGUAACUGGGCCCGGGGCAGCUGCCCCUUUUGCCCCUCCUUAAAGAUGGCCCUGCACAACCGUUGAUUUCAGACUGGUUAGCUUCAUUGACUGAGCCUUUGAUGUCAGGAGUCUAGACGUCUACAGCAAACUCAAGCAGGGAGAACAAUACCAGUUAAAAAAUACUGUAACACUCCUAACUCCUUCAAAAAACCUAAUACUGUCUUUCCUUUGUUUGUCUUUGGUUCGAAUGUGGCAACCCAUUGUUACUCAUGCUAUCAUGACUCAUUCUGACACUACUUUAUUAUUAAACCUAUUUUUACAACACUCCAGCAAACCCCUCAAUGUUAUGCAACAGAAAGUCAAUGUGUGGGAAAUAUUGUAUGCAGUAUAACCAAUUCUACAAAUAUGUACAUACUGAUACAGAAGUACUGUGGGCUCUGGUUUGGCAGAAGAUGUAGGAUAUGCAUUUAUGGAAGAUGACACUAUGAUAAAAAAAAUUAUAUAUUUGGCAUCAUUGGAUGGCGAUGUAAUUUUCUUUAAAAAAUAUUGCCAUUUUAAUUGUUUGUCAUUACUAUAGGAAGUCAGUCUCUCAGCUAAGUUAAUGACUGUCAGAAAUGGAAAAUACAAGUUAGAGGUGUGGUAAACAUAUCAAAUAAUACAGUAUGGGAGAUACAAUGGAAAAUGCACAGGCAGAUAGAAGAUCCCUUUUAUCAUUGUUAAUAAAAGUAUACGGUUAUCAAAUUAUUAUUCAUUAUCAAAGUGUUAGUUUGGUCAUUUUUAAUACAAUUGUCACAGUUUCCUCUAAUUUCAUCUUAUUAGAAUGAUUAUUUAAAACUGGUAGCUUAAAAAUGAAACACCAACAGUAGAGAUAUGUAAAAGUUUAACCCUUACCACAUAUAUUUUGCUGAAUUGGCUAUAUUUUACUGGCCCUGACUCUUUGUCAAUAUUUCAAAAAUAGUAACAGAAUGUAUAUACAAUAAACAUGGGGAAAUGACUCUGAUUUCUUUAUUUUACUCUGUCAGGUUUGCUAACUUGGGAAUUCUUCAUGUCACAAAGAAGAAAGUAAAUGAAAUUUUGGAGGCACGCAUGAUAGACGCAUUCAAGAAGGGAUACAAUGCAGGAUUGCUGGUCCACCCUGAGCUCAACUAUACAUGUGCAGGAGAGAGGUCUUUAAGCGGUUAGUUUCCAAUUCAGUAAAAAAAACAAAAAAAAACGUAAUUUAAAAGGACACCAUAGUCACCAGAACAACUACAGCUUAUUGUAUUUGUUCUGGUGAGUAGCAUUAUUCCCUUCAGGCUUUUGCGGUCUUUUCAGAGAAAAUGCAGUGUUUACAUUACAGGCUAGUGAUAACUCCACUGGUCACUCCUCAGAUGGCUGCUAGAGGUGCUUCCAGGGGCAGUGCUGCACAGGGAGCAGCACUGCCAUUCAACCACUGCAUGCUGACACUGAACUUUCCUCAUAGAGAUGCAUUUAUUCAAUUGGCCAGGGCUGUGUUUGGCUUGUGCUGGCUCUGCCCCUGAUCUGCCUCCUUGAGAGUCUCAGCCAAUCGUAUGGGCAGUGGCAGAACUACCGCGGUCGAAGGAGUCACUCCAGGGGGUCCAGCCGCACAGCGAAGAUAACCAAAACACUUAGCGUGUGUGUGUGUCUGUAUGUAUGUGUGUGUGUGUUUGUGAAUCUGUAAGUGUGUGUUUGUAUAUAUGUGUCUGCAUGUAUGUGUGUCUAUAUGUAUGUGUGUGUUUAUAUGUAUGUGUCUGCAUGUAUGUGUGUGUUUUAUUCAAUGAAGGGGCUGAUUGGCCAGGGCUGUGUUUGACUUGUGCUGGCUCUGCCCCUGAUCUGUAUGUAUAUGUGUGUGUGUGUGUGGGUGUUUGUAUUUAUGUUUGUGUGUCUGUAUGUGUGUGUUUUUGUAUGUAUGUAUGUUUGGGUCUGCAUGUAUGUAUGUGUGUGUAUGCAUGUAUGUGUAUCUGUAUGUGUGUGUGUUUGUAUGUAUAUGUGUGUCUACAUGUGUAUCUGUUUGUCUGCAUUUGUGUCUAUAUGUGAGAAGUAUGGAGGGGGCCCAGGGCAAUUUUCGUAUCGGGGGCCAGUGGUUUCUAGUUACGCCUCUGCCUAUGGGGAAGCAUUGUGAUUGGUUCAGACCACCACUCCUGAUGAUGUCAGCAGGCGGAUCAGGGGCAGAGGCAGCAGUUUCAAGUAUGAUUUCGGGUCAGAAAUACAUGUUUGUGUUCCUGACCCUAUAGUGUUCCUUUAAUAAUCAUAGGGCUUUAACCCACAUGGAUUGCCUACAAUCAGCGGUAAUUUAUUUUUCAGAAUAAUAGUUGUCAGGGUUCUUAAAGGGAAACUCCAGUGCCAGGAAAACAAUCUGUUUUCCUGGCACUGCAGGUCCCCUCUCCCUCCCACCCCCCAAUCCCCGGUUGCUGAAGGGGUGAAAACCCCUUCAGUAACUUACCUGAGUCCCUCGUCGCUGCUUCUUCCUCCGCGCCUCUCCUCCCUCUGAUUGGGUCGGCCGGUGGGCGAGACUGAUCCCGCCCACCGGCCGGGGAGACCUAAUGCACAUGCACGGCUAUGCCACACAUGCGCAUUAGCGCUCCCUAUAGGAAAGCAUUGAAAAUGCAUUUCAAUGCUUUCCUAUGGUGAAAUGAGCAACGCUGGAGGUCCUCACACAGCGUGAGGACGUCCAGCGACGGUCUAGCACAGGUUUCCUGUGCUAGAAACCAGGAAGUACCCUCUAGUGGCUGUCUAGUAGACAGCCACUAGAGGUGGAGUUAACCCUACAAGGUAAUUAUUGCAGUUUAUAAAAAAACUGCAAUAAUUACACUUGCAGGGUUAAGAGUAGUGGGAGUUGGCACCCAGACCAUUCCAAUGGGCAGAAGUGGUCUGGGUGCCUGGAGUGUCCCUUUAAGGUUUAACCCUUUGAAUUCCAUCGUGAUGCAAAGAAUUUCAGCACUUUGAUCAAUUGACAAAAAGUAAUAAAUAACAAUAUUCAAUAUAUUAAUGGAAGACUCAAAUAACCAUAACCAUGAAUUCCCACUACAAUGAUUAUGGUGCAGGAGUGCACUGGCAUCAUCCCAGUGUAGAUAUUCAUACUGUUUAAGAAGAGUUUGACAGCUUACCUGGGGGCCUGCAGGUGUUGAUCUUCUCCUCCAUAAUAGCUGGAAGCUCUCUGCAUUGAGCUAAGACAGAAGGUCGAGAGGAGCAUCCCAGGUAAGCUAGUUGACCACUUACACUGGGAAGGUGCCAGGACACACCUGUCACCAUAACAACUGCAACAUCUCGGCACCAAAUUUCUUUAGUGCACAGCAGUGGGUAUGGCCCUUAGAGGGCCCCUUUAAUAUACAACAUAAUGUUUUCAGCUGAGCCUAUAAACAUCUUUAUUUGCCUAAUUUAUCUGUGUGAUUUUGCCUCAUUAAGCUUUGUUUUGGUUAACAGACAGAGAGCGAGACCUGAUUCGCCAGGCAGCCUAUCAGCAGUCUAAGGAUAUAGACCUCAGCGUCGUACGGCUUAUGUUCACAGCCUUCCUGCCAGACAGCAAUGGCAGCUACACCAGACGCCUGGAACCAGUCAUAUCUGUUCCCAUAUUUGAUAGCAGUAAGUGCACUGGAUUAUGUGUGUAUUUCUCACAUCAUUUUUGUAAACCCCAAUGGUAAUUUGUAGAAAUGUAAUGAAAAGAAAACUUUUUGUUGCUGAGCAGAAUUUAAUUAAUAUGGGUAAGACAUUGUAACCAUGUUAAACAGGUACAAAGCUAUACUUCCUACAGGACAUUGGAAGAUAUAGAGAUAGAUAUAUUGAUAAAGACAACUGUAGUUAAAUAAUUGCAUAAUAUUGAAAGUCAUCAGCAGUGGUGAUUUGAAAUAGGCUGCAAGGUUAUAGGGGGAAGGGGCUGCAUGGUGAGAGGGGGGCAUGGGCUGCAGGGUGAGAGUGGGUCAUUGUCUGCAGGUUGAGAGGGGGGCAUUGGCUACAGGGUAAGAGGGGGCAGGGGCUGCAGGGUGAGAGGGGUGCAGGGGCUGCAGGGUGAGAGGGGUACAGGGGCUGCAUAGUGAGAGGAGGACAGGGGCUGCAGGGUGAGAGGGGGACAGGGACUGCAGGGUGAGAGAGGUGCAUGGGCUGCAGGGUGUAAAAGAGGGAGGAGCAGGGACUGCGGGGUGAGGAAGGGGGGCAAGGGGCAAAAAAAACCAAAACUUACAUACUCCCCCAUCCCUUUUCCUUACCUUGAUCCUUGGCAGGAGAGGAUGCUGGGGAUGAAUUAUUUUCCCUCGUGGUACAGUGGAAGAAGCAUCUGAUCUACACCCCUUGACAGGUGUAGGUGACAGUAACUGCGCUGUGCAUCAGUGUGCAGGCUGGUGAGAGAGAUAUUUGAUCUCCCCACCGCACAGAGCUCCCUCUAUGGGCCAGAAGCCAGGUGGCACCAGCACCAGCCCCAUCUCCCAUGUCAGCCUUGGCCCAUGACCAUCGCAGCCCACCGGGCAUUUGCCCGGUUUGCCCGAUGACCAGUCCGGGCCUGGUUUAAAAGCUGCUGGUUCCACAUUGUUGGAAUAUUUAAUUUCUCUUUACACUAUGACUGGUGUUUUGUGACUUUUAUUAUUUUACUUUGUGACUCUUGGACAUUGUACCCAGCAACCUAUUACAGAGUGCUGUCUCCAACACUGCAGAUAAUUCACAAAGGCCAAUCUAAGAAGCAAGUGCACAUGGUAUAUCACGUUGAUUUCCUGCCUUACUGAAGACACUUAUUAGAAAACAGAUAAGAUACAACUCAGAAUGAAAAUACCAUUUUCUUUAGAAAGUCAUCACACUUUAGCCACUUAAAGAUGUUUAUACUAAAUAAAUUGUUUUAAUAAUAUCAUAGAAACCUAUAUAAAGAAAAGGUUUUGGUGAGCAAAUGAUGAUCUAGUUCAGAAAUGAUAAUUUAGUUUAGAAAGUGAAAGUGAAGUAGUUUCCCUUUCGUUUUCCUAUAACAGAGGCCCCAAAUGCAUCAAAUCUGAAAAUUGUCCGAAUGGAUAGGACAUCAGGCUGCGUGACUGGAGGGGAAGAGGUCUAUCUUCUGUGUGAUAAAGUUCAGAAAGGUUUGUUUACUUAUUGAAAUAAUAAAAUAACAGCAUUAAUUUUGUACAGUGCUGCUGUAUAUCAUCCAGGUAAGUUUUUACAGGGAAUCUACAGUCUGCAAAUUUUAAAUGUAAAAUUACCUGAUUUUAUCCAGGCACUUGGAUUCAUGCCAAGCAUUCUCAGGUUCACUUUGGAAUCCUAGCAUGUUUUUUUUUUUGUUUUUUUUUAAAUACCAUGCAUGAUCUGCUUUAAGUGGUUGUUAGAGAGCUUUUGAACUCUCAAGGCUAGUUUUGAAGCACAAAUGGACUACAUUUAUUGCUGACGUGUAUGUUGAGUCAUGCCUCACUAGGUAACAUGACUGGCAAAAAAUCUAAUUAGAGUUGUGUUAUGUGUGGUUCCUUUAAAGUGACAGUUCCCAUUUUCACAUACCAGUAAUUACUAUUUGGUCCUCCAAAUUAAGUAGUAUAGUGAAUGUAAAUAGAAACAUACACUUACCUCUUCAGUACUUCUGUUCUUAAGGCCAUAUCAUUGCUCCAUGGCGCUAUGGGUACCCUGUCAUCUGUAGAGGAAUGCUAUGUGGCACAUGCAAACUUAGGCAUUCCUUCCAUAGUGCCAUAUGUGCACACACAAACUGCAUCACAAAGGUUAAAUGGAUUUGCAUGGUGUGAUCUGGCAGUGCCAAAUAAGACUCUCUCAAUGAAUAAAGAUGGGUUCCUUUGCUGCAGUUCGGUUAAACAUGUUAACCCAGUGCUCUCAGCCUAUCAUUGCUGUCUACAAUUUGAUGGCCUCAAGACUGGUCUCCCUAUACUACAAAGAGAGAUAAUGGUUAUGGUGCUUUGAGUGGACGAAAGCCAUAACUCUUUCAUUUGGUUGUUGCAGAUGAUAUCCAAAUCCGUUUCUAUGAAGAGGACGAGAGUGGAGGACUGUGGGAGGGCUUUGGUGACUUCUCUCCUACUGAUGUCCACAGACAGGUAUGUACUAUUGGAUUAUGAUUAUGCCCUGCAUAGGAUAAUUUAUAAGCACAAACUAUGUCUAAAUUUCUACAAUUAACCGUUUGCUGUUGAUGUUAAUUAUCUAAUAGCAUCCAGGAGUGCUUUCAAACAGAUUUCUGGUUUUAGUGUAAAGUGUAUGUGGUUGUAAAAUGGUAUUCUAUGGCUAUUUGUUUAGCUGUUUAGCUGUCUGGGUUGUGUAGUUCAUCACAAAUCAGUGGUUUCAUUCAUAAAAAGACAUGAAUAAAACAAAUUAACAAGCUAAUAAACACUUCACUGCAGCCUAUACACACCUGCUAAACUCUCAAAAAGCUAUAUAAGUUCUCUGGGUUUAGGAGCCAGACAAAAGCUGCAGUUUUACACAGUGAGUGAAAUACGGUUUUUGCUGCAGCAAUUUUUGUAAAUGACAGGUGUUAUAAUGAACAGAUUAAAGUGAUGCAGGACAGAGGAGCUUCUUGAAUCAUAACCUAUACUAGGAGAAAAAGUAAUUAGAGUGGUUGGAGUGCACUUUUAAUUAUGGAAAUAGGGAAACAUUGAAUGACACCCAUGAGCAGUUGUGGUAUGCAUUUUGGAGCAAUAUAUAUAAUUUUGUUAUGUGUAGACAUUUCAGACAAUAUAUCUUCAAUUUAUCAUUAUCAUAAAAAAUUCAACACUUACAAAGCUACAACACAAAACACACAAAUACAUAUUCCCUCCACAAAACUUGUGAUAUUUUUAUUUGCCAUUAUUAAAUGCUUAUGUAAUGAGAACUGUAUAAUUGUUCAGAAUACUUUAAUAAUAUCAUGCAUUUAUUUAAUAAUAUGAAAUAUUUCAUUCUAAUUUUAGUUUGCCAUCGUUUUCAAAACCCCAAAGUACAGAGAUGUGAAUAUCACAAAGUCGACAUCUGUGUUUGUCCAGCUUCGGAGGAAAUCAGAUUACGAAACAAGUGAACCCAAACCAUUUCUUUAUUAUCCAGAAAUUAAAGGUAAAAAUGUAUAUUGUACUUGUUUAAAUUACCACUGGUAUUACUGCUGCAGUUCUCGUGUAUUAUGCUGUGCUCAGUGCACUUCUUCUGCCCUGUGUUAGCCUUGACAUGACACUUGUGUUUGUGGUCAUACUAGUGGGUGACAUGAGGGACAAUAAGAUAGCCCUGGUUUUCAAUCUUUUUAGCUAUUCGUUUUGCCUUAUUAACUAAGCAUUCUUUCACAUUGUGAUAUACAACAUUUAUCAAUAGGCAUAGCAUUUUCUUUCUUGAAAUUGUGCCCCUUAAAAUAUGUAAUAUGUUAAUCCAGGUUCUCUCCUGGCAUUUGCAUGUUUUUUUGUCUUUACAUAACUGAUACAUUUACUUUCAUUAGAUAAGGAAGAAGUAAUGAGAAAGCGGCAGAAGCUCAUGCCUAAUUUCUCUGAUGGAUUUGGUGGUGGCAGUGGUGCGGGCUCUGGAGGAGGUGGUGGUUUAUAUGGAAGUGGGCCAGGAUGCUCAGGAAUAGGGGGAGGUAAGUUAAACAAACACUUCAAAUCACAGGCAAAUUAAAUAAUUUUGUGACAUAUAUAGAUAUGCACACAUUACAUAAAAACAGCACUCUAGAGACUUCUUGGUAAAGAGCACAAAUUACUAUUUAUGUAGUCAAAGUUUCAGUUUGAUAGUGCAAAGAACGUUUGCGCUGUCAAACUGAAACAUUGACUAAAAAAAACUGUAAUUUAUGUUCUUUAACAAGAACUCUCCAGCGUGCCGUUUUUAUGUAAUGUGGAUUAUCUGCUAAACGUUGCACCAGGCCAAGUAUUAUUGAAACCCUUGUGUGCAAGAUUAUGUUUAUAUAUCUAAUACGUAAUGGAAUGUAGAAGGAGAAGCAAAGUUGGUUAAGGUGUGCCGAAACCAACGGACGAGUAGGCCUGUAAUGAAAAGAGGGCCCACAAAGGUAAAUUGUAAAUAUAGAUGGGUGUAGGUGGGUAGGGACAAACAGCUUCCAUGACAAAGGUAAGUAGGGGGGAAGGAGUUUAAAUAGGGAUCAUAACUCCUCCCACAAAUUAAGGAAAAAUGGCCUUCAAACAUAUAUAUUUGUUUCUUUACAUAAAUGUUAUUUAUAUUAAAAUAUCAAUGGUUCUUUAACCCCUUAAGGACAGCAGGCGUUCUAUGCCGUCCUUAAGGAACCGACGCCCAAACCGUCCUUUCUACUUACCCGGUCACCGGCGAUCCCACACCUGGCAAUCGCGGUAUGGGGACUCAGCUGGGAGCCCAGGGAGUCCCCCUCCAUCUUCUUCGGCCCCCCUGGGCCAUGUGAUCGUGAGGUCUUUGCGAGGAUCACAUGGACGGCAUAGACGUCCAAGGCAUUGCCAGCAGGGGGAGUGCCUGUAAUUUUCAUUAUAUAUAUAUUUAAAUAUAAUAUAAAAUAAAUAAAUCUGUAAAUACGUUAAAAAAUUAAAUGAAAAAAAUUAUAAAAAAUGUAUAAAUAAAAAAAAUAGAUGUGUAAAUUAGUUCUAACUGUAUUUUAAAAUUAAUAUAUAUAUAUUGAUAUCAAAAUACAUGUAGAACUAAAUAAUAAAUAUAUCUAUAUACAUAAGUAUAUACGUAUAUAUCACUAUAUAUAUACCUAUUAAAAAUUAUAUACAUAUAUAUAUACACAUAUAUUUAUAUACACACACAUAUAUAUAUAAAAAGAAUAUCAACAUCCCCUGCACUCACGCUUGAAGUAUUCCAAAUGCCGGGCGCACCACCAAAGCUCCAAUAGGUAUAACAUCCAACAAGAAAAGGCUGCUCUCCGGACUUAAAAUCAAAAGUUUUAUUGAAAAAAUUUAAAAAUGAUGACCAACGUUUUGGUCCCCGAUCGGGACCUUCCUCAGGGUCAGAGACAACAGGACAACCCAACGUAAUUCUACGUAUAUAUAUAUGUAAUAAUUUUACAUAAUUGGGUAAUUUUAUUAAUUACAUUUAGCAGGACCAACCUGACAACCCAGGCCAAAAAUCCAGGGAAUUUAAUUUGCUAGCACUAUAUUUAACCCUGUAACUUUCCAAGACACCAUAAAACAUGUACAUAGGGGUACUGUUUUACUCGGAAGACUUCGCUGAACACAAAUAUUAGUGUUUCGAAACAGUAACAUGUAUUACAACGACGAUAUUGUCAGUGAAAGUGAAUUUUUUUGCAUUUUUCACACACAAAUGGCACUUACACGGACAAUAUAAUUGUUGUGAUACAUUUUACGGUUUUGAAACACUAAUAUUUGUGUUCAGCGAAGUCUCCCGAAGAUAACAGUACCCCUCAUGUACAGGUUUUAUGGUGUUUUCAAAAGGUAGAGAGUCAAAUAUAAGACUUGCGUUUCAGUUUUUUCACAUUGAAAUUUGCCAGAUUGGUUACGUUGCAUUUGAGACCGUACGGUAGCCCAGGAAUGAGAAUUACCCACAUAAUGGCAUACCAUUUGCAAAAGAAUACAACCCAAGGUAUUGCCAGUGGGGUAUGUCCGUCUUUUUUAGUAGCCACUUAGUCACAAACACUGGCCAAAAUUGACGUUCAAACUAGUUUUUUGCAUUUUCAAAUAUUAACAUUAACUUUGGCCAGUGUUUGUGACCAAGUGGCUACUAAAAACGACUGGGCAUACCCCAUUUGCAAUACCUUGGGUUGUCUACGUUUGCAAAUGGUAUGCCAUCAUGGGGGUAAUUCUCAUUCCUGGGCUACCAUACGGUCUCAAAGGCAACGUAACCAAUCUGGCAAAUUUCAAUGUGAAAAAACUGAAAAAUGUAACAUGCUAUAUUUGACCCUGUAACUUCCCAAAACACCAUAAAACCUGUACAUAGGGGGUACUCUUUUACAUGUGAGACAUCACUGAAUACAAAUAUGUGAAUUUUAUUGCAGUAAAAGCAAACAGUGUUUUGACAUUCACAGUUAGAAAGUCACGUAGAACUAAACAUUUUUUUAAAAUUCUUAUUUUCUCCCAUUUUAUUUUCAUUUUGUUCAUAUUAAAUUAUGUUUUAUAUCUAUUAAAUGAAAGCCCUGUUUCCCCUGAAUAAAAUGAUAUAUAAUAAGUGUGGGUGCACAUAAUAUGAAAGAGGUGAAUUACGCCUGAACAGACAUAGCGCAAAUUCAAGUUUUUGUUUACGUUUUGUUUUGAUCACAACGUGUACAUUUGGCUCAGUCCUUAAGGGGUUAACAAUUGUGUAAUUUAAAAUAUUAUUAAAAUAUCCAAAUCCACAGUCCUAUAGACUCUCAGUAGCACUUCACAGACUAAGGUUAAAUUAAAAAGCUAAUUUUAUGUUUACUCGCUAAGGACUAAUGACAUUGCAUGCCAUCACAACACUCUGGUCCCUAAGAUUCUCUGCCAAUAUGCAUUGUACCUCUUAUACAGCCCUGAUGUUUCAAAUACCAUUGAUUAUUGGUAUGGUGUAGACAGAAAUAUACAAGCCACUUUAUACAACAUAUUAUUUUUUUCUGCAUGGAGUGACAGUGAGCAUACUCUAGUUAGUAACUUUCUAUCAGAGGAUAGUGUUGAAGGUUUUUUUUGCCACACAGGUUUUUCUAACGAUCAUUAUGAGUUAACAGACAUCUGGCAAAGAUAAAAUCAAAAUGAUUGGUGUGGAAAUGGAUUUAAAUGGUAGACAGAAAUAUUGGAGGACAUAUAGUGUUACAUCUGAAAUUUGUUGUAAAUAUGCCACUAUAGGUUAUGCGGAUUAAACAGCACUGUGCAGGCACUGUUUAAUCCGCAUAGCCUAUAAUGGCAUACUUACAACAAAUUUCACAUGUAACACAAUACAGAACAAUGCCUAAAGCACUACAUGGUAAAAUCACAAAGAGAUAUACUUAGGGAAACAAAUGUUAUGCAAGACAAAAAUGAAGGCAAGUUAACAAAUACCGUUAUGAAAAUAUACUUGUCAAAAAGUCAGUUGUAUUUUUUUUAGAAAGUUCAAUGUACAUCUGUAAAUCACUUGGCAGUAAAACGGUUCAUUCAAUGAAAGCUAAUUCACUAAUUAUGGUUUUCUUUUUUACACUAAUAAAUCAGAAAACAUGCAGAAUAAGAGUCAAUGUCAGUGUAUCUUUUACUAACAGACAUGAAUUCAAACAGAAUUUCGAUUAUGUUAAGCAAAGUGAGGUUUGACUGUUUUUCAUCACAUUAAAUGUUGCUGGUAGCUGACUACCUGUCAGGGACAUGGAGAUGUCUAGUAAUGAACCCACUCCUUUGUGUUCUCAUCAGUUUCAUGUUUCAGCUUGUGCUGCCUUCAGGAAGUGUGCUCAAUAUAAAUAGCCAUAAAGUGGGAGCUUUCUCCAGCUGCAGUGAAAUGUGGCUUUCCAUGAACGUGCAAUUGGCAUAUGUCUCCUAUUCUAUUACUAAAUUUAAUACAACAUGCAGCUACAUGCAGUCAGACUGCAGUCUGGAAUGGAUUUGUAAGCUGUAAAUUUGACUAUUUGACCCCCAUACCUGCUGUAUAGAAAAAGCUGUUUAUUGAUAGUGCUACUUGGCUGCGGUUAAGUAAAGGACCCCAAGGAAAAGAUCAUUCCAGGUGUAGGUAUGAAAAUUAUCAGAUUCAACAUUUCAAAUAAUUUAUUCCUUUUGGGGAAAAUAGUCAAUAUAUUUAAAAUCUCUGCCUGCAUCUCAGAUGAAAAAUAUGCAAUAAUUAUUUUAGGAACACUAUAGAGUCAGGGACUAAAACAUAUAUUCCUGACCCCAUAGUGUUAAAACCACCAUCUAGUUCCCCCUGGCCCUCUUUUGCCUUCCUAAAUAUAGUAAAAUCUCACUUGUAUUCAAGUCUGCAGCUUCUGGCUCUGCCUCUGAUCUGCCUGCUUGGCUGACCUCAUUAGACGUGAUUCUGGAAACCAUUCACAAUGCUUUACCAUAGAAUUGGCUGAGACUGUCAAGGAGGCAGAUCAGAGGCAGAGCCAGCAAAAGUCAAACACAACCCUGGCCAAUCAGCAUCUCCUCAUAGAGAUGCAUUGAAUUAGUUCUUCUCUGCAUGUGUCUAGAUCUUACUUACGUUCUCAUUCUUCUGCACACUUAUACCAUGCUAUACCUUUUCAUGUUUUAUGAGCAACAUUUUCCUUUAAGCAGUGUAUUAUCUUAAAAAUGGAGCAGUUAUCUCCUAUCUAUCAUCACAGCAUCUAUUGCACCUUCUCUCCCCAUAACCCAAUUCGCCUGAGACAGUAUAGACUGUUGUAUGCUUAGAUGUAUAUUACUUAACCUGUUUGAAUCUUGCUUUACACACACACACACAAAAAAAAGAGGCUGUAUAUUUCGGCGUUUAGCUCUGUAUGCAUAUUUACUAAACUACUGUCAAGAACAUGAUAAAUAGAAGUAAUAGAUAAGAAAGGCUGCACCACAUAAAAUAUAAAAAAUAUUAAAAUUAAAAAGUCCAAGUAGUAAAAAUAAAGUCCAAAUAUACUUUAAUACAAAAAUACACAAUAUAAAAUUUCCAUAUAUAUUCUAUAUAUAUUGUGUAUUUUUGUAUUAAAGUAUAUUUGGUCAUUUGAUUGUGCCAAUUACCUUUUUUACAUAUAUAAUUUUUUUUCCUUUUUUUUUUUUACCUUUAUCCUGGCUUUUUAUUAUCUUAUUUAUUAUUAUUUUUUAUCCAUUCUGGUUUUAUAAUAUUUGGAAGCUAUCUACAUUCCAAGAAAUCCUAUGUGGGGAUCAAUCCACUUAUGCUGAUACCACAGAGCAGUCCGCCUGCUCUCUACUUGUAAGUACGUUUUUAUUUAAUUUAUGCUAACAAUACCAUACAGUGAGCAUUAUUGGCUCUUUCUUCUUUCCUGAGAACCGGACACCACUGACGGAGAGGUACCCACCAUAUAUCCUAUAAGCGGGGAUUAAACCGCUGUACGCGCUUUACCCUAGAGCUGGACAUAAGCUCUUGCAAAUGUGAGUUCUCUACCAUUGCUUUUUUUAUCACAUCAAUAUCUGAGCUAUACAUAUUGCACUAUUGGUUGUCCCUCUCUCUUUUAUCUUCUAUAUAAGUGGAACCACUAUAUUCGAAGACGUACCACAGUACCAGCCUCUCAAAAAGAUUUUUUCGUAAGGAUAUACAAUUUGGACUUUUUACUACUUGGACUUUUUAAUUUUAAUAUUUUUAAUAUUUUAUGUGGCGCAGCCUUUCUUAUCUGUUACUUCUAUUUAUCUUGUUCUAAAGGGUUUUAGAGGGAUCCCCUUUUAAGGUUGCUGCCUAUAAGUUGACCAGCGCUGUCUCAUCCAUUUUAUCAUUACUGUCAAGAACAUGCUUGCUAUGACUCAUAUAUUUCAAUUCUGUAACAAUAAAAAACAGAUUGACAAAAAAAAUUGAUAAUUUGCAGAUGUGAUAAAUUACCGAUUUUUAAAAUCCAUUUUCAUAUUGUCAGAGUGCAAUUCCAAGCUGAGAGAGUUUGCGGAGUGGUUUGAAAAAACACAUUUGGUUUGCAACCAUUUCUGAAAAUAGUUGGUUAUUAUUAGAUUGUCUAAACAAGUAGUGUAAACAAGUAAUUGAUCAUUUGUAUAAGCAGCAAAUGUGGAUUAUUUUCCUGUUUAAAAGUACAAGAAUACAUGUGAUUUUUGCUUCUUCAUUGCAGGAUUUAUUGCAACGUGAUACCCCGUCCUAUUAUGGGGAAGAAUAUUAAAUUUUAAUGCAAUAUGUUAUGUUGAGUUAUUGCAUUCGUUGAUAAAUUCUUUGAGCCGGUAACUAAAUUGCUUAUCCAGAUUUCAUUGUCUACAGUGGAAAUUACAUUUCUGACAUGCUUGAAGCAAUUUUAUUUGUUACAUAUUGUGUGAUCACUGAUUAUGUUACUGUCGUAUAGAUUGUAAUAUAGUUUUGUAUCGUAUAUUGUGUUGAAUUAUACACAUUUUGUACAUCUCCUUAUAUAACACACCUCAUCCUUCUCUCAUGUUCCACUUUUAAACAUUUUCUUGAUAGCUCGUUAUGACACUUAAUGAGUUAAAUUAAAGGGACACUAAAGUGUUAGGGAUACAAAUAUGUACAUUUGUUUUCCUAAAGCUAUACAAAACCUUUCACUUGUUAGUUUUUGGGCCACCCAGUGUGCAGUAUAAUGAAAAAAACACAAAAAACAUGAUUUACUCACCUGAUCUCUAGUGCCGAAUCUUCUUUGAUUCUACCAGCUGUUCUUCUCCUUCGAGAUGUCAUCCUAAAGGCGUACAUCCAGCAUGACGGUCCAGUCCAAUGCUCUUCAUAGAGAAACAUUGUGGGCCAUAGGUGCAUGCACCUUGAUGCGCUUAUGAUUCUAUUGUAGAGAAUCAUUGCAUGUAAGGAUUCUCUAUGACAGGCCAUGAUGGCAGUAAACAUGCACUUUAAUAGCACUGAGCAUGCACGUGUGACGUCACAGUAUGCCUUGGUAUGAGGGCUGGGAAGUAACAGCCCUGGCUUUCCUUUCCAGAGGACUUAAACAGCAUAGCUUUGGACCAGGUUUGCCCAAAAGGUAGAUCCCCAAAUAUUUUAAAGUAGAGCAUCCAUGAUGCUUUGUCAUUCUAAACACAUUCUACAUGCAUUCAAAGCAUCAUGGUAGUUGUAGUUCCACCACAUCUAGGGAUCUACCUUUUGGGCACUCCCGCUUUAAGCAAUGCAUUUCGAGGAGUAGGAUAAAAGUCACUCUAACAACUUGUUACCUGUUUUGGUGAUAUUGAUAUUUAUGAUAUCUGCAAUGUCAUUUUUCUUCACUUCUUCUUGUCAUAGUUAUGCCUAUUCUUGCGUUAAAAAAUCUUUUAAAAAAAACCUAACAAAAAAAACUUUAGCCUUUGGCUUUAUCAUGACAUUACAAUUUAAAGCAGAACUGUCAAUUUUAUGCAAGUAUUCUUUCUUCAUUCCCUCAUUCUGUUAAGUACUACAGCUAACGGCACACUUACCUUAUUAGCUGCCAAGUUAUGCCAUAAUAAAAAUAUCUAAAUGCUCCAGUUUAAAGGGGAAUUCCCACACAAGCAAAACAAAUGUUAAAUUAAAGGUUUAUUUUCAUUACCAGGACUUAUAUAUAUAUGAUAUAUUGACUCAAUGGUAGUUUCAUCGUAGCAAAUUACAUAUUCAUCAGGUCAUUACUGGGCAGAGCGAUUUAUAUAAGGUUUUCCCAAAAUAUGUCCCUUAGUACAAAAAAAGCAGAAUGAACAAGAAUAAAAUAUACAGAAAAAACCCAUACAAGUGGAAUGUCUAAACUGCAUUUACAAUGCACUGGGGAUGCUGUGGAGACCAAGUUUGUCAGGUAUAUGCUGAAAGUUUGGCGGGUGUUAUAAACCGGCAUAAAUGUGGAUUAAGGGUGUAAGAGACAUGGAUUUUAACUUUAAAAGAUAGAGGUUGUAGAUAUUUCUACGUUUGUGAGCUGCUGUGGCUGUUAUAGUUUAAUAUCUCUGAUUGAUUGGAUAUAUUCCACAUUAGUGAUCCAUUCUUGAAGUGAUGAUGGUGGGAGUUAUUUUACCAACAGGUUACCCAACUUUUCCUUCUAGGGUUAUUUAACCAUUUAAACAACUAUUUAGGAAGGCCAUUUUUCUACAUGACUGUGUUAGAAGCAUGUUGCAAUUCUGACCAGUAAUUUAAACCAGCUAAAUGUGGACUAUCACAAUUCCAAGUGUGAAAUGAGCAUUUGUUUCUUGGGACCUCAUAUCAUGAAUUUGUAUUAUGUAUUUCAUAUAAACAUUAUAUGUAAGAUUGCCUGUUUUUUCUAAUUCAGCCAGAGGAAAAAGCUUCUGUGCUUUAAUAAACUUAUUCUGUUUUGUCUUUCUUUAGGUUAUGGUUACACUUCAUACAACUAUAAUAAUUAUGGAGGAAUGAAUUUUCAUGGUGGCACCAUGAACUCCAAUGCAGGGACAAAGCAUGGUGAGCAUACAGUUCAACACUGCACUGAUCUACAAUCCCAGCAGCACCAAACUAUCAGUAAAUUUGCCGGAGAACAUAUGGCAUGUUCUGAGCUGGCGCUAUACUCCAGGUAGUCAGAUUACACUUGGGUAAUCCUAACAACAUACCCUGCUGCCUUCUGACCAAUGUCCUUCAAAAACAAAUUACAUAAUAAUAUAUAGCUGGUAAGUGGUGGAAGGGACUCAUGGAGAUGGGAUAAGGGCUGAAGUAUUUGGGGAGAUGCAUUGUCAGAAAUUGAUGGAUUAGUAUUUAGUCAUUCCAUACAUCUAAAGUUUUAUGAAAACUCAACCCCUGGUGCUAAUCAAUUUAUGUGUGUGUUUCUAGCUAUGUGGCCUAACUGUGAAAUGGACCAGCAAGUGUUUGAAGCUACCCAGAACACACAGAAUUUAGGUGCCUGUGACUGUCCUAAACCUCAAGAAGGGGAAGAUGGCAGGCAUGACGCUCAUGGAAGAGAACAAGAGGCUUCCUGUAAAUUUGUCAGUAAGUACAAAACCCUUGUGAGUUAAUCUGCACAAUUACCAAUGUACCAAGAAAAUUCUAAAAUCUUGUAACUGUAAGGGUUAUCUUUGGUAAUAUAAUAUAUAUAUAUAUAUAAGGUCUACAUAAUGGUAGACCUGUGUGUUGAUAGAUGGACAGUAAUUAUGUCCAUGUACCUCCAUAUACUGAAGGUUGUAAUGUUCCCUCAAGUUAUAUCUACACAAUGAAAAUGAUAUGUCAUUAGAUUUCUUUAACCAAGAGUUAAUUUUGGUGAUGUGUUAUUGGCAGUAUGAUACAUUGAACUAACCUAAACACAUUGAGACCUAGUUUUUUUUGAGCAGGCAGGUCUCCCCAAGAAAGUACCAAAAAAAAAUUUUGUCCAAGGAACCAUAGUGAAGUUCAUUAAUGUCAUUUGUAUAGGGGGUAAUCAAGCGCUCAAUACUUUAUUUGUAAAAGACUAUUGCUAUAUAUGAAGUUGUGUGGUGGCACAAAACUUUGUACACCUAUGCAUUAAAGGGAAACCAAAAUAUAUACAUACACAGUCCUUUUUUUUUUUUUACAUAAUGAUAAUGAUAGAUGCGCAGUAUUCCAAAACAAACCCAUAAAAACCCAUGGAUUGACCCUCCUCGUCUCAUACAAAAAGGGAACAUCUGUAAAUUGAAUUGUGCUGCAGUAAACAUUUAAAUGUCCAUACAAGAAAAAAUGCACGACAUUAAAAACAAAAACUGCUGCAUCAUAUUAUAAUACUGUUUAUAAUUACAUGCACCAUUGCUACUUGGGGUAUUUUAAGGAUGUGAGGUACAGAAACGGACCUAUGAUGUAGGUUUAGGAGUAGGUGGUGGGCUUAUAUAAUCAAAGAAUGAGGAACCUGACACUGUCAAUAAGGGACAGUGACAUGAAGGUGCUGGUCAAUUUAAUACAAAUUCAAAUUAGCAUCUUGACACAUUUGGAAGGUUAUGGUUGAGGGGACAUAAGUACAUCCCUUUAAGGGAUCAUUUUCAGGAAGUUUGUCAGCUGAGCAUUUAAUGUAUAAUACCCAGUGAAGUGUCUCUAUGAGCUACAGAUGUAUUUUCCUUACAUUGCAUAAACAAAAUAUAAGUUACAGACUUUAUAUAAAUAUCACUAAACCUUAUAAACGUUACAGUAUUGUAAAGAUCUAGUAUGAUGCUUUUUCAACCCAGAGAAGAAACAUAUAUGACAGGUGACUUCCCUAGGUUCCUGAGACUCAGGAUAGGUUGCUCUAAUUAACCGCUGUCAGUGAAGAUACAAAAUUGGAAAACCUGAUAAAGUGGUAGAAUAGAGCUCGUUUCUAUUUCUGCUCAGUGACCAGACUUCUGACCUCUUCACACACGAACAGUCAUGUUGGUUGUUUAUUAACUCUCUUCAUUGGACUUGUGUUAGCAAUCCCCACUCAUCCUUCAGUGACAUUUAUUGUGACUGUUUUCUGUGCUAAACUGUGUUACAGAUUGCCAUUUCCUGGGUAAGGCACUGCAACUAGCCAAACAUCAUGCAGCUUCCCUUUUCAACUAUGCUGCAACAGGGGACGUGAGGAUAUUACUAAAUGUACAGCGCCAUCUAGCUGCAGCUCAAGAUGAGAACGGGGACAAGUGAGUGUCGUUUAUUUUUCGUAGUAAUGUACUAGAAUAAAUGCCUUGGGGAAAUGCAUUGCACACUUUGGAAGAAUGUAGGUGAAUAUGUAUUUUUUUUUUACAGCCUCCGAGCUGUAUAUCUUGUGCUGUUUUGACAUACUCUUUCGUUUAUAAAUGUGCUAAUUUAAAAGUACAUUGGACUCUUUAAAACUUGCUUUUUAUGAUGUAGGAACUUGGCAAAUGUUGACUAAGGUUUAAGCAUUAAGUUCCAAAUGCAAAAGUAAAACGUUAUUCACCCCAGAACCCCCACUCCCACUCAUAGAACAUUAAAAGGAUAAUUGAAUCCUAUGCUGUACAGAAAUAAUUAUGUUAUCCUGCAAAAUGUUCAUAUUAUUCACAUCAGACCUACUGUUGGCAAUAGUUCAGAGCACCUUCAGGCUGGCUGAUGGCAGUGCUUUUGAGACAAGAGGUCAUUGUUUGUCCCAGGUGUAAACAAAGAAAAUACUGAACAUAUUGCAUACCUCUCUAAGAGGAUUGCAGGUAAAUGUGACAUUUAAAAAACAUGAGUGAAAGUUGAAAAAAAGAAAGUAGGUAUGCCUUGUAGAUUGUUCUCUCGUUAAAGUGUGCUUUAGUCUAAAAACAUUCCAAAAACUGAUCAGAUGAUGUUAGAAUGUGUGGUAAACUAGGGGAGUUUGUGGGUCUAUCAAGCCGAGUUGAUACAGUUUGGUGGUGCAAUGGUGGAGGGAAUAUGUUGGUUCCUUAAUAUCUUUGUGCCACAGCUUACUUAAUUAUGUUUGACGUAGAUUUUUUAAGGUCUAUCAAUUUUGAAAAGCAUUACUUCCAGUAGUAAAAAAGCAUCCCGGUACAAAACAAACAUUCUUUCAUGCAUGACAAUUACUUUAGUUUACUCCAGGGACUUGCUCAGUCUCCAGAUCUUAUUCCAGCAGAGCAGUUAUGGGACCAGGUUGCAAACAACAAUGUGUAGCUAGAGAAUGAGCAUGGCUAUUGAGUUGAUAGGGACCAAUAUCCCCAAGAAAUUAUUAUCUAUAUAAAUCUAUACCAGGACUUAAAGGGGAAAAAAAAGGAUACAUAGCAGUACUAGAGUAGAUUAAUUAGGUUUAAAGAAAGCCCAUCCUGCCAGGUUCUUUUAAAAAUAUAAAAGCUUUUAAUACCGAAUUUAUUGGCUGCCCUUGGCUCUAGCGUUGACAUUUAGCGUUCUAUGGCUUUUCAACUGUUGCAACACCCACCCUUUCUGACCCCACUCUGCUUCAAUUUACUCCGCUGAUGAUGCUGACAUUGGCUUCACUGCCAGCACAUCGGAGUUAGAGUGUCAAUUACAUCAAUAGCAAGCAUGAGUAAUACUUGCAAUGAGUGUAACACAAUGACUAAGAGCAGAGUAUAGAAUAUACCGUCUGUGCCACCACCACCAGCAUAAAGAGCUAAUGCCAAGGACUGAUUGAUGGAGCAAAGGACCAAAACUUUAAAUAAUAUUACAUAAAAAUUUACCAGCACAUUUGUUAGUAUAAAAAUGAAAUGUAAUGCUAUUUAAUGUAAACACAGGUUGUAUGUGCCAUGCGAGGUACACUUUAAAGUACAUAUGUCCUUUAUACAGCUGUAUACCUGUAUAGUUUUGGAAAAUAGUAGUAUAUUUAUGCUGGUACUUGUGGUUAUAUCUGUAACACAUAUAAUGCAUAUAUUUAUUUAUAUUACUGUUUGUGGUGAUUUCAGUGUUCUCCAUUUAUCUAUUAUUCACCUCCAUCAUGUACUGACUAAGAUGUUCUUGGAUGUGACAUCUGGUGUUAUAUGUGAAGAUAUAAUCAAUGAAAGGAAUAACCUCUGUCAGGUAUGUUGUAACACAUUAUGAAGUAAAAUAGUUUUAUUAUUUUUACUGUUUGUUAUUAAUCUUAAUGGUUUAAUGCUUUCCUGCUGACUGUACGUUAAAUAUAUUACAUCUGCAAAGAAUGCAGCUUUAUUUCCAAUAGUUUAUGUAGGAUGUCUCUGGGACAAGACCCGUUUAAUAUAAAUGUCAUGAUGGCUGCGUUUAAAGGGAUUUGUUAUAGGUUUUAUGUGGACUAGGAGAAAAACCUAAUAAUAUUUUUACAAACUUAGUCCCCACAAAGACUACUUAUUUUUAAUGCUUUAAGAAAAACGCUUACAUUUUGAUUGCCCAAUUCUUGGCCCGGGGAUUUGUAGUGUAGGAGGUUAAUUUGCACAGAAAUAUUUCAAAUUGCUCACUAGCUUACAGGCUAGCGUUACCAACUAUUGUAGAUGCCCAGGGAUAACUAAAAAAAUUUAAAUCUGAGGAAUAUUUGAUUCUUGAGAAUAACUGUUAAGAUUUUCACAUUUCAUUUUAAAACAGUGCACGUAUAGUUUUAUUAUGUACAAGAUUAUGUGAUCUAUGCUUGGUGGUAGGUGCUUCUAAUUGAUCCAGUAAGUCAUUGUAAGAUGAGUUUCCAAAAUGGAGAGUGGUAAUAUAACCUCAUGCGGAUUGGGUGGUUAACAUAAACAAAACUAAAGUAAUUAAACACAAUACUAAAGUCAUUAACCACAAUACUUUGUUAUGCAGUUUUUUGGUAAUUAUUAAUAUUUUCAUUUAAAAAUAUAAAUUUGAUUUUACAUGAAUGAAUUUGAUUUACAAAAAAUGAGUAUAAGCAAUAUUACUACUUACUCUACAUUGUUAUUUACAAAUCAGCAUUUUGCAAGUAAAAAAAUUAGCUUUUUACAAAUUCCUGUCUAAAUCAUCGUAAUUACUGCUUUCGUAAAUAGGCAUUCACAUUUAAGAUGGCCAUUCCCACCAAACUGAAUUUGCUGUUUUAGCAAUAAUAGGUGAUAGUAGAUAUUAAGAAAAAGGAUUGGCAAGAAAAAUAAAUGCUUGUGACAUUAAAAUAAUAAAUAAAUGGAGUCUUAGUGUCCUAUUAUAGUAAUUGGGCCAAGACAGUUAAUUACUGCUUUCCUUUCACAUUUUGUAGACACCUUUACACCUAGCUGUUGUCACUCAUCAAACUGAUACAGUACAGGAUAUUCUGCAAGCAGGAGGUGACCCAUUACUAUUGGACCGUCACGGGAAUUCCAUCCUGCACCUUGCCUGUAAAGAAGGAGAUGAUAAGACACUAGGCGUUCUUCUUAAACACAAGAAAAUAUGCAAGAUCAUUGACCUUCCAAACAGUGAUGGUACGUAACCUUUGCUGCCCUACAUGUUGUAUGUCCAUAAAUCAUAUUUGGCUUUGUACUUAUUUUUGUAUUCGUAACAGUACUAGAGUGUACUUUAAUCACAUCAGCUGCACUGUAUGGUGUUUAUUUUUAUUCUUGUGUGAUUUACUGCUAAAACUACCUUCACAUAACAGUUUACACAUUUUGUCAUUAGGUCUGAGUGCAAUCCACGUUGCAGUGAUAGCAAAUAGCAUGCCCUGUCUCCGAGAAAUGAUAGAAGCAGGAGCUAAUGUUAAUAUUCAGGAGGGAAAAGCAGGAAGAAGCCCUCUGCAUCUAGCUGUGGAAUUAGACAACAUCUCCUUGGCAGGUUGUCUUCUUCUAGAGGUGAGCUCACUUUUAAUGUACUAAUUACUUUUUCCUUAAAGCGGCACUGUCAUGCCGAACUUACCUUUCCUCAAUUCUCCCCCCUCUCAGGAUCUGUUCUUCUUUUCUUCCUGUCUUCUUUAGUUUUCUUUAAAAUCAUAAGUCAAAGUAGGGACUCUUUGCCUUAUAGAGGUUUCCUCCGCUUGACCAGCUUUGACCAGUGGAGAGAAUAUUUAAUUAUUUAAAAUGUUUUUUUUUUUUUUGUCACUUGGCGAUUGUGAACAUGAUUGUUACUGUGAUCAAGGAAAAUUUAGGAACCGGAACAUUGAUGUCAACACACUCUCUGGUCCUAUACAUUAUUGAGAUUCAGUGGAUAGCCAUGGGCAAUGCUUGGUUUUAUAAAAUAGUAUUGAAGCUCAGGGUGCCUGGAAAAUUCCUUGUCUGUUAUUUUGAUUAAGCUACAAUACAAACUUUAGGGGACUGGGAAAGGAGUGGACUUCCAUAGAGAAAUAAAUUUAAAUUCCACUGCAAGCAAAUCAACAUGGAACGAAAAAUAUAAUGGCUUCUCCUAGGAUACUAGGGUCUAGUUGUCAUCCGUAUGGACAAAAAAAUACCACAAUGUUUAGGUGAUACACCACCACCUAAGAAAAUCAAAGUGAACGUGCAGCGCUUAUAAAGGACUUACACUAUGUAUAAACUUAGGGUUGUAUACUCUCAUAUACAUAUAAAAGAAAGAGAGAGAAAGAAUACAAUAGUGCAACAGAGUAAACACUAAUAAGUUAUUUAUAAGCGUAUGGUAGAUAUAUGCUCACAGCACAGUGUUUAGAGCCUUUUGAAUGAUAUGACUCUGAACGUACUCACAAAUGUGCCUUUCUGCCCUCCAGUGUAUCUCCUAAACAUUGUGGUAAUUUUUUUGUCCAUACAUAUGUCAGUGGGUCUUAUUGGGAGUUCCUACAAAGUGCUACGGCUUCCAAAACUUAAGUCACCUAAAGUAGAAAUAAGUGCCAUUAAAUAUACACUCAUAUUUUUUCUCUCUUGUUGUCAUCCUUUCAUGCACAAAGUGUGGGCCAAUUUUGAUUAUUUCACUUGUUUCUUUUGUAACUCCAUCUCUUUUAUUUGAUAAUUAAGUAUUGAAGGUUUUAGUGAUUACCAUGUUAUAUAUGUGACUCCCCUUUAGUUGGCACAGGCACAGCAGGUAACUACCCACAAUGCAUUGUUUAUUGUAGACACUUCCUUCCUCAUGUCAACACAGAGAUUUUUGUCACUAAGAGAGUCAACUGAAUAUGUACUUUGUUAUGCAAUUGAUUUUUGGGUUACUUAGCCAAUGUUGUGCACAUAAUGUGCAUUUAGUCAGUGCAUUAGUUACAUUUUGUUCAGAUUUCAGCUUUUGGAUGGCUUUAUUUUGGAAUACGGUAUUGGGAAAAUAAAUUUGUGGGGCUGUUUUGUUCACUAUUUCCAUUCAUUAUGGGCUUGCCCCAGUCCAUAAUACUGUCUCAGUUAUCAUUUCAUAUAAUUAUUUCCUUCUCUGCCUUUUACCAAUGAUAUUAUUUCUAUUAUCUCCUUUGUUUCUCUCUGUUAUCACCCUUGCAUUCAAAUUUGAUUUUUAAUAAAAUAAAUAUAAAUUCUAUAGAUCUCCUUUCCAUACAAUGUCCAUUUAGUAACUCAUCAUAUAAAAAUAAUUAUGACAUACAUAUUACAAAUUUCAUGCCUAUUCCUUGCUAUAUCAUCCGUUCAGAUUUAUAUCAGUUAUUGUAAAUUUUUUCAUGUGUCUUUACUUUAACAUUGUCUAUAUUCUCCCAGGGUGAUGCCGAUGUGAAUUGUACUACAUUCGAUGGAAAUACACCACUUCAUAUUGCAGUUGGCAGAGAUUCUACUAAGCUAACAGCACUUCUCAAAGCUGCAGGUAUACUCCCAUCAGGCUUUAUUCCAUCCGUUCACGCUCGGGAUUGGUGAACAUGGCAGUGACUUUAAAAGAUGGGCUGAUCUAUUAUAUUGAAAGUGAUUGUGCUGUGUGCAUUGUGAUUAUUGUUUGCUUUCUAGAAUGCAAAUCUAUGCAAACGCAGUAUUGUUUACAAGCAAGUCAAAAUAAUGUACACGUGCCUGUACUAUUAGACAUCAAUAGGAAGCCUGAUUUUGCAUGCUAAACUGUACAAAUGACCUCAUUUCACUUUCUGAUUAAAAGUUAUAUCAGCCUCAUCUGGGUGUAAAGAAAAAAAGAUAAGUUUGCAUCUUCAAAUUUUCAAUAGGUCUUGGCUAAAAUACAUAUAUGUAAUAUAUAUGUGAUGAAAAUUGAGAGCUAAAUUCUUCUGCUUCUAUAGGAUUCUGGUAAAGUUGCCUGCCUUUGUUUCCAUGGAAGUCCAAGCUGUAAAACCAUAAAAGCUAAACAAUGGACAAUAUCACUGGAUGUGGAUAUAAGUAGUGUGUUGACCAAGGAAACCUGGUUAUUUUUUUAUCUGUAAUUGCCUACCGGCUGUCUCUUUUAUUGCUUAACUUGCUGAUCCUAGCCUUUGGAAGCAAAAUGUGUUCCUAAAAUUUAGAUCAGAUAUCUGACAGGCAGUUAUAUUGAUUUAACAUUAAAAAUCCAAAAGGUAUAGGUAACAAGCUCACCAAGAAAAUGUUAUAAGAAAUAAACAGGCCUCAAUCAGGUCUGCAGUACAGGUAAAUGUUUUACAAUAUGUAUAUGUAAUGGAUCAUUUUCUUUCAGGUGCCGAUCCUUCAGUUGAAAACUAUGAACCACUUUACAGCCAAGAGUCAUCGGAGGAUGAAGAUCUUCUAGAUGAAGGCAUUAUACCAGGCACUAAACCCCUGGAUAUGGCAACUAGCAAUGAGGUGAGAGUUUUCUCAGUUUUCUAAACUGAAUUGGCUGCAUGUAAUCUUAACUAUCUAACCAGAACUAUUUUUACCAAAAGACAUGUUUGUCUAUGAUAGUAACUAUGAAUGUGAACAAGGGUAGUUGACCCAAUUAAACUCAUUGGACAAUGUAAGGCUGGAAUGAGGAAAAUGCUAAUCAAGGUCAUUCCACUAUUGGAAGAAUACAGGAGAAAAUGAUUUAACAUUCAGUUUUUGUAGGCUUACAUUAUGCUUUUUUUUUCUUUGAGGUAUUUGAGGCCUUAUUGUUCUCAAUUCCUGUUUUCCUUAGGUAUUGGAGCUUUUAAAUGGGAAGCCGUACGCAUCAGAUGUAGCUUCUGAAGACAUCAAGCCUCAAGGUACCAAAUGUCCACAUUUUCGAUUUUCAGAGAAUAUUUUUCAGUGAGCAAUCAUUAUUCUUCAGCAAUAACCAUUUAUCUCCGAGCUCUAGUUAAUAUGGGGCUCAUGAGUUAUAGUCUAAGUCAUUGUCACGGGUUUGGGGUGAAUUGGCUCGGAAUGCAGAGAUAUUAUACGGACACAGUCACUGAAUUUAAGGUUUUUAUUUUAAAGCAAAAAAAGUAUAAUAAAAAAGGCCCAAUGCAAAAUAGAAAUGUAAAAUAAGGCAAUAUCUUCAUAAGAAAUAAAAGUCCUUAAGGUGAAAUAAAGUCUUUUACCAGAGUUUUAGCACUGGGCAACUGAUGAAAAGCUUGAUUGAAGUUGUAGCAGAAUUGCAGGAGUUAAACCAAGGCUAGAACAGGGUUGCAGGGGUUAACCAAGGCUGUGACAGGGUUGCAGGGGUUACCCAAGACAGAAAAGGGUUGAGUAAGGACCCCCAUGAGGAGGGGUCUAAGGGCCUAUAUAAGUGGAAGGCUCCUCUGGGUAACUAGGUGUCCACACCUCCCAAUGUGGGUGGGACACUAUGUCAGUUUGUUAGCUAAAAGCCACAGAUCCCCACACUGCUUCCAGGUAAACCAGCAUGGGUCCCACAGGGUUUUGUUAGCCUGGGGCAGUGUGGGGGACAUGACACAUACACCACUCGGUACGUCAGCCGGAGGAGUUGUACGUUGACAGAAGGGCAGAGUUUGUGUCCCUUUCCCCGCAUGGCGCAAACUACGUGGUGCUUCGCACAGUUUGGGGAAACCGGAGCGGGAGCGGCACGUCUUGUGCUAACGGGCGUGCUGCCACAGCGUAAAGGAGGCAACCGGGAAGUAGGUGGAGUGCGUCUCUCACUCCAUGGACGCCAAGAGACAAUGUGGCGUCUGGGGAGUGAGGAGGGUAUGCAGAAUCCUGGUGUGCUGUGACAGUCAGGAUUAGCAGCAGAACCCUGGGCACAUUCACAGGAUAUAUUACACCUUAACAGGGUUUAGAAUGCCACCUAGAGUAGACUUUUAUUCUCUGGAAACUUGUUUGAUCUCAUUCAAGCUAGUACUAUGCUAUACACAUUAUAAUCAGGGUUUCCCUUUGAGUUGUUGGCACAUCUUCAUUUAGUCUCUGUAUUAACAUCCUGCCUAUCCUGCAUGGAUAAGGUUGCCAAAUCCACAAUAUUUCCAUGCACACAUAUCAUGUAUGCAUAUUGGUGGGCAGCGUAUGAAAACAUUGUCCUGAGUUUAUACAAUUAAAAUGGUGCAGAAAGUCAUUACUCUGAAAAGAUGGAUUCUAUAUAUAGCACUUUUUCAGGUGUUGCUUGACAUGUGAAAGGCAUGUAUGUCCUGGCAAACAAGUUGGAUAUGGCAACCUUGAACAAUGGCUGUAAAAGAAAAAUUUUCUUACUGGAUAAUUAAUUUUCCAUAGCCUAGGUGGCAGUGAUCACUCUAUCACAGGACAGUUGGCACAAUGAACAAGUUUAAACAUAAAAGGUAGACCACAGUCUCAGACACCUCCGCUCUUAGCCUUAUGAAGGGGAACACCAACAUGUGCUCCCCAGAGAGAUCAAGCUGACUAGCCAUUAUUAUGAUUCAUAAUUCCCUUAAUUUUGUUCUCUUUAAUCUUUUGGCAAUUGGUGAGAACUAUGCUCUUGGGCUAAAGCCUCUAAGGAUUCAGCUCGUAUCCUGGUAAAGGAAAGAAACUGGGGAAUCAGAAUAGAGUUGGUUUCCAGCUCCUCUUCCUACAAAUCUUUAAGAGAAGAGUAAAUUGAAAAAGCAACAUCUGUAUUAAGAAGCCUCUAUUGAAGCGGCCAACUCACUAAUCUUAAGCAGGACAUGUACACAAACUGGGAGCACAGCUGGCUUACAGAGUUUUCCCAGUUCAGCUAUUUUGACCUUAGAUUUACACUGCAUUGAAAACACAGUUGUUGUUUUUUAACCAUUUAGUAGAUAUACCUCCAAAGACAAAUUGCAUGCAUAUAUAAAAAAAAAGGUCCUGGUGAUUGCUGCCUUUGCAACCCCUCCUCUCUUUCAGCCUGUGCCAAGAAAUGCUUCAAUCAGAGGCUUAUCAUUGAUCAUUGUAAUAGAGCUCAAUAGGGAUGAAGGCAUGUGCACUUUAGCCGGUGUGCUUGCCGCUCUGUUAGCUCUGUGGAGCUAAUGGAAGUGGAAGAAAACCUCCCUGGCUGUCAAUCAGACAUCAACUAGGUGAUUCUGCCCCCAAAUAUAAAAGUGCCAAUUUCUACAAACAUUACAAACUCCAGACGCAGAAAGGACUUCAGCAAGCUGAAGUGCUUAACGUGUGUGAAGUGUUCCCUUAAAUUUCUAAUUGCACUUAUUUCUUUAGGCUGCUUUCAGAUUUAUUUACUUAAGACAGAAUUCAAUCACAAUGAAAUUGAUGUUGCCAUUCUCUAUAAGAAAAAAACUGCAUGUGCUGUUCUUUCCCCACCAGACUAUAAACCAUACAAAAUAAAAACGGGAUCCUAAUGCUACUUAAACUCUCUCUCCUUAGAGCAGGAAGACACUGGGGAGCAUAGGAUGCUGUUGCCCUUUAUACAAAUAGGAAGAAAGAAGCCUAGUGUAUAAAGGAUGUCUAAAAAAUGCAUUUUAUUUUCAAUAAAUAACUAAAAGAAUUAUGUUAGUAAGUAGGAUAAUGACAAUACAUAUUGAGCCACCUGUAGUGGUUAUGGUGUCCGGAGUCUCAGGUCAGUCUCACACUAAGCAGUCGAACCUUUUUCAAACCAGCUGCUGGUUGGCCAAUGUCUUUAGAAGAGACAUUGUUUGAUGACAAUAUUUGAAAGGUGAUCAAUUCACAUUUCAUCUGCUAACUCACACUGUUCUAGUUUUCCAUUGUGCUUAUCAAGUAGAUCAAGCACUCAGUCUCUCAAACCUGAAUCUAGAUUUUGGUAUGAAUAUACCUCACAAAUAACGUUAAAAAAAACACCCAAACAAACCUGAACAGGGAAGUGGGCUGAGCAUGAAAUUCACUGGGACCCAGUUUUCUUCUGAUCAUUUUCUACUAAAUGAAUGAAGCAGGUGCUUACGUGAAAAUAAAUAGAAUACACACCACCCUGUAAACUAGUUCACAUAAAGUCUUAGCAAAUGAAGUAGCCUCUGACUAUAGAUUGAUGUUAGCUGAGCCAUUUCCAAUGUGGUUUCUUUCUUUCUUAUGAACAGGAGACUUGCAGGACCUCAGUGAAGAUACAAAGAAACAGCUUUACACCUUAUUGGAAAACAAGGACUCAAACAAGAACUGGUCUACUCUGGCACAGAAUAUGGGACUGGGAAUACUGAACAGUGCAUUUAGCAUGACUCCAUCACCUUCUAAAACAUUACUGGAUAACUUUGAGGUAAACCGUUUUUAUUUUAAAUGUGCACAUCAGGUGCAUUAGUUAGUCUGUAAAAGCUCUCAGAAGGAUGUUGUGUAUCAUACUUCCCAACGUUGAGCGGUAUGUAAUGGAGACUAUAAAUGACAGGACCAAGUAUAAAAAUUCACAACAGGAGGAACAAUUUUGGGUUUUGGGCUUAUUCUGCAGUGCAUAGCCCACGUGUGUCACUUUUGGUGGCAUUAGCUAGCACACACAGUUAAAUGGAGUGCCAAUGAUCUAUGCUCCUUGCAUUGAAGAAAUUCAGUACUAAUCCUUUCAUUUGUUCUGAUGAAGGUUUCAGGUGGUACGAUACAAGAACUUCUGGAUGCUUUGAGGCUGAUGGAUUACAGAGAAGCCAUAGGAAUUAUUGAGCAAUCUCUGCAGAGUCACACUAAGAUACCUAGAAAUGUGAACACAUAUUCAAAGAAUUCAUAUUUCACACAGGAAACAGGUGAGUGUAUCAAUCACUUGUGCACAUAUUUACAAGGUUAUUCGCUAAAGGGAGAAUUCAUAGUGAAUUUAAAGCCAAUAAAGUAUAGCUGACUUAGAGAAUGUUUCCAGUGAGGCUAGUUUUUCCUUCAAAUUCACUUUAGCGAAUAAGCCUGUUUGCAUUAACCCCUUUUGGACAUUGGGUUAAGUUGAUCCUAUGACUUCAUGGCAUGUUGUCUUUUAUGACGAAGUUAGAAUACUAAAAUGCUUUUCAAUGCUUUCCUAUGGGGAAUUGAGCAACGCUGGAGGUCCUCACACAGCGUGAGAACGUCCAACGACGCUCUAGCACAGAAAACCUGUGCUAUGAAGCAGGAAGUGCCCUCUAGUGGCUGUCUAUUAGACAGCCACCAGAGGAGGAGUUAACCCUGCAAGGUAAUUAUUGCAGUUUAUGAAAACUGCAAUAAUUACAGUUGCAGGGUUAAGGGUAGUGGGAGUUGGCACCCAGACCACUCCAAUUAGCAGAAGUGGUCUGGGUUCCUGGAGUGUCCCUUUAAGGAUAACAAAUAAGAGUUAUCUACUAAACAAGUGAAAUAUGAAAAUUAAGAAAAGAGGUUUUGAAGUUUUAUUACAUGAAUUAAUUAUAUUAUAGAGUUUGUGUGUCCCAAGGCAAUUCCUCUGCGCUCAAUGCGGCCCAGGGAAUGACAGGUGGCAUUGCUUUUAGUAAAUUGGGUGAAAUUGAAAACCAAAGGGAUUUGCAAUUCUCCUAACACAUUAUUCUGGCUGUCAUUUUGUGGGCCAGAGUUGAGCAGGGAGUAAGCAAGGUGUCACAUAGCUCCACCAAACAAAAAAGAUUUUCUCUGAAAUGACUCUGCAAACUUGGAGAAUUCAGAUGAAAUGCAGCAUCUUCCCUACUAUGAUCUUUUUGUCAGGGCUCAAUAUCAACUAUAUAUUUACAAAAAAUACGUGCUAUAGCAGACUCCGGGUAUGGAAACUACAGGCAAAUUUACAACUCUUCCCAUAAUUUAAUAAUAGAUUUAUUUAUCUCUUUCACUGUCAUGUUUUUUGCUGGUGUAAUGCUUUUUGUUUGUUUGUUUUUUUACAAACUCUGACUAAAUCUGUUUUCUACACUGUCAUUUUUGUUUGUUUGUUUUAAUUGCAAUUGUUCGGUUUUGUGCGCAGACGAGAUGAAGCAGCAGGACAACGAAAGCAUGUGUGACAGUGGCGUGGAAACAUCUUUUCAGAAAAUGAGCAUUUCAGAUUCCAAUUCUCUAAAAGAAUCAGGGGACAUGGUCUUCUCGAAAAAUAGAGUCAAAGAUCCAGACUGCACUGUCAUCUGCAACAACUGAUGGCUAAUAAAGGACUGAUACAAAGGCAUGCACAAUAAUUUAAAGUCUGGGCAAAGCAGUAGUUACACUGGAAAUACAGGAGUUUUGCGAAUCAAAGCCUUCUUAAGCUUGUGGACAUGAAUUUAGCAUGGACAAGCUUCAAAGUCACCUGGUCUAGGACAAAAACUUUCCUUAUGGAGCUAGGUUGUUGCACUUGCACUGAGUUAUGUAUUGAUUGAAAAACAAGUAUAUUUGACCUGGUUUCGCUGGUAUUUCAUGCUAGGUAUUUGUAGUUUUUAAAGGAAUCCUUUAAAAUGCAAAGUUAAAAAAUAUUUGAACAUUUUGGUGGCUUACUUACCAUCCUGGCAAUUAUGAAUCAUGCAGUGUUUUAUGUCUGUGUUUUAAUACAGUAAAUAUUAUAUAUUUUUCAGAUUUUUUUUUUAUUGUACUUUUUAUAAUAAAA